AUGUCUAUCUGUUGUUGCCUUUUUUUCAGGGAUUAUGGAUCCUCAAAAAGGAAAUCAGGUAAGAAACCAUGCUUGUUCCAUAUGUAGCAUCAUGUCUACAAAGCUCAAAAUGUUUCUUAACAAUUGCUCUUUUAUUGCCUGCUGUAUGAAAUGUUGGGGGUGUUUAAUGGAUUUCAUUUAGCAGGAAAGGGAGUAUUUAAAAUAUUUAGUAACUGAGUAGGCAAAAUGUUGCUUGCACGUUUUUGCUGUUGUAUAUUUCAGCAGAAAAUGUGCCUCUCCCUGCCCUCUCUAGUUGAUGGGGAAAUGUUUUACAAAUACUAAAUGCAGAAAAAGCAGGCUUUCUGUGUUGCAGUUUUGCAUUGCAUUGGAAGCUACCUGAAGACCAUCUAGUUUCUUCUUGCUAAGGUAGAAUCACUCUAACCUGACCCUGUCUCAAUCCAGGGAUUGUUCGUGGUUAUUUCUGGAGGAAUAGUAAUGGUAUAACUGAACUUGCAAGCUUAGUUUGUGCAUGCAUUGCCCAUUCCCUCGUGUGUAUCACCACAUUUCUCUAUCCCUCCCUAGUCUAGUGCUCCUGAAGGGGUUCCUGUACCUUUAGCUGUAUCUAAGGGGGGGUGUUUUAGAGUAAAUGCAGCUUAUUGUGCCAGUGUGGAAAAACCUGCACCUGCUAAAAUGUCAUCUUGCAUACUACUAUAAAAAGGCACAGGAACCCUGGCUGUUAGUGUUCUGGCCCACCUGCCCUCACAUGGAUUCAAUCUUGACUCAUCACCAGGUUUUCUUAAUGGCUGCAUUCUUACUAGCUGUUAGGGAAAUUGCUGUGUGAGUGAGAAAUUCAUCGUGCACAGAUACCCUAAGAUUAGGUUCUCUAUAAUCUUUAUUGGCCUAAAUUUCUAACUAGUAAGUUCUCCUAAUCAGUCAAAAGUAUAAAUACAAGUUAUACUCUGUUGUGUGCACUAUGCAGUGCAGACAUGGCUCAGAAAUGAAAUCAGGGCCAGCUCUACCAUUAGGCAGAGGAAGGCAGUCCCUUCAGGUGACAAAUUCCUCCUGAACCUCUGGGCAUUCCCUUCCCUUGAAGAUCAGAGCUGUGUGAGCUAUGUAGCUUGUCAUGUACUCCCUGAACUAGCCUGUUGCCCUCAGGUGCAGUGGAAGAUGUUAUCUUGCUGCAGCUAUUAAAGCAAAAUUCCAGCUGCCAAUCAAGGUGGCUUCCGUACAUGGAAAGUGGAAGUGCUAUCUUGUCCUUUACCUCAGGCAGCAAAAUGUAUUGUGCAGGGCUGAAUAAAAGUGCAGCUGUGGGGGUCAGAUGGGAGAAUAGGUUCACAAUGAAAUCCUGUUAAUGCCUACUCAGAAGGGAGCCUCAUUAAAUUAAAUGAGACUUAGUCCCAAGUAGCAAUAUCCAGAUGUUUUGGAGUGCAACUGCCCUCAGCACCAGCUGGCAACAUCAAUGGUCAGGGAUGACUUUAUAUAUAUAUAUAUUCUACUUCUAGCCCGCUCUUCACUGAAUGGUCUCGGGGCAGGCCAUAUAAAAAUAGUACAAUUAAUUGAAAACCAUAAGUUAAAGCUGCAGAACUAAACAAAAUAAUGAGAACAGCGAAACAGGUGUGCAGCAAGACAGCACAAGGGAAAACAUCCACUGUCUUAAAAUCUUGGGUAAAGAGGGGCAUCUUGACCUGAUGCUGAAAACUAUACAAGAUGCACCUCAGAGGAGAUAACAUUCUACAACAUGGGGGCCACCAGGGAAAAAGCCCCCAUGCGCCACCAGCCCACAAACCACACAAGGAGGUGGUACUGCCAGCAGCGCCCUCCCGUCAGUCCAGGCAGGUGGAUAUGGGAGAAGUCUUUAAAUAUUUGGGGCCCAAGUCACUUAGGAUUUUGAAUGCCAAAAUCAACAAUUUAAACUGGGCUUGGUAGUGAAUUGGUACCAGAGCAGUUGCUUUAAGACCAGUAUAUUCUGAGUCCAGCCAGAAAUGCCCACUUCUGCUUUAUUCCUGCAUUCUGCACAAGUUGCAGCUUCCAAACUGUCUUCAAGGGCAGCCCUGUGUAGAGUGCAUGGCAACAGUCCAAUCUGGAAGUUACCAGAGCAUGGAUCACUGUGGUGAAGCUACAUCUGUCAAAAGGGUAGUAGCUGCUGAACAGCUAGAAACAGGCACUCCUAGUCAACAAGGCCACCUGGACCUUAAGCAACAGUGAUGGAUCAAGGAGUAGCCCCACGCUAUGGAACAGUUUUCCCCCCAGGGGAGUUAAUUCAGAGUUGUAAUCCAGCAGCAUUGAGAGGGCACCAUGUUGGCUAUCCCAGGAAGAAUUUGACCACAAUACAGUGGUACCUCGGGUUACAUACGCUUCAGGUUACAUACGCUUCAGGUUACAAACUCCGCUAACACAGAAAUAGUACCUCAGGUUAAGAACUUUGCUUCAGGAUGAGAACAGAAAUCGUGCUCUGGCGGCGUGGCGGCAGCAGGAGGCCCCAUUAGCUAAAGUGGUGCUUCAGGUUAAGAACAGUUUCAGGUUAAGAACGGACCUCCAGAACGAAUUAAGUACUUAACCCGAGGUACCACUUAACCCGAGGUACCACUGUAUCUGUUUAGAAAGUACUUGGGCAAAAUACUAGAAAAGACCAUUCUCUGUCUUAGAUGCUCAUGCCAGUCAGUUACUGUGCUAGAUGCAUUAAUGGUCUGACUUUUUACAAAACACACACAUGUGUGUGCAUGUGUGUGUACAUGCGCGUGCACGCAUAUUAAGGGGGGGUAUAGAGACCUCAAUUAGAGCCUGGGCAAUAGCUCUUAUUUGUCUUUGGGAAUGACUUACCCUAAUGCUGUUGCGCUUAUCUGGCACGUGACUCUUAUUAAUUCCAUUGAUGGGCUAGCUAAGCUGGAAUGCUUGAUUUUUGCAAUUUAACUAAGUGGUAGUCUAAUGGAUAGUUGGCAUUUUGACUAUCUCCCCCGCCCCUUUCCUGGAAAUCCUGAGGAUUUGAAAAAAGGCUCCUAGCCUGUAGCAUGAAACCCAGAGGUAAAUAGCAUAAGAAACCAUAGCAGUUGUCAUUUCAUUCAUCUUUUAUUAACCCUGCUGGGUAGAUCAGGCUGAGACUAUGACUCGAAUGAAUGAGCUGCAUUUCAUGCCUGAGUGUGUAGCUUUGAAUCUGUCGUUCACAGUCAGACUCAAUGCCAUAUCAGUAAACCAUAACAAGGUAAGGCAUAGUACCUUCAAUAUUUCCCAUUAAGAACUAUCUCUAGAUUAAGUCCAAAACAUGUCCAAAUUCUCUUUCUCUCUAAAUGUUCUGUUUUCCCAAUCCACUAUUCGUUGUACUUCUGUUUCUUUCCUAAUCUUGCACAAAUAUUUUUGCUGCUAUCAGUAAACCAUACAUUUUUUUCCAUUUCUGAUCUAGCACCUUCCAUAUAUCCCAGUUAAAUUCUAAGAGGGUACAGCACCACAUCUUAAUAUAAGUAUUGAAAGCUUUCGUGGAACCAGACCUUUCCAUCAAAUAUGCAGUGUUACAUUGCCAGCAUUCAGCUUUCUCCUCCAGAUAAAUCGUUUUAAUUCUCUAUGGCGUCAUGUACUAUCUUGCUAUUACUUUAAAAGAUUUCCACGUGGUGAAUUAUGUCUGUAUUGCUCCCACAUGGAUUCUCAUACUACCUCCACAAUAUCUUCAUUUAAAUCUGCAACCCACUUAUCACAAUAUUUAUUCUUUGUUAUUUAUAUCUAUCAAUAUAUUAUGUAUAUUCUAACUUAGAAGCAGCUUCCUUGUCAUUUCUCAAUCUUCCUGGUUUGCUUUAUUUUUUCUGAAGAAAAGACUACCUGCUCCUUUUUUACAAAAUCCACCAAAUUAUGCUUCAUCUAGUUAUAACAAAAUGGGAUUUUGGACAGGCUCUCCCACUGUGACUGGCAAAUUAUUUUGGCCCCAAGUCCUUGACCAUAUACUCCACUUUGAGAACAACACUAUAUCUUCUGGCAAGCCGCCUUCUCUUCUUAGGGCUGGGAAAACCCAGAGCAGAACAAGCCAGACCUGCUUCUGUAGAUCUGCUUCUUCAAAACACGCCUUCAAAAAGUUGGCAUAAAGAGAAAAUGGACAUGAGCUGUUAAUGCUUUCAGCUCAUACCAUUGGAAUAAUAGUGCCCCUUUCGUUCCUAGAACAGAGGUGGGGCAUAGCAUUCUGCUAUUCAUACUUUAAAGAUGGUGAUUCUGUACCCCCACCCCACAGAUAAAUGAGAAUUAGAGUACAGUGGUACCUUGGUUCCCGAAUUGCUUAGUCGUCGAGCAAAUUGGCUUCUGAACACCGCAAACCCAGAAGUAAGUGUUCAAGUUUGCGAACAUUUUUCGGAAGCCGAAUGUCUGACGCAGCUUUCGCUUGAGUACAGGAAGCUCCUGCAGCCAAUUGGAAGCCAUGCCAUGGUUUUCAAACGGACUCCCAGAAUGGAUUCAGUUCGAGAACCAAGGUACCACUGUACUGGAGUAAAACACUGAUUAAACUCUGCAGUUCUAGUAUUGAUAAUUUUCACUGAGCUUUAAAGCAUUGUUUAAAAAUUGACUGUGAUCUGGCUGCAGAUGUUUUAUAAAGUAAUUAUUUUUAAUACAAGUGCUUUAUAAAAACUGUAGAAAGCCAUUACUGUAUUAAAUGUGGCAUUCCUCCCUUUCUCUCAUGUGAAAUUAUGAUGGCUAUGACAUAAGUGUACAGUGCUGAGUUAAUGCUUCAGCUACUAACCAUGCAAACUAUACGCACAUGUGAGCUGCAUGUGUUGGAUUUAAUUGCACAAUUCAAAUUAUUUUCAACUCAGAGGCACCCUCUUUUAUUUCACUUUUAAAGUGUCUUUAUAAAUCCUCUUAAAAUUAAUGGUUCUGUACAGACAUCUCAUAAAUUAGGCCAAUUAUUUAUCUCUUCCACCUCCGCCCCCCAAACAAAAACCCUCUGCAAAAUACCAUCUGUGCUUUAGAAACAUAGUCUGCUCUGGACAUAAUCCCAGAGCAUUUCUAGUGCUGGAGCUUUGUAGCAUGGUGACUCUGUGUGACUGUGCAGUGAUAGCAUCCUGUCCCACAGUUAGUGGCCAAGAGUUGUUUCCUAGUAAAUACAAGAACCUAGAAGUUAUCUAAUAAUUCUUUAACCAACAAAAAUGGUUACUCUUGCUGUUACCGGCUCAAUACUAGUCUCUUCUUUUCUCUUGCUCUCAGGCUGACAUUGGCGCAGUUGGGGACAGCUGUGUGUACUCGGAAGCCAUCUCAUAAUUAUAGAUUAUUGUGUGAGACUUGCUUCUAAUGUUUGCUCAGUAGGGUGAUUGUGUGCAAAGGACAAAGGUCCUCUACUUUGAAUUACAUUGUAGAAGAGAGAAUUUGGCAGCUCCAAUUUGUCAUGCGUGGGUGGUUAAAAACUACCCACUGAAAUUAACUUUCAAAGCUAUAAUAGUCUUGUCCUUCUCUCUUACCUGGUUUCAUUUGGCUAGUUCUGGGAUGCCAAUGUGGUGCCUUCAGGUGUUGUGGGCUACAGCUCCCGUCAUCCCUGACCAUCGGUUGUGCUGGCUGGGCCUGAAGGAAGUUGUCAUCCAAAACAUCUGGAAGGCAUCAUUUUGGCUACCCAUCAGCUAAAUGUUCAGCUAAAUGUUUCAAAGGGAGGACAAAAUGAAGCUUAUACACCCACCCACCCACAGAGAGAGAGGCAAGGUGGAACCAGGGAGAUGUAAUCCAGCAUGUCUCUCUCCUGCCCUAAGGCAGGUAUGGAGCAUCUGUAACCCUCCAGAUGGAUUGCAACUCCCAUCCACACACCCUUAAUGUUGAUUUGACAAGUACCGGUAUUUUCUGGAGGACCCAUCUCGGUGUACACUGAAGCAGGGGAGACAUUCCCCAAGAGCAGAGCUGAUGUAAUUCCCAUGGCUCCUGCCAGAUCAGAUUGUGUAUGGACAUAAAUACAGCAGCUAUUGUGUGCAAAUACUUGCUUGUUAAAUUUGAAGCAUGACACACUAUCUUCUAUAUGCAGCUUAGUGACGUCUCUGGUUUAAGUAUGUCAGUGCACUAUGUGUUAUGGGGACCAUAGGACAGUAGUUUUCAACUUUCUUUAACUCAUAACUUGCAGAAUGAGAUCCUUGUACCAGCUCAAACUAUUUGUCCAUCUAGCUCAGUAUUCUAUAUUCUGACCGGCAGCAGCCCUCCAUGUUCUCAGUAAAGAUGUUUCUUAUCUCCUGUUACUAGUUUCUAUUAACUGAGGAUGUCAGGGAUUGAACCUGGGACCUUCUAUAUGCAAACCAUGUGUUAUGGUCCAUUCUCAUUUGGGAUUUCUCCUCCUCCUAAACGAAAAAGGAAAGAAAAUGGUGGUUUCGCUAGUGUGACCUACCUGUUGGUCUCUUCUUGCUACAUAAAAGUCGGUGCCAUGGGGUGUAGCAAAAUAUUGGGGUUUUCUAAGAGAAAAGUAACAUGUUAACAUAGUACCUAAUUUCUGCCAAUGUGCAAGAUUUUGGCUUGCAGCAAGGGAUGUUACGGCACUCUUUGAAGCUAUGUGUGCUCCCAUAUUAUUCGGGAUGUUCAGUGCAUUAGCUCUGCCAGGCUGCCAUGCACAACUCUUUGCCACUAUGGAGGCAUGGGCUGUGAGUAUGAAAGGUAGAACAUACACAUGUGCAUACAAUGGUGCACUUGCCACAGCCGUCACAGUUUCUAGUAUUCAGAGUCCUACCAUAGAAUCUGAACUAACCCUUGAACUGGGAGAAGGCUAGGUAGGCUGGACAUGGUAACUCAGAGAUACUUUAAUAUGAGGACUUAAAAAAAUAUCUCUGAGGUAUUUGAGGUGGUGCAGUGCUAUUAGAACUACACCUUGUGCUCAGUGGUUCAAUCACUUGUAGCUGGAAGAAUAAUGCAGAAAAUACCCUCUCCUUUGACACCUGAUAGGAUAAGUCCUAUCUUAACUAAUUUGUUUUAACUGAUUUUAAUACUAUAUUUUUGAAUUGUUAUCUUUCCUGAGAGUUCAAGGUGAAAAGUUGAUGAUGAUGAUGAUGAUAAUUUGUUUUGCUUAUGGACAAAAACAUAGAAUUUACCACCCAGCAGCAUAUAACAUUCUUGCUGCAGUCUGGUAGUGCAUCCCCCCCUGCCCCCGAAACUGAAACCACUGUGAUCAUCGCUAUAAAGAAGUCCCAUGAAAAACACCAGGACAGAUUAAGAAAUAAAACAAAUGCUUAUUGUUUUCUGAAUCUUGCCAAGAAAUCUAGAUCUCACUUUUCUUUUAAGUGACUAGACUUGCUAGAACUUUUACGAGGAUGGGUUUUGUGUUUUUGAUAUUGAUUUGGCAUUUGACACACCUACUGGAACUCUUUUCUUUGGAAAUAUUUUCCUUGCUAUGUGACUCGCUCUGGUCUGGCUUGCUGUGUUUGGAAUUCCUAAUUUUACAGUAUGCCUGGUAUGACUUCUACAAGGCAACUGUCUGGCAUCAGCAGGAGAAUUGCCAGUAUUUACACUUCCUAAAUUUCCACUCGAUAAUCGACCCAAGCACCUGAAGUUGCUAUUUUGUGCUUUUCCCCCAUAAGGAAAGUUACUUGGAACGUUGUUUUCAGUGCAUCCGAUCUAGUUCUUGGAUGUAAAUGUUCAGCCUAAUGCUCAAAAACUCAGGGUGCUUUCUGAUGUGAGGAAUAUUGUUAGUUUUCCUGACUUAUGAUGCUUGUGUUCCUUUUUUUAAUGCUCCUUUCACACUGCAGUAUCUGUUGUGUUAUGGAACUGUGGCUUUUGACCGAUCUACCAGCAUGUUGUGCUAAAUUUCAUUCACACCAGUGGGCGUGGUGUGACAAAAAACCAAACUUUAUUGGACAAUGUUGCUACUUCCUCACACUUUCCACACAUGCAUACUUCUAUUCCCCAUCAUUCAUCCAUGAAAAUGGCAGAGAAAGAACUGCAUGAUGGUACUUCAAACAGAUUUAUUUCUGGAAUCGGCUGACAUGAAAAUAAGUGCUAAACUUACACUAUAUUCCGCUAGAUCUCCAUUAGUACCUUUUAUGUUGUGUGAAAGCUGAAAUAUAAUGCAGAAGAAGAGGAGGAGGAGGAGGAGUUUGGAUUUGAUAUCCUGCUUUAUCACUACCCGAAGGAGUCUCAAAGCGGCUAACAUUCUCCUUUCCCUUCCUCCCCCACAACAAACACUCUGUGAGGUGAGUGGGGCUGAGAGAUUUCAAAGAAGUGUGACUAGCCCAAGGUCACUCAGCAGCUGCAUGUGGAGGAGCGGAGACGCGAACCCAGUUCACCAGAUUACGAGUCUACCGCUCUUAACCACCACACCACACUGGCUCUCCAGUAAGCUCCAGUAAGCAGUGCUGUUUUUUCUAGAAAAAGAGGUGCCUCAAGUCGCCAUGAACAUCUCCCUUGUUCUCUUACAAUGGCAACGGCACCCACCGAAGGGGUGCUGGGAACUGAGUUCUGGCUGGAAAAAAGCCCUGACAGUAAGGGAAAUGUUGGGGGUGAGGGGAGAGAAUAAACAGCUGUGUGGAUGCAGCUCCUUUCUCCUAGUGUUGAUAUAUUUAUAUUUAUGGAACAUCUGCAUUGGGCUAUUUUAACCCCCGUCCCCCGCCAGACUCACAAGAAAUGCUGCAAUCUCUUGUGCUUAUGCAGUAUAGAAAACUUGUUUGGAUAAUACCCUUCACCCAAACUCAUGUCGCUCUGAGCCCGGCCUUGGCUGGGGAGGGCGGAGUAUAAAUAAUAAUAAUAAUAAUAAUAAUAAUAAUAAUAAUUAUUAUUAUGUCUACAUACACCAGGAGCUUAGGACAACAGUAUGGUCUGUUAAAUGUUGAGGGCCAUUUGGUGAUGCUCAUGAUAAGCCAUGGUUUUAUCAUGACAUGCACAAGCUGCAGUGAGUGUUGGGUUUGUGUGCUCUCCUCAUGUGGCUGUCAGGAGGGCUUUUUAUUUGGUUUUUAGUAAGCAAGAGUUUCCUGUUUUGUUUAAAGUCUACCUAUGCUCAGUUCUCAAAACGAGCCAGCUUCAAGAUGUGAAGCUGGCUUGUUUAUCCAUAUUGUUGUAGAACAGGGUACCCAGUGUGGUGCCUCCCUCGAUGUUACGGACUCCAGCCCCCUCUCCCAGCAUGGCCAAUGGUCAAGGAUGAUGGGAGUUACAGGCCUCAACAUCUAGAGGGUACCACAUUGGUGCAAAGCCACAAUCCUGGGUUUAGGAAGCCAUGGCUUAAUAAUGGUUUUUGAAAUCUUCCUUCUAGCCAGGGUGUUGGGGGGGGGGGCAGACAUACAAAUCUGAGGCUUGUGCUUAUCACAAUAAAUCACAGUGCCACAAGUGAUCUAAGAAAUAAUAUUGAAUAAUUAAAGCUUCCUGUGAAAGGACCCACUCACAGAAGAGGCUGCCUCUUUGCAUGAUUCACUGCUCUGGCUUGAGUGGGGAGGUAAUUCUGCCACAUCUCUGGUUAAGGUGUGCUUCGAUCUUUUCGUCACUCCUCAUCAGCAAUUGAGUUAAAUAAUUGCAUUUCCCCAAUUCACAGUUCUCUAUGAGCUGGUUUUGAAAUGCAUAAAGUUUUUAUAACAUUGCCUGGCAGCAAUGUGCACUCCUGAAAAUGGACAUCAGUUUUUGGAAAAGCAUUUUUCAGAAAAGCAUCAGCAGGCAUUCACUUUUUCCCCCUCUCCCAGAGCAGGUCUGUUUGUUUUUAUUACUAUGCAGGAGGUGUGAGCCAAGUUGGAAUUCUUGAAUAAAAAAAUCAAGCUUUUUAUUGGGUGUUCACAGAUGCUGGUUGCAAGUAGUGAGCUAUUUAUGCUUUGAGAUGAGGGAGAUUGGACCCUUCACUGCUUCUGAUGCAGCAGAUUUACCUGCCCUUGGAAGAAGAGUGCCAAGCAGAGUGUGCAGAAACUGAAGGAAUGGGUUCCUUCCUACACACCAAAUGCAAGCUUGAAGGACUCAGGUGUGCCAAUGCCAGGUUUAAUUUGGAAAAAGUGUGCUUCAGCUAUUGGAAGUUUGGGAAACAAUGUAGUACAUGAUAAGGUCUCACUGCAGCUGUUUGGAUUUAAGGAAGCAAAUGUGUGCCUAUUUAAAAAUAAGUUAAGAACCUGGGUUUUCUUGCAGUAAUGAUCAAUACUUCUCCAUCAGGACUCUAUAGCCCUUGCAAAUGCAUCUAACCAGCUAAGUGAUACUGUCUGGUUGGGAGCCAGAGCUCCCUCCCCAUCUUUGGCAGGAACUCAACUCUUGCCCAAAUUCCUGCCAUUUCCUCCUUGCUUGCAUAGCUGUAAAUGUUAUUGAUGGCAAUGAAGUUAUCCAGACUCUCUUUAGAAGCCAGCUGCACUGCUUUGGACCCUAAAAUAGCAGUAUUAUAACCUCCUUCGGAUCUCCAUGCAUGCUGUCUUAAUAUAGCAACCAUAUGGGAAGGGGGUAGGGGGUGCAAUCUGUCUGGACUCCCUGAAGUCAGAAGCUUCCCCCUGGACCUAAAGUGCCCAGACAAAACAAAAUAAUCCUGUAGAUUCCUAAUGUCUCAAAUGAGAUCAGGAUUCUUUCUUGAGGAUUAAGCACAAGGUAUAUCAUGCUGGAAAUGAAAUGCAACGACGAUAGUUUUUGGGCUCUGUUUCCCAGGGAGAGUUAACUUGUGAUGUUGUUUGAAGCCCAAUUGUGUAAAUGUAGAAUUAUGCCUUGUUUAUUUGGAGCAUGUGUGAUACCUCUGCUCAGGUUACAGUCUAGAAAAAAAUAGCUUUUGGAGCAGGAGAAGGAUAGGGCAUUACUGAGCUUUUUCCCCUGCCUUGCUUCUCUCUCCCCCCUCCCUUGAGCUUUCUUGUGCCAUAUGAUCAGUUCUGAAGCACCAUUCAAUCACAUGAAGGCCAGAUGUGAGUAUUUCGAAACAGUUUGGUCUCUGCUGGCGUGGAGAUGAUAAAUGAGGCAGUUCUGUUUACGUGGCAAAUGGAAGCAGCCUCUGAUUGGUCUGGGACGGAACAGGGGAGGAGCUGAUAACUUACAACAGGCGAACAACAAGCGAAAGUCUCAAAGACAGAUUCAUUCUGUGUAGAACAAUGCAAAUGAGGGUUCGGUUUUAAAAUGAGAAAGAGGCAAAAGGCUGCCAUGGACUAGAGCUCACUUCCUUUGGAGUCACAGGUCUGUGCAUUUGAUAAAGUUGACUGAGCCCAUGAAAGCUUAGAAAACCUUUUGCCGUUGAUAAGGUGCCACAAGGCUUAAAACACUGGUGUGCCCUGGAUUUGUAUUUAAAAGGGUAAUGUGUAAUGUUUGUAGAGAGGGAGCAAUACGCCCCUUGGCAUAGUUCCAGAAGGAAAGGGGCAUCCCAAAGAUUAAUACAAGGUGGGUUUAACUACACAACAUGUGGGAUUCCCUGUUACUGGUGGAAGUGAUACAGAUAAAACGAGAAGGAUUUCCAGGCAGCCUGGUUUUGAAGAUCAAUAAAUGUGCAGUUGCUUUAUUUUGUUAAUUUAUAUCCUGCCCUUAAUAGCAAGCACUCUUGGGAUUUAAAUACAAUAAAAUCACUCAAUAAAAUGAUCUCAACCUGAAUUGCUUCAUCUCCUCCUUAUAACACAGAGGUGGUCUUUAGGGGAAGAAGGAUUUUCUGCUCGCACCAAAAACUGAACAAUGUCUUUCAGGGGAAGAGCAUUGCACAGAGAAGCCCCUUUCCUAACAUAAAGCAUCUCGGGCUCCCCUCACUGGUGGAGUGACAAAAAGUCCCUACCUGGCAGAUCCUGCAGCCUAGGUAGAACAAUGCAAAGAGAGGCACUCCAGUGGCUUCAUAAUGGUGUUAAGCAUAGGGGACAAUAUGAAACCCUGCAGAACUCCACAGCGUAUUUUUCACGGGACCGAAGAGCAGCCCUGCCCCUUACUGUCUCUGAACACUGCCCUGCAGAUAGAUCAGGGGUCGGCAAGGUUUACCCAGCCCUCGCCUGUUCACUCCAGCGGAGAUCACUCCAUGGGCUAGAUCGCGCAUGUGCGUGAGCGCACGUGCCCACAAUGGCAGGCAUCUUCAUCGACGCAAUUUUGGGUACCGCAGAAGUGAGUCCCUGCGCCACGCUGCACCGGUUUAGUGCAGUGCACAGGGACUCGCCGAGCGUGCGGCUUGGUUGGGGGUCGGCUCGUGGGCCAAUUAAAUUACUCCCGUGGGCCGCAGGUUGCUGACCCCUGAGAUAGACACAUUGCUUCUGCUCCUAACUCCCAACCCACAGAGCCAGUCCAAGAGGAUACUGUGGUUAAUGAUAUCAAAAGCUGCUGAGAGAUCUAGGAGAACUAACAGGGUUGCAUUCCUUCUUUGCAUCUCCCAGCACAGGUCACAUGGCUAAGGCUCCUUCAGUGCCAAAGCCAAACCCUAAAGCCAGAUUGAAAUGGAGCCAGAAAAAUAACUUUUUCCAAGCAUUUCUGGACACUCACCACCAUUUUGAGCAACUUGCCCCAAAAGGGGGUAUUUGCCUCUGGGUGGCAGUUGUAUAUCGCUAGUUUCAUGGGUGGCUAAUUGAGGGGCUGCACCCCUAACUGCUUCAGGGCAGCAGGUACUACUCCCUCACAUGAUAAGCAUUUUCUACUACCUGGACCCACUGCCGGCCUUCCCUAGCCAUUUCUUGCAAGUCUGAGUGUACAUAUGAUAAGUCGAACACCUUGAAGUGGCUUAUCCAUGUACCGUAUUUUUCGCUCUAUAAGACGCACCAGACCAUAAGACGCACCUAGUUUUUGGAGGAGGAAAACAAGAAAAAAAAUAUUCUGAAUCUCAGAAGCCAGAACAACAAGAGGGAUCACUGUGCAGCAAAAGCAGUGAUCCCUCUUGCUGUUCUGGCUUCUGGGAUAGCUGCACAGCCUGCAUUUGCUCCAUAAGACGCACACACAUUUCCCCUUACUUUUUAGGAGGGAAAAAGUGAGUCUUAUAGAGCAAAAAAUACGGUAAUUAAACCGCAAGCCAGGCAACUUCUACUAGAAAUGCCUUGCAGAAAGUUUUUGUUAAAUGUACAUGCAUGCACUUGUGUUGGACUGUUCAAAGCAAAAAUGCACUAGAGCAGUUUUAUGGAUCACUUUGUAUUUAUUUAAACCAUUUUUAUCCUGCCUUUCAGUUAGAAAGGCACCCAGGGUAGCUUAUAUGAGAUCCAUAACAAGCAGGAAUCCUGUAGCCUCCUGAUGCUGUUGCAUUUCAGCUUCUACCAGCCGAAGACAGCAUGGCCAAUGGUCAGGGAGGAUGGUAGCUGAGUUCAACAAUGCCUGGAGGGCCACAGGUUCCCAAUCCCUACUGCAGUGUCUGCCCCUCCUUUGUCACAAUGGGGCUCAAUGGUUAUAUGCAAUAGUAUUGUUGGUGAUGGGAGGGGGAAGGUUGUAGAGGCUGGGACCAAUUAGAAUAUAAAUGUCGUGCAGUUUUUAAUCUUUUUAGAAAACCCUUAAAAGUAAUGCUAAGCAGAUGUUCAGAACAAAAAAAUGCUAGCUGUCUUCCCUUUCAGAAGCACUCUCAUCUUUGUCUAGCUGCUGUCAGACACAGGGAGCUCUGGUGUUCUUCCUAUAUGUACAUAUAUCUUUUUUAUUUGGAAAUCUACAAUAUAGCUUGCCAGUUGCUUGCAUGCUUCUACAUUCCCUGCCGCCUGUGCUCUGCUUUGGCUCAACUGCUGUUGACAAGUGUGUGUGUGUGUGUGUGUGUGUGUGUGUGUGUGUGUGUAGGGGGGAAAUGCUUCUUUUAAAAAUUUACAACCAAUUAGCAUUCAGGGCAAUCUGAUUAAAUGGCAAUUGUGUGAAUAGCUUGGUUGCACUUCAGCUGCUCCUUCAAAAAAACCAGUCAUGGAUAGAAAUCUCACCACCCCCCUCACCAAGUAGGUCAGUUGCAUACUAUUUUAAAAACUGUAUCUUGUGCCACUGCGGGAGCAUAUGGUUCCAAUAGAACCAUAAGCUCUAUGCAUUUUCUUAUUCCAGAUAUUUUUCAUCAUUGCCUGUUUUUUGGCUCUUUCAAUAUUGGUUUGGCAUGGUCAGUGCAAACUCUGUUUGGGGUAGUUGGGGAGUUCUGGAGUAUUUUCCCUGGAUGGAAUUAUUCUGUGGCUUUAUUUCAUUAUACUGUCACCUCUGUUUCUCUUUAUCCAGAGAAACCUCAAUAGCUAGACACAGUAUGUACAUAUUUGGUUUAGUGUUUUUAAACUUGCCAUGUGUGAGCUCCUUCUAAUGCAUGAACUCCUUUUAAAAUAAAAGCCUCAUGGCAAAGGGUUAGCCAGGCCUCAGUUCCUGGAACAUCUAAAAUAACAAUGUCUUUGAGCAUACUGAACAUGUGCAGAAUGCUCCCCCCACCCCGUGCCAGUAAGUAACCAGAGUCAACCCUUGUACACUUGGUCAAGACUUUCAGAAUGGAACAAUACCUUCUCUCCCAGAGACAGAAGCUCAUUCAAGAAUGUGUGGCUUAAUUUUCCAUUUUACAGAUGAAUGAACUGAGGUACAGGGUUUUGCUACCAACCUAGUAUGAUUUCCAAGUAACAUUUUUACUGUUUCAUGUGAUGGCCUUGCAGGUGCAUGCUGGGUAUAUUUGGACACUGCCCUGGAUCUGCACUAGCUUCCAUUCUGGCACAACUCAAAGUCAGGCAGGUCAAAUAAUACUUGAGAGUCUAUUUAUUUUGGUCACAAAUGGUAGGUGUAAAGCUUAGCUUACAAUUCAAAUCUUUUAAACUUCAGUUCCCUCCAAAAGGUACUGAAAACAGAGGCUUUGGUGAUAAUAAUUAAUGUUUAGCUGAUCACCUGCUUAUUGACCAACUUAAAAAUACAUUUUAAAAUUGGUUAAUAAACCAACAGCUCUAGUCUUGGCUCAGGAUAGAGUGGAUUGAAUUGAGGUGCUAAAUUCACAGGGUGACCUCCAGUCUGUGUUUGUGCUGAAGCACUCUAAUCAUACCUUUGCCUUAAGAACAAUGUCAGUGUCUAUCUGGAUGGCUUCAGUCCAUACAGGACCCUGCUUAGCUUUGCAAAUCCAGUUUUAUUGCUGCACUACAUACUCAGAGGGUCUUGUGGACAAUGGUGCAGCUAAGUAAUUUUAGAUCCUGGACUCAGUGGUGUUGAGCCAUUAGAUGGGAGAAUUAGAUUGUCAUGACAUCAGUUGUGAAGCACACAAGUAACAUUUCUCUUCCUCCUCCUCACUUGCUGUUCCAUGCUUUACAACUGCUUCUACAUUUCUGAUAGAACAAGUAUGGGGGACUUCCAGCUCUUUGGGCAGAUUAGGCCCAUCAGCACCAUGCCCUCACAGUGGCCAACUAGAUGCCCAUGGGAAGCCCACAAGCAGGACUCAGGUCCUGUGCAACAGUGCUCUUUCCUCCUGCAGUUUCCAGCAACUGGUGUUCGGGGACGUACUGCCAAUGAUGCUGUCAUCAUGGCCAAUAGCUAUUAUCCUCCACAAAUUUGUCAAAUUCUCUUUUAAAGCUAUCCAGGUUGGUGUCCAUCAUGGCCUUCCAUGAGAGUGACUAUGCGCCAUGUGAAGAAUUGCUUUUUAAAAAUCUGUCCUAAAACAUUCAACUUCAUUGGAUGUCCAUAAGUUCUAGUGUUAACAGAGAGGUUUUUCUCCCUCUCUCAUAUCUACUUUAUCCAUGCCAUGUGUAAUUUUAUAAACUCCCAUCAUGUAACUGUUUUCUCUAAACUAGAAGUCCCAAAUGCUGCAACCUUUCCUCAUGGGGAGUUGCUCUGCCACCUUGAUCAUUUUGGUUGCCCUUUUCUGAGCUUUUUCCAGUUCUGCAAUAUUCUUUUUCAGGAGAGGGGACCAGAAUUGUGCACAGUAUUCCAAACAAAUGCAGUUGCAGAGUGUGCUGCCGAUUGUUCCUCUGCAAGCAAGGCUUACGUUUGGCACCUUCAACAUUUGGCACCAAAUGCAAGCCCUAUCGGGAUCUGUUCCACUGAUAUACAGCAACCACAGUCAGACUAUAUAAACAUCAUAGCAUAAUCAUGACUACUGGAAUAAAAUGAAGUUUGCUUCUACUUCCCUGAUUUACUUGGCUAUAUGCAACAUUGUGUUGUAUAAAAGAAUAAUGCAUUUUUUAUUUUAAAAUAAUAAUAAUGAGUAUUUGUGCCAUGUACAUGCCAUGUAGUCUGUGAUUACAGAAUGUUUUUAAAAUAAGAAAGCAUCAUCCCAUUGCCAGGUUCCGAUACAGAGCCUUUUUUUGCACAGCCCCUCACCCAGGAUGUUCACUUAGGACCCUUCUGUGCUGCGGGACUGUAAGUGUAGGCCCUGAGGUGCCUUGGGUGCACCAUUUCUGUGAAUCAUUCCUAUGUCAACAACUUCCCACUCCCCCCCCCAUUUGUCUCAGUUGUUUGUAUUAUGCUUGUUAAAAAUUGCUAAAAAGUUAUUCAAAAACAAAGCAAAACCUUUCUGAUUUAGACCAAAGUUACAUAAUCCCCUGCCUAUAUCUGUCACUAAUGAAACUCUACCACAGGGAUAACUUUGUGCCUUCUUAUGCUCUUCUUUUAGCAACCUCCUUGGUUGUUUCCUUGCUGUGAGCUUUAUGGAAAUAGUUCCUCUGUGUGCACAUUAAAAAAAAAAAGCUGUUCAGUAUUUGCUGGGCCAUAAAACUGCUUCUCUGUAUUUCUAAUGCCUCUUCUUCUGCUUUUCUUAUUUCUCUGCUGCUUCUUUUCUUGGACUUUGAAGUCUGGAUGUCCAGCUUAUCUGAUUCUCCAAAGAAGGUUAUUGCAGGUACUAUAUUGUUUUUAUAUACAAAUUUGUGCUUGCUCUCUCUGGUACCCUGGAUAUCAAUUACAGAUCUCUAGAAUGGGAGAUGGGGAGAGAAUGGCAGGCUAUAGGCAGAUAAGUGGCAUGGGAUCCCUACUCAGGGAUAGAUUGGGAUAGACCUUUGACUAACUAUAUGGAUCAACCUUUUGGCCACUAAUCUAGAUGGCUUUAAAAUAAUUGGACAAGUUCAUGGAGAGGGCUAUUGAAGUCUAUGAGCCAUGAUGGCUAUGCUCUCCAUCCACAGUUGGAGGCAGUAAAGCUUCUGAAUACUAAUUGCUGAAAACCACACAAGGGAAAAGUGCUUUUGUGCUCAAAUUACGCUUGCAGGUUUCCCACAGGUAUCAGAUUCAGCACUGUGAGAAAAGGAUGCUGGACUAGAUUGGCCAUUGGCAGUACCCCCCCCCCCGGGUGUAUUCCAGGGUACACAGUGCUAGCACCCCUUUUUGUUGUUAAAAAGUGUGGCACUUACCUUAACAACUUCAUGGUGAGUACCGGCACCUAUUUUCCUAGAAAAAAAGCACUGGCCAUUGGCCUGAUCUAGUAGGCUCUUCUUAAGCCUGUAUGUCUACUGACUGGCAGCAACUCUCCAGGGUUACAUACAGGGGUCAUUCCCAGCCUGCCCUUGAGGUGCCAGUGAUUCAGCAUUGAACCUUAUGCAAACUCAACCACUGAGAAGUGGCCUUUGCCCAAGAUAUAAAUAAGUUUCUGUAUGAAGUUCCUGGUCUUCUAAACUACUUAAACAUACAACCUUAACUCCAAGAUGAUCAGUUCUACCUUUCAUCUCCUAUAUUGCAGAUCCUCCACUGGCUUAUUUACUUGCUUCAGUGUUCCAGAAUUAAUGCUGUUUGCAGCCUCCUAUACCAGUUGUACAGUUUUGCUGUAUACCAAGAAAAUCGACCAACUAUUCUUUGAGCCUUUCCAAUUAUUUCAGCAAGUUUCAUUUUAAAGUUAUGCCUUAUUUCAUGUUCUAUUCCUUUUAACUUGUCCCUUUGUUUUGCUAUCUGUUCAGUCCUCACAUUUGUGUUUGUCUACAGGCUGGCUAGCCCAAGCCUUGUCAAUCCAUUAUUUUCUCAAUCUGCAUUUGGCAUUUUACUUGUCUGUUGUAUCCAUUCAUGCACUAAGCUUCCCAUCUUGUCUCUUUGUCUCCUCUAACAUAUUCUCAGAUUUCUUUCUCUCCCUCCCUUUUUCUUCUUUCCCCAUCAGUCUCCCACCCCCUCUCCCUCUCAAUUCUUUAGGUGAAAGGUGAUUUCUAUCUUCCAUCAUACUCUUGAGUAUUUGGAUUUUACUAUGGCAGUUGUUAGUUUUUAAGAAAUGGUAUUGUGAUCCACUGUAAUGCUGUCUCUUGAUAUUCUUCUGUGCUUUGCAAUCAUUCUCCUCAAGAGACCUGUAUGAAGACAAAGAAGCAUUAGAAGCAAUUAUGUAAAUAUAUAAUCCAAAAUUAAAGUGGACCAAGGGUAUUAAUCAUUCCUCAGGCCUUUAAGGGUCAUUUUAAAGAGUACCCAUCUAAUGACAGUUGCAUUUGAUGAUGUCCCACAUGGAUACACCUGAGAAGUCAAUUACAGUAAAUGUGAUAGUCAACUGUUUCUUUAAAAAAUUACAAAUGGGACCUAGUUUGCAAAUUAUACUGCACAAAUCCUAGCAGUGUUGACAUAACCUAUUUCAUAAUGUCUUGAACAAAAUUUCCCUAAUCCACUGCACAUUUCCCAAGAAAAAAGUGUUAAAGCGAUUUCACAAUCCCUAAGUUAGUUCUGCAGCAUGGUGUAACUAUAUAAAUAAUAUUCACCAUAUCCACAAUACGAUGACCAAUCUCUUGAAUCUCCUCCCCCCCCAUUUAGUUAUUCUGCUUUUCCUCAGUAAACUGUAUCCAAAUCGGCUUACAAUAAACAUUAAGACAGUAUCUUUUUCCAAAUUUAUCAUGCAACUGUUUUUGGAAUACAGUACUAUACACAGUUCUUGUAUAAUCUCCAAAAAAGAGAUUAUAGAGCUUGAAAAUGUGCAGAAGAAAGUGCUUGGGGCUGGGGGCAGGGACAACUCCCCUUUGAGAUAAAGUUACUGUAAUGGGGAGGCUUCUUGGUUAAGGGAGGGGAGGGAGGUAAGGGUCUGGAGAUUAUAGAGGUUUGUACAAUUAUGCACUAUGUGAAGAAAGUGGAUAGACAGAUGUUUGCCUCUCAUAUAAUACUAGUAGUCAGGGUCCUCCAAUGAAGUUACAUGUUGGGAGGUUCAGGAGGAAAGACAAAAGCAAGUCCUUCAUGCAGCAGAUAGUCAAUGGAAUUCCCUACCACAAGAUAUAGUAAUGCCCACCAACUUGAAUUUCUUUAAAAGGGGAUUAGACAAAUUCAUGGAGGAUGGCUAAUAGUCAUGUUAACUGUAUACUGCCUGUAUGCCUCUUAAUAUCUUGCAAAGGUAGACUGCUUGCAAAGGUAGGUACUCUCAGGUGACCAGCAAGCUCAGGAGCAACAGCAUUUAGGGUGUGGCAUUUGGUGCUUCCUUCCUGAUGAACCCAUUUUUAAAGGCCUGUGUGGAGCUGACUUGCCUACCGAGUGAUUCGUUUACCUAUGAGAGUACUUAUAAAGUGCCAUCCCAUAAGAAAAAUAUAAUGAUGGUGUACAAUGAGGGAUGGGAGCUUGGGGUGGAAUAAAAUAGAAGCCUCAGUCUGAAGCUUUCAUGCUAGGUCCUGAGAAGCCAAGGAAUGCAGCUGUAUCUGGCCACCUGCCCACAGUUUCUUCUUAUUUCAAGAAACGGGGGCUACCUGGAGAAUACAGAGAGGUUAUGAGCAUCAGGGUGGGUGGACUAGAGUGUGGACAGAACUGAGCAUAUUUUAAUUUUAAAAGGGAACAGGGCCUUUUAAAAAAGUUUGGAAACCACUGUCUAUAAAAACUGUAGAGGGCUAAUACAGAGGCUAAGACUUGCUCAUUAGUAUUAUGACACAUCUGGCCUCCUGACUGUGGCCACUUUUUAACUCUCUCUCUCUCUCUCUCUCUCUCUCUGUAUGUAUGUGUGUGUGUGUGUGUGUGUGUGUGAUGUUUCUAGUUCUCAUUUUUGUUGAGACUUGACAGUGUGUGAGGGCUUUUGUUUGCUUAAUCUUCCAGAAAACUUGCCGUUUUCUUGGAAUUAUUUCAUAACCUCCCAUUGCUAGCUGCUUUUUUAUUUGUGUGUGUGUGGCCUGUGGGGGUGUGGUAGUACUUAGAGAUGGACUAAGAGUAUAGUCAUAGUCUGACUGAAAGUAGGGAAGCUUCAACACCCCCUCAUUCGGCUCGAAAAUCAGCCAUGUUUUGUGAGCUUUUCUUCAUUGUACUUGCAGAAGCUUGACAGUUGAAGGAUGCUCACAAAAUCUUGAUGUGACUGACAAAAAUCCAUGGAGACAUAAUGUUCUUCACACACUUCCAAAGAAAUUUUUAGAAUACUGAAUGCCUGCCAGUGGCUUGGGUAUAUGUGUGGUAAAAAGCGAGCUAUGCUGAAGACCCUCUUGUCCCAUCAGUCUACAUAGGUGCGUUGACCUUGGGCUUGCUUCAGCUGUUUCUGUCGCCACAGACCUUGCAGCUCAAGGUCAUGGGUGCAAACAGCAACGUUGGCACUAAUUACUUUGAGCUACAAAAAACCUAGUAAGCACAGCUUUGAGGAAAUGGGAUUUGGGUGGGUGAAGCUGCCAACAGAAUUGAAGCAAGGGGCCUGCCAGAGGUGGAUUGUGCUUGAAGUCAUUUGAGCAGGGGUGCUUGCAUAUUCUUCAAAUACUCAUUACUUCCGUAAUUGCAGUUUAUCCACCCAUGCUUUUUCAUUAUUCACACAUGUCAGGUGCUGGCACGACACAAAAUAGAAUUGCUUUUGCAGAAGUAGGAUGUUCUGUGCCAUCUGAGCUAUUGAUUGCUUUCCAUUAUAAAAGAGAGCAUUGCUACAUGCUGACCACCUUGGUUACCAUUGAUAACCUUCCUCCGCACCUGCUUUUACAAUGUGGCAUUAUGCCUCAACACCACCUUUGAUACUGUUUUGAACGGUGUCUCAUUUGAAGGGUAAAAGUGACAGCCUUCCUCACUCACCAGCUGCAGCUUCAAGCCAGCUGUGUUGAUGAAGAGCCCUGAUAUUGCUGACACCCAGUGCUCAUUGUGAUGAGUGGAGCUUUCAGAAGCAGGAAUGUUGAUAACAAACUUACUUCAAAUUGUCUUUGUGUGCUUGUGCUUUUAGACUUACCAUGUUUGAAAUAUGGUCGACAAACUACUAUAAACACCUAUCCAAUUCUAAGCUCUCCUUGGUGACUACAUUCUUGACAGCAUUUUUGCUACCCUCACUUCCUUAUCAUUGUUGGUUUGGCUGUUAUGUAGAUGGAAAAUUUGAUACUGUAGAAGAGUUGGAAGUGACUUUUAUGUUUAUUGAAGUGAAGUUAGUUUGUGGAAAAAGCCAUCUAAUGAGCCAGUAUUCAGAGUUCAGAUGACAGUUUGGGAUUGCUUGGUGUAGCUCACAAAAUGAAAACAGCAUAUGCCAAGAAAAAGAGUUCUUGAUCAACUUCUUGCAUUCAUUUGGAUACUGCUGAUUACCCUGUCACUCACAGAUGAACGUUGGGAACUACUACAGUUCACUCAACAGGUUGUUGCUAGUACUGGCUUAGAAUUUCAUACACACCUGCUCUCCUCUAAAGGGACAUGUAGAUAAGGAAUAAGGAAUAAAUUAGGAAUUAAUUUUGGCACCAUAUGGUAUAUUAGCGUGGUUAACCUUUAUUGGUUGAUCAAUCAUGUUUGCUGUAAACAAUGUCUGCCAUAACAAUUGUUUUAGUUAUAUGACCUUCUUUUUACCUCUAGCUUAUCAGUAUGAGAUCUCUGGUUAGGUUAGCAUAGUAUUAUAUGCAUCAUUCUUAUGGCACCCAGUUGAUGGCUAGAAUGCCUAUAUGCCAUUCAUGCACAUGCAUCCCAGAUUAAUCUGGAAACAUUUGAGUUCUAAUAAAUUAGAGCCUGGCUGAUACUACCAUGCGAUGUUCCAAAGCAAUGAAGUGUUGAUGGCUAGAAUAGCUUCCUGGAGCAUGUGCUAACCUUGCCCAUUGCAUAGCACAUACUUUCUCACCCUGAACAUAAUAAGUUAGGGAUUUACAGUUGGCACUAGAGCCUGCUCCUGUGGGUGUACAUCUUGCAGGGAUCAAGACAGAUGUGAGAAGAGUUAGUCUUGCCUCUGUAAGAGGCAUAUUUUCCCUUGUCUUAAGUUCUAAGAAAUAUUGGGGGAGGGGGUUGCAGGGAACAAACAAUCUGGAUGGCAUUGAAAGGAAAAGACAGUCUGAAAAAUUAGAGACAAAGAUUUGUCCUUGGAUUUUGCGUGGCUAACACUGAAGGCCAUGUGUGCCUCAUUAGGCGCGGCUUUGGUUUAGAGAACUCAAAGCUCUUUCAGGUAUCAAAUUAUGUCUUUCAGCAGUUUAAUAGAAAGCAAAGUUUGCAGCCCAUCGGAUACUUUUUUGUGUAUAUGGCCAUGGGAAUACAUACAACUGCCUAGGUGUGAGAUGGAGGUUGAGAAAGGGAGGCUUGCACCUUUAAAAUGUUAAGACUCUGAGCCAAAUUCUUUCUCUGUUUGGCACUGUGCAGUAUUACCUGGCUGCAUUUGUUGCGAUGGCAAGAUGCAGGCAAUUGGAGCUUCAGUAAAAGUCCAUGUGUAUGAGCAGCCUUUUGCAGGAAAAAAGUUAAAUGGGAGGAAAUUACUGUAUGUAAGCCAUUUGAGAAAGCAAUCUCCCCACCCCCGGUCUCUUCUGUAUUUAAUGCUCUCAGGCCAAAAAAAUUGGUUCUUUUUACUUGUCUUCCCUCCGCCUCCCCUAAUUCUGCCUCUGCUCACCAGUUCUCCCCUGCAAAUACACCCUGGGCUGUUCUUAUCCCCUUCCUUUCCCCCUUCUGGCUAGGGGGAAAGAUGCCUGUGGGGAGCUGUUUUCUGGAGAGAAUCAGUAGAUGGGACAUCUCUCCCUUCCAGCUUUCUCCACAUUUAUGUUACCUCAGCAAAAGUAAUUUGGAAGAACUGUGGCUGCCAAGAUGUAAAAGUUCUGCCCUGAGUGCACUUUGAGAACACUUGAACUGAGCAUAGAGAGAACACCUGGUCUAAUAGUUUCCUGCUCCUAAACUUCUCUAAACCAAACUGCCACCUUUAGGAAUGUUCUUCCACUCUUCAAUCCUGCCUUCUCUUUAAAAGAUCAGCCUCUAUCCCUUUUCUAUCUCAAAGCACAGCUAAAAGAAUCCACACUUGCUUUGGCCAGUUGAAAUGGGUCAAGUGCCAAAGUAUUUAGGUGUUCUCCAACUGUUGGGGAACUUGUGUCUGGCAGCUUCUUGGAUGCCCUCCAAGUGGUUUCACACAUCUGUGUGUGGAAUACCAUUGCCUUAACUUUUUCUACCUGUAACCUAGUUGAUUGGAGUCUGUAGACUGUGAGCCAAUUUUCCAAGAAGUUGAGGUGGUUGGGGAAAGGAAUCUGACUUCACCCUUUCCUCUGUCUCAACUUUUUCUUGGCUGAAUGUCAUCUCUGAAACCAACAAAUCUAAAGUGAUUGAGGGUGGAGAGCCUGGAGAACUAAUGAAUUUCUCUGAUUAGAGAUUUUCAAAAGAAAAAGACAUAUAAGAAGGCAAGGCCAGAGAUACGACAUGAGCACUCACUGUGUCAAAUAUCAGUGGGACUAGAGAAUCGCCACUUAUUUUAAGUUACUAGUCUUGCUAACUGUGUAUUGGACAGAUCCCCAUUAAAGCACCUGCUGCAAUUUAAAAUGGAGAAUUGGCUAACCUUUGUAAAAUUGGUUGUGAAUAAAAACAAACAAACAUUAGAUUUGGCAGGGGGAUCAGUAGAACCAGAUGAAAAAGGACAGGCAGACAUGGAUAAGGAUAAAAAUGUAUGGAGUAUAGAUGGAACUAGAAUCAAGAAAUUGAUCCCAUUUGCAGCUUCAAUGGACAAUACUUGUUACCUUGUUUCUGUGUUGCUUAUUGUACCACAUUGAAGAAAAGGCUGGAUGAAAGUGAGCAAUGCCACUUCCUCUUUAAAAAUAUUACAUACUUUAAAUAGGGGUUUUUGCAUACCCUUAGUCAGAACAGGGUGGCGCUGUGGUCUAAACCACUGAGCCUCUUGGGCUUGCCGAUCAGAAAGUCGGCGGUUCGAAUCCCUGUGAUGCGAUGAGCUCCAGUUGCUCGGUCCCAGCUCCUGCCAACCUAGCAGUUAAAAAGCACGCCAAAAAGUGCAAGUAGAUAAAUAGGUACUGCUCCAGUGAGAAGGUAAACAGCGUUUCCGUGCGCUGCUCUGGUUUCAGUGUUCUGUUGCUCCAGAAGCGGUUCAGUCAUGCUGGCUACAUGACCCAGGAAAACUGUCUGCGGACAAACGCCGGCUCCUCAGCCUGUAAAGCGAGAUGAGCACUGCAACCCCAGAGUCAUCUGCGACUGGACUUAACUGUCAAGGGUCCUUUACCUUUACCUUUUUUUAGUCAGAACAUCCUCAAAACUAGCCAGGUUAAACUUUUAUUCACAGGACAGCUUGAAAUUUCAGCAACAGAUGGAGGAACAGCAAUAAUCUGAGGAGUGUGUUGUAGUUAGGACUAUGCUCAAUGUUCCCCAAUUCCUAAUUAGAUGAAGUGCCCCAUAUUCUAGAUGUGGACUUUGGUGGGAAUUUUUACACUUUCCUGAAGUUGUUCACUGCUGUUGUUUCCAUAUUGGUUGCUGUCCUGAUACUCCCUCUUUCUCCUUUCUAUAAUGAUAUAAGCCAAAUCAUUAAUUGCUUAAGAUGAUGAGCCGAUUUGAUUUGGCUGCAUGUUGCUGACAUCAUUGAAGGCAAAUAAAGCCAUUUCAGAGUAAGGGCAUGCUUCCUACAUAAGCAACUGCUUUAGCUCACUUUUGAAGAAAUUGCCUGAAGGGGAAGUGCCUUUUUAAUGUGCGGGGGUGUGUGUGAGUUUUUUCAUAAAAAUGUUUCUCCUUUCAACUCUCCAGCCAGCACAGCUCUAAAUGUAGUUCAUGCUCCUAUUGACUUGACCAUGAGGAAGGUAGCCAUUUGAGUACAGAUGGAUCAUAUUUUUUGUUUCAGUUAUUUUGUUUAAUUAGGUUAAGUGGAUUGUGAUUUCGUGGAGUAAUAUAGGAAACAUAAACUGGGUAAAUUAAGAAAGCGCCCAUUUAUCUAGAAACCUAAAUGGCUGUUCAAGAUGUAAAGUAAUAUAUUAUCUGAGGAAACUAUUUAAUUGCUGGCAAUCAUGUCUAUGUUACAGUCAGUCCUGGCAUUCAUGUAUAUGUGUAUGAUUCUCUUACACACCCACACCCACACCCACACCCACACCCACACACCCCUAGCCAACAGCCUCAGUGGCCAACCAGAUGUAUAUGGGAAGACAAGAAGAAAAGUAUGAUUAUUGCUUGUUUGAUAAUCUGUGUAUUCCUUGCAUUAUAUUUUCUAUAUGGAAAUGACUUCAGUAUAGAAAAACUCCCAGCUUUUGAAGACAUUAUUUUAAGUAUGUUCUCUCAAAACAACAUUUAAUAGAAACAAUGAGAGAGGGUUGUUGGGCUUAAUCUUUUGUUAGGAAUCCAGUCUCCUAAAUAGCUUAUUUUUAAUGAGCUUUGUGAAGUUGAAGGGUGCCCCUGAACACAUGCAUACGUUUUCCAUAGAGGAGUGGAGAGUGCAAAUUCCCCUAGACUAGUGAUGGUCAAACUUGGCCCUGCAGCUGUUUUGGGACUACAAUUCCCAUCAUCCCUGACCACUGGUCCUGUUAGCUGGGGGUGAUGGGAGUUGUAGUCCAAAAACAGCUGCAGGGCCAAGUUUGGCCAUCACUGUCCUAGACUGAUUUGAAUCCUAAGCACUCUCUCUUUAAAAAGAAACCAGUAGAAAUUUCAUCUCAACUAGCCUGGUCUUUUUUCCACGAUUGACAAUGGAACUUAAUAAUACCACGAUUAUUCUCGUCCCCCUCCUCCACUGGUGCAUUCACAUUUGUAUUUCCUCUACUUUAAUCGGGAGAGUCAAAGAAGGGCAAAUGUCUGUUGGGAACCUUCCUGCUAAGUGUCGGAAGGAACUCAAUCCAUGUUAAAUUAGACAGUUUGGAUGAGUCAAGUCUCUCUCUCUCUCUCUCUCUCUCUCUCUCUCUCCCUCCCUCCCUCCCUCCCUCCCUCUCUCCGUUUCUCUCUCUUUCUCUAGAAGCUGUCCAUCCUAUAAAUAAAAUCUUUUGAUAGAUGGAACCAAUUAAACAUGUCUAUGGAGAAGUUUUUUUUUACAAAUGCUGCACGAAAGAAGAAUAUUUUUCUCUGCUCUGAAACAAUGAAGGCUUCUUUUUCCUCUUUUUCUGUAGAAUUGUGGAUUGUGAUAGCUGGAAAGGGUUUUCUAACUGUAGCCUCUUCCCAGUCGUAAAAUAAAUAUUGCUUAAGAUGCUGUGAUAGAUACAUCUUUGCAGACUUGGUCUUUAAAUAUGUACCAUAUUGAAGGUGGGCAACUAACUUUACCCUUAUUUGAGUUUAAUAUACUCCAUACUAUACUACAGAUUAUACUUUACAAUGCAAUGCCUUUAUUAGACCAGUCAAAAUGUUGCUAAAGAACAAGUUUGAGAGAGGAACUUGACUGUCUCUGUCUCAAUGUGUAUUACAGCUAUUCUCUAUUUUGUUUAACAAAGUAAAAGUGUCUGAUUAACAUGCAUAGCUUCCCAUAUUAGUCAGUCAGUCGGCAGUUCGUUGUCCAGCCCAAGCUGACCAGAUCUUUGGCUGGAGGUGAGAAUUCUCUUUCAUCACAGUACCGUGCUGGAUGUAUGCCAUAAAUUACAGGUCUCUAGGGAACUUACUUGCACCAAGCUGCCCCUAACUAAAUUCUUUCUCCAAUAUUUAUAUUUGUUUUUCUCUUUAUCCCAGUUUUUGGCAUGCAAGGAGCACCCAAGCAGCUAAAAACCAUCACCAGAACUUUAAAAAUUUGCAAAAUAUAUAAUGCAUUAACCGCAGCUUCUCUCCCUCCUUAUAUGGUUUAUUAUCUUUUAAACUGGAUGAGGACUGGAUAGACCUUUAAAUGGAGGUCUGUCCUCUGUCACCACCCUAACUACUAGUUAUGUUCUGGUUUUCCAGAUGUAACUUCCUAGUAAACAUGCAUAGGUUUCCACUGUUAGCCAGUGAUAUCACCCUUGCAAGGAGUAAGGAGGAUUUUGACAUCUAUUGUCCGGUAAAGUGACCGGACCACUGAUAAUGAGGUGUCUUGUGAGCCCAGGUGGGGAUAUUCAAGAAGCAUGCCAUCCUGUGCUUGGAGGUAAUGCCCCUUUUGAUGCACACAUCAAACUGAAUGCAAUCUUGUAAACGUCUCUCAUGAAGCUUAAUGAUUGCUAGCUCAUUUGAGAAUAAGUUUUGGCUUCCUUCAGGGUUUUCUUUUGUUCAUGACGUGUGUGUGUGUGUGUGUGUGUGUGUGUGUGUGGAGUCCUGGGUGGAGGGAAGAGCCCUGGCUUAAAAAAUGCUUUUGUAGCACAUAUUUCAUCUUGCAGGCGCCGAGGAGUAAUGUACAGGGGCAGAUUUUCCUGUGGGUGUUUAGAAGUGGGCGGGGAAGGGCCUUGUUUAUCUUCUGAGUGACUUAUGAGCGAAGGGGCAGGCAUGCUUCUGCAGCAGCUUGUUGCUAUAAGGCAGGAAGGGUGAGCCUUCGUCCCUGGUGGCAGAACACACUUUUUUUUUGUUCCUUUGCUUUAAAAAACAACAACCACACACACCUAUACGAUUAAGACUGAGAAAAUGAACCAGAAAAUAUGGAUGGGGUGGGUGAGAUGGGAAGACUUUCACAGGGGGGGAGAAAUAGGCCUGGGCAUCGCUCAGCUGGGUGGCUGGGGAGUGGAGGCAGGGAGAAAGAAUCCAAUGUAAGCAUUUUGUGUUGGUUUAGAGAACUUUGAAGAAUGACUCUUACCAUGCGAAGUGUUGUGGUUUUUUUUUACAGCUGCACAAAAAAAAGAUGACUCUGUAUGUACAUCUCGGUUUAACAGGGGGACACACUGGGGGGGAGUUUUAUUUGGAAAGAGCUUGAGCAGCGGAGCAGAGGGGAACUGUGUAAGCAGGAAUCUGGUGCUGUAAUUCUUCUUCUUCUUCUGUUUCAAGUAAACAGUCCUUUGCGCCCUCCCCUCUUCCCUUCCUCCACCCCCACCUCCCUUAUUCAACACGGCUCAUGUGUUUUCUAUUUAAGGACUGCAGCGUGAGGCAAAUAUGAUUGGCGUCCACAGCCCCCCUUUUGACUCUUAGCUUGAGCCUGUGAGAGCGAGGCAGGAGCUCAGCCUAUGACGGGGAGAAGUUGUGGACUUGGGUGUUUUUCCGCCCUCCCAUUUAGCGAGGCAGCCCUGGAUUUCAAACCCCCCACCUUUUUUUUUAUGCUGGUUGUGACCGAGAUGGAUUUUUCUCUCUGAAUGGGAACAAGGAUGGUGUGGCAACCAUGUUGGAAAGAGGUUUAUUUUCAAACUCCAUCCUGCAGCUUGCUAUCUAACAAUAUGCUGUUGUGUUAAACUCUUGGGUGGUUUUUUUCCCCCCUCCCCCUUCUCCCCUUUUCAACCAGUCUCCAAUGUUCUUCUGUACUACUCAGCUGUGGGCCAGAGGAAACUUCUUCUAUAUGGCCAGCCAUUUGGGGAUAUGCCGCGAGCCAAGGUUGUAUUCUGAUUGGCUUGGCAUUGGUGACAAAUCAGCCUAUCAUGAGUCGGAUGGACAGAGGUCGCUCUCGAGGAGCCAUGGCUGGAAGCUGGCUCACAGCUUGCUUUUUCCCUUCCCCAGGUGCUGACGCUAGUUCUGAACCUAUGAUCCUGGACCAGUAUGUGGUGGUGUCUAACUAUGAGAAACAGGAAAACUCGGAGAUCAGCCUGCAAGCUGGAGAGGUGGUGGAUGUAAUAGAGAAGAAUGAAAGUGGUAAGACAUACUCUGAAAGAAAUAUAUAUGUACUUUUCUCCAUUCUCCCUCCAGUCCUUCAUGUAUCUUAUGUAUUGCAUCUGGUAGAGUGCCUGACUCGAGGUGGGAUUUCUCUCUUCUCUCCCCCUGCCCCCACCAGUUGGUUUGGGCUUGGGGCCAAAAUAUUGCCUUUUGCUGUAAGAAUGUCUUCCAAGCCUGUACAUUAAUUACCCAAUAUACAUUAAUGGAAAGUCUUGGGUUGUGGAGGAGGGGGAUGUACACAGCAUAUGCUAUGUAUUUACUAAGAAUGAUACCGUUUCUCUGCUGGAAAAGAUCUCAGUAUUUCCAUUACUUGCCACUAUUUUUGAAGGAUUUAUUGGAUGGACUAUUUAAAAAUAUUCCUCUGGGGAUGAAAACCUGGCAUGGCAGUUCAACCUUUCACCCAAUCACAAAGGAUUGAGAGGUGGUAGGAUCUUUAUAGAUUAUAUGGCAGUGAAAGGUUUAAAGUGCUUUUAAAAGUGGUUGUGUGGGUAACAUUUGCUUUUAACUGAUAUAAUUCAUUUUCGAAUAAGUAUUAUCGUUGCUCAGUGAAGUAAUUCAUUCUGAGUGUUUCACUGGCUAACAGCAAUCUGUCUUCUAUGUUGUAAUGAGAUGUAUCUAGUUUAGACCAUGAACAAUGCAAUUUGAACUGAAACCUUCUAGCAAGAGACCACAGAGAUUUUAAAAUACACACUUCUAGUCUCCAAUUAAUAAAAUGUAUCAAUCCAAGACUGUAUAUGUAACAGAUAGAAAGUAUUGGUGUUCAUGUGUGACCUUUGGAAGCCAAAGACUGGGUUCCUUUUUAAGGGAGAAAAGCAUCAAAGCUCUUCGGGCAAUUCCUAGAUUUUGUUUCUCUACAUAGCAGUUUUAAAUAAGCUAUCAGACAAAACAAAAAUGUCCAAAGUCUUGAAUACAUGUUACCUGGCAGUUUAGAGUUAACCUUCAGUCAAGUGUCUGUCUCUUCAUCCACCUUCACACUAGCCAUUCUUUCUGACCUCCCCCUGACUUUACCCACCUGACUUUACUCCACCACUGGCAUUUCCCCUUGUUGGAGGACAAAGCUGUGCCUUCCAGGCAGCCUUCCCUGUGACCCCUAAGCUAACAGGCUGCUCUUGGGUGUGGUAGAUGUCCCAUCACCGCUGUUGCAGUAAGAUUCAGUGGUCAGUGUGGCCAGCUUCUCCACAUGAGCUGGGUGUGUGUGCUCUUGUCAUUUGCCACACACAAUAAAAUACCUUGGGGUCAGCUCUGAGAAAAGUUGGAAGCUUAUUGGGCAACUAGUGUGGUAGGUUGAGACACUCUGGCCAAGGGUUUAAAACAUGGUUUCCAUUAUCUUCUACAGAAGACUAUAGUCCCAGUACUGUGGUAAAGGUGGGAGUGUAGCUCUACAGCAUUCCACCCCCCAACCCAGUACAAGAGCAAUGACUUAAUCUGCUGGAGUUCCAGGGUGGUUGAUGGUCUGUCCUUGCUCAGACAAGUGAAUGGGGACAAGCUUGUUUGUAAGAGGCUAGCACAGAGGAAAUAACAGAAUAAGGGAAAUAAUCAAGCAGAGGCUAGAUGCUGUGUUUUUCUUUGACGAGGUUCCUGCUUCAUGCUAGUAGUUUAAAUGGUAACACUCAGUGCUUUUUCCCCUAAAAAAAAGUUUAGGGGUACUCUCAUUUUCCUACUCAUAUUGAAAUACUGCCCCUUAAUGAGGCCAAACUUAGAUUCACAAAAUGUUUAGGGGUAUGCGUACCCCUGCAUCCCCCCCCAGAGAAAAAAGCACUGGUAACACUUCAUUGGAAUAUUGUUUUUGCCCUCCUAAUCAUAAGCUACAGGCUGUCUUUUCAGUUGGCUGAGAUCUCUUGUUAAAGCUCAGUGUGUUAUGAGUCGAGCCUGUGCAGUCAGAAGUAAUCCCCAGUUCAAUAGAGCAUAUUCACCACAAGUGCAUAGGAUCAACACAGAAGCCUCCAUUAUCGAACUGUCCUUGGGAGGCUGUCAUAAUGAGCUUCUACACUUCAAAAGUGACCACUAUACCAUUAUACAAUAUUCCAGAAUAAAGGAUUGAUUAGAGUCAUUAUCAGCAAACCAAGAGUCUACUAGCCACUAUCCAUAACAUAACUGAUGCAUAUGGCUAUGUUCAAAACAUACAGGAGGCAGAGUGAGGCAACCACCUCAGGUGGUGGAUGCUUGGGGGGUGGGGACAACAGCAAGAUGUUGGAGGAGGCAAAAGCUGUGUGUAAUGUACAGCUUGCCCUAUUACACGCCCCCCCCCCCCCGGCUAGCUAGCCUGCUACACUUGGAUUCAGUGGAGGAUGUUGCCCCAUGACCACUGUUGAAGUAAGAUUCAGCUAAGGCCGCAUUCCACUACUCCUGGAAACUGUAGUUUGUCAAGGGUGUUGAGAAUUGUAGCUCUGUAAGGAGCAAACUGUGGUUCCCAGGAUUCUUUGCUGGAAGCGGUGUGCUUUAGAUGUGCUUUAAAUGUGUGGUGUGGAUGUGACAUUCUGCUCAGUUUCUGCACAUAGAGGAGAGAGAGGGUGCUAUCUUUUCCGUUUGCCGCAGGAAGCACAAUGUCUUAGUUUGCCCCUGCUAGGAAGCUGCAUAGCAGAAGGCCCGGAAGUAGUGAAAAAUUUGAAAUGGAAAAUUUUUGAAAAGUUUCCUAUGCAAGCGUGGGUAAUUUGCACAGAACAAUUUUCCUUGGAAAUUUUUUAGUUUUGGGAAAUCUCCUGAUGUCCUAGAGAGGGAUCGGAUUUAGGGAUCGGAUUUAUCUUACUUGUGUUUAGUAACCAAAGCUAAAACCUUUAGAAUUGCCAAGAUAGCUUGAUACUGUGUUUGAAAUGGGUGUGCAUUUAUUGUUAACGAAGUUACAAAACUUUUUUUUCUGGAAAAAAACAAAACUAGAAGAAUUUCUGCUGUGAAACAUUUUCCACCCCCAUCAUAGCAGAGAAGUGAAAGUGAGAGAAGGCUGGACCAAUUACAAAUGCACAUGUGUGAAAUGAAGGGAGCAUUAGGGAAGAGGUAUGGGGGGUGGACACACAAUGCUUUAAAAUUAAACACUUGCUUUGAGGGACAGAGUGAUAAAGGAGGACAAAAAUGGAAGGAGAAAGAUGGGCGGAAGCCUGGUUAUGGCAGCAUCUUCCCAGUGUAGUGAGGGGAACCCUUAAAAGAAUGACCAUCUGGCAGCCAACUGGGCAAUUCCAGAGAGCUUCUCCAUCCCUUUAUGGAGGGACUGUCUGACUCCCACUAUUCUUCUGGUCUUGGCUAUUGUUUCACAUAUAACAAACAAUGAGGAUCCAGAAUGUCCAAGUAAUGGAAGAAGAGUCAGACUCCAGGCAAACAAGGGAAUUUGCUCUGGCACUUCUUUAGAAUGUAAAGUCUGUCUUUCAGGUUGUUUCUUUGCAGUGAAACUGCCAACCAUUUGUCACAUGAUUCACACACACAUCCCCAAUGGUCCUAAGUGGAAACUCUAGUCAAGAUGCCACCUUUGUGUUAAAUUCCGUUGUUUGUCUUUUUGUUGUGAUCUAUCAUUUUAUGGUGCACCGUAUUUUUCUUUUUCUUUUUUCUUUUCUUUUUCUGUACACUGCCUCUUUCUGCUGAGUAGCAGAUAGCUACUGCACAGGGAGAUGUGGAUGAGUUUCUUGUGGCCAUUGCAUUGUUUCCAUAGGCAUGUAAAAGAUAAUUAUUUUAAAUAUUCUUCCUCAUGGCUGCAGAGGACUUGUACCUAAAGUCAUCUUACCUUAAAAGUAAGGGAAAGAAAUGCAUUCUUUCCACUCAAGGCAGUCAAUGCAUCAUACUCCACAUUUUAAGAUAUAUAGAAAUAUACUCUCUGGAUAUGACCUUUCAGAAGGUUUGCUUAUGUGUGUGUUUUCUGGUGCAGUGUUUUUGCUAAAGAAAGAAGCAAGCGGCAAGGUGGAUGAGUUUUGGAGGUUGCCCACUGAUGUUGCACAGUUUGGGAAGAGAGACUUGCCUCAAGGCCAAAUCCAUAUUGGUGCAUUAAGUUUUUUGAAUGGCUCUGGCAGGUUUCACUUUUCAGCCUAAUACAAAGCCAGAAUGUUGGUCUAACUAGUCUUAUACUAGGCAAACUAAUAUAACAAAGCUUAGGGGACACAUGAUUAUCAUCUUGGAGAUGAUUGAGUGAACUUUGGUAUCUUAAAGGGUCAGACUAGGCAAGGCAUAGCCCUGCCAGAAUGAAUACUGAACGAGUGUGAAUGUGUUAAGACUAAGCAGAACCCUGGCUGCAUUUGCCCUGUAGCAGUUGAUAAAUAGGUCUUUACCCAUAUCAGAAGAUGACUCUUAACUCUUCUGUAACCUUUCUGGAACUUUCAUUUAUUCAAUAGGGAACAUCCCAUUCCCAUAAACUAACUGUUGAGUUAGGAUAUGCCCCUAGAAGCAAUCAAGAGAAUUCUGUGGCACAGAUUCCCCCCCCCCCUUCUGUCACUGUUUUUGACAUGCACCGGGUCUUAGACUGCAACACUAAACAGAUCUACUCAAAAGAAAGCCGUGUUUCAUUCAAUGAGGCUUACUCCCAUGUAAGUUUGGCAAGGAUCACUGCCUUACUAAAUUUUGUUCCAUUUGUCCUAUCCACUUGUGUUGGAGGGGUACUUGACAAUAAUGGCUACAAAACAUUUAGACUCCAGGAGUUAAGAUGAGUACGGGCAUGUUCUUCCUACAGCAGCCUUGCUUCCAGAAGUAAGUGUUGGCUACUGGGUCUGUUAUGUGCUCCUCCUCCAACUUACUUGGUUGAGAUAGUCUAGAAAGUGAGAUAGUCAGUAGUCUUCAGUGGUCUUGUGUGAGCCUUGCUGACUUUUCCAGUUUGUUGCACAAGUCUUGUAUACAGUUAAAACACUGUUGGUUAGUAUAUAAACAAUUUGAGCUAACUUCUUGAGUAAGGGAUUCAGACCACCCCAGUUCAUUUUGGAAGGGUUUUCCUGUUUUGGUUGGUUAUUGCCUGGCAGCAGGGAGUGCCAUUCUAGGAUAAAGCAAUACGCUUAAUUGCAGCUGGAAGUGAAAUGAUUGGUACUAGUCGCUAGGUAACUGAGUUUUCAUCACACCUCAUUCCUUCUGAGAUCAGAUUGGAGAGGUUACAGUUGAUCUGCGUGGAAAGUUGCCUUGUACUGUGCCAGAGGAUUAGUUUUUAAAAGUGGUGAAUGAGAAGUAAAAUGAAUCUUUAUAUGCCCAUUGGGUAUGGCCAUGUAAAGUUAACUCUUCCCUUUCUCUCUCUCCUUGUCACUUUAACCUCCUGUCACACUCUCUCUUCUCUAUCAGCUGGAAGGCUGGGAGGAUGCUAGAUGGGAAGAGAUCUGCUCUAGUUGUGCCUUAGGCUAUAACACAGUGGCUGGAAAGCUGAUAUAUUUCAGAUGAUCAAGCUUCAGCGAACAGUUAAUUCUGUUGACAUUCCUUUGCUCCAAGAAAGUAGAGAAGGGAUUGUGAGGUGUUUAAAUAUCUGAUGGGUUAUGUGGGGCAGCUGUCUGGCUGUCCCAGGGCUGCCUUGUCCCAGAGGAAGAAAUGCUAUCUGGCUACCAGGAAAGUGCUUUGAUUUGAGACUCUCUUAACAAAAAAUAUGAAACUGCUUAUUAUAUCACUGCUCCAGGAUGCUAGCUUUGCUUUUUUUCCCCUGUCCUCUUUUAAGAGACAAACUUCCUUGUCUGCCUGCUUUGCUGGCUUGGCACUGGCAUGGAGUUAUUGAACAAGGACAAGUAAUUGAUGGGAAAUAAUAUAUUUAUGACAACAGAGGUAUUAAUGCUGGAAGUGUCAUUGUACAGUUCUUUGCCCCUCACAAACUUUAAACCAAGUUUGAGACUAAUUGGUGUGCUGACUUCAGCCCUGUCCAACAAAGGCAGGUGAACUUGGAAAGGUGGGAGCAUAAAUAAAUUUUGAGAAUCCUUCACUUUCCCUAAGUGUGCUUGUCAUAAGGACUGGAUUUUUAUAACCUAAGGCAAUCUGUUGGUAUUUUCCGGUGGUAUUCAACCACAUGAUGGGAAAUUUAGGUUACACAAUUAUAGUUGGUGCUCCUGCACAAGAAGCCUGCUUCCCUGCCCACCUCAAAUGUAAUAAGGAAAAUGAUGGGGAAAUGUACUGGAAGUGUGAGAUAACAACUGCUUGAUGCACAUUGUAUAAGUUCCCCACAAACUAUUAUAAUCAAUGCUUGAUAAGCAGCUAAUAUUGUUCAACCUCCAUGAAAACUUUGUCCAAACAAAUCAGAGUGAAUUCUCAAUGUACAGGUUGCCUAGAAGCAACCCUACUGUGAGCAGUGCAAAUGGUUUACGCCAAGACAGGUUAGGUCUCAUAAGGGCUGUAUGUUGAAUUGUUGGCAGAAGCUAGGACAGAGUAAUGGGAGCUCACCCCAUUACACGGAUUCGAACCGCCGACCUUCUGAUUGGCAAGCCCAAGAGGCUCAGUAGUUUAGACCACAGCACCACCCACAUCCUGCCAACCUAGCAGUUCGAAAGCAUACCAAUGCAAGUAGAUAAAUAGAUACCGCUGUGGUGGGAGAGUAAACUGCGUUUCCAUGUGCUCCGGCAUUCGUCAUGGUGCUCCAUGCAGCAGAAGUGGUUUAGUCAUGCUGGCCACAGGACCCGAAAAGCUGUCUGUGGACAAACACCGGCUCCCUAGCUUGAAGCGAGAUGAGUGCCGCAUCCCAUAGUCAUCUUUAACUGGACUUAACCAUCCAGGGGUCCUUUACCUUAUGUUGAUUUGUACAGUCAUGGCCUUGAGUGUAACCCCCAUGGAAAUGGUUCCAGCACACUUAACUUUUUGCUAUCAGGUUUCUCUGGGUUUAAAAUGCAGGCUUGUACUCCCCAGCAGAGCUCCAUUAUCAUGCUUGGUAGCAUGCACCACUCCAAACAACUUUACUCUCGUGACUUCUCCAAAGGGAGCAGCCUCAUUAGAUGUUCUUGCAUUAUGUUCAACUUGAAUCCUAAUCAUAUGCAACACAGAUGGCAAUGUCACGCCAAAAUUACUCAAGAUGGACAUGCAUAUUUUACUGUGUCAUGCAAUGGUCUUGUGAUGUUUCAAUUUUUACUGGAACUCGGAAGAACGUGGAAGGAUGUUAGAACAUAUUUUAAACAUACAAACACACAGGAGAAAGAGACUUGGCUGCAGACCAGAGCUCCCCAGUGCCACCCACAGAGCAGAGAAUUUGUUUUUGUCUUUGGUUAUUUUAGUAAUGAAAAUUAUCUUGGAUGAGUGUUUGUGAAAGUUACAAAGAAUUAUAGGAAAGGGACUCCUUUGUCCAAAAAGCAGAUAUUUAGGAGCUAGGAGUAAACAUUGGGCCAUUCCAGUCAUAAUAGGUUAUAGCUUAUUUUUAUGAGGAAAUGAUGCAUAAAGUAUAGGGCACUUUAGUUAUUCUAAAGAGCAGGGAUGGGGAACCUGGUGCCCUCCAGAUGUCGUUGGACUACUGCUUCCAUCAGCCCCAGUCAUCAUAGCCAGUGGUCAGGGAUGAUGGUAGUUACAGCCAGACAAUUUUCCCACCUCUGCUACACUUCUUGAAGAGUGUCCAUCCACUGUUCUUUUGUAAACACAUCCAAUACUUUCCUGCCUGAAGGUGGAUAAAAUGAAAGCCCUAUUUUGAACGUGGAGACAGUGUUACUUGGUUACAUGUUGUAUCAGUACCAGAUCUGCUGAACAUAGCACACCUGCUCACAUACUUUGGCCUAACAGGUGCCAAACCACGUCUGUGUCUGCAGUCUGGACAGAUAGAAAUACAAGCUUAGGUCCCUGGUGGGCUGCAUUUGGCUUGGUCAGUCACAAGUGGUACUUGCCUGUUCUGCACAAAUAGUUGCUCCCAACUAGCCAAGAUAUGACAUUCAGAUCAACGAGGCUAUGUUGCAUGACUAGUGCCCAAGUGGUGAAUACAUUUGAUAAUGUUGUUUUGGAAGCAGUUGAUAUUUUCAGUUCUCAUUUGGGGUGACUUUUGUUGAUGAAGAGAAGCUGGGGAAAUGGCAAAAGCAUGGGUGAUCUGUGCUUCGUAUUUCUGCAUAAUGUCCAAAGCGGAACUCUUUCCUUCCUCAUUGGUGAUCUGUGUUUGCACUUCAUGUGCAACUUUGUUUUUAGUUUCUGAUACAAGAGUGGUCUUCUGGCAUUGCUGAGCCACCCAAGCCAGGAAGUGAAGUGGAGAUAGUGGCCUCUAGGGCCAUAUAACCUAUUGAUAGUUGAUGUGAAUUCCAGGUGAUGGAAGGAGAUGUAAUGCAUGGUGGAGAUUACAGAAUAAGCUCUUUUGUGUUUUUGGUUAACAAGUUUGAGAUCCCGGAUUUUUGGUUAUUCACCAAAAAGUUUGUUCCUAAAACUUUGUGCUUCAUGGGGGCAAGACCUACCGGAGAUGAGUUGCUGUGCUCAUUAGGCCUGACAUUACUGUGCGGAACGUGUUUUUGCUAAUAAAGACUUAACUCCAACUUGCACGGUGUGAUUUACUGCUCGCUUUCUCCUGACAGCUUGAUACUUUAUAUGAGUGGAUGGUUUAUUAAUAUUUUUUAUAAAUCAAUCAGUAAAAUACAUAUUGCAUGCAGAAGCUCCCAGCCCCUUUCCCCUGCAUUUUUAGAUUCUGAAGAAAGACUUCUAUCAGAAAACCUGACAACUGCUAAUCUGUGUAUAGACAGUACUGAACUAGAUCACUAAAUGUUUUGAGCCUGUGGGCGCAUUUGGAUUUUUGAGGGAUUACUGAAGGCACCUGCUUCUUGUUCCUUAUUUCCUCUCCAUCCUCUCAGUCAUUUUCUGUCUCUCUUUUUUUUGGGGGGGGGAUGCUUUAAUUUAGAACCCUCAGAAAAUCAGUCUUCUUGAAUUUGCAUGAUUUCACACAGGGCCCCCACAAAACCACCUGAAGUUUAAACUGAAGCUUAAAGGGGUAGACCUUGCAGCACCACAAAAACAGUGGUCCACUUUGCUUCCCCUGCUCCAGUGUCAAUCUAAGCAUUGAAAAGCACAUAGAACAGAAAGAGGAAGCUGGGAAAGAGCAUCACUCUUCUAACUUCCUUCCUUAGCUUAGUACAUACAGUCAUACCUCGGGCUGAAGUAGCUUCAGGUUAAGCAUUUUCGGGUUGCGCUCUGCGGCGACCUGGAAGUAACGGAGCAUAUUACUUCCAGAUUUUGCCACUCACGCAUGCGCAGAUGCUCAAAAUGACGUCACGUGCAUGCACGGAAGCGGCGAAUCAUGACCCGCGCACGCGGGUUGCGUUUGCUUCAGGGUGCGAACAGGGCUCCAGAAUGGAUCCCGUUUGCAUCCAGAGGUACCACUGUAGUACCUUAGUACAUAGGUACUGUCUAGGAAGUGGGGAGGAGGAUGUCAACCACCCUUACCAUCUCAUGACAAAGGGGGCAGCAAGCCGGGAGGAGAGCUCAGAAAAUUCUCAAGACCAUCAUUGCUACCAUGGGUACCACACUGUUAAUCCCAGAUAUAAUCUGUUUGUCUAACUCUGCCCAAGUCUUAUGUUCCCAAACCUUCCAUUUCAAGAAACAAACCAUUCCACUUGUUAAAUUGGGAUAGGUAAAGGGAACCAAAGAUGUGGUGUUGCACCUGAUCCCUGUUUAAAGAAAAGGCUUAUGUAGAUGCAUUUCAAAGAUGACUUUUGUAUAAGAAAUCUGUUCAGAGAGGCAUGAGACCUCCACUAUGCAAUGUGGCAGCAUAUAGAUAUUUCCACAUUCUCAUCUUCCAGCCCUCGGUUGGAAAAGUCUAACUGGAAACUUCAUUACUUAAUUUUAAUUUCUCCCUUCAUUUUCACUUCUGGCUCCUUCCAAUUGUCAAGGUUUUUUUGGCUCCUUGUUCCCACUUCUCAUGGAGAAAUCCACAACUGCUCAGGCUGGCAGCUCAAAAGGGAAAAAAUUGUAUGCCUGGGCCUCUCUCCCCCCACCAGACUCCCUUACACAUUUUCCCCUCUGUUUAUGGAACUAUUGCCAGCUUGGGGACCUUGAAACCUCCCCAGGAAAAAUCUGCUUUCUAUAUUAAAACACUCUAAUGUUAUAAUGAUUGGGUUUAUAUAUCCGCCAAAUAGGUCACCAGCUCAGCAGUUUUGUUGAGAGAGCAAGACCCGGAAAGAUCUAAGGGAUAUUACAAAGGAUUCCCAUUCCCUUUGGUAAUUACUUUGUGGAUUAGAUUUCUAGAGUUACAGCAUCUGAAAAACUAUUGUCUCACAACAAAUGUAACUGAUCUGUAGAAAACACAACCUGAAGAAAGACACAAUGAGCUUUCGUAAAUGAGGAAAACCUUUAAUAAUAAUAAUAAUAAUAAUAAUAAUAAUAAUAAAUAGUAAUAAACUAUUGUUUUGAUGGGCUCUAGUUACAUCAUAAAACUUUUUUGCAAGGGGGUGUGUUCCCCUUUUCCCCUUCAAGUAAAGUUUUUUUAAACCUUAAGAUUUUCCUCACUGAUUUAAAAGAUACGUCAGCUGAUUUCCAACCCUUUCUUCUGUUUAAUCAGGGGAAAUGAUUAAUGACUUAUCUGCAUGCUUGUUUUGACAAAUUGGUCUGCAAAUAUCAAAUAAAAGACGGAUGGUGCAUUUUUAUGUCAGACGAGGACAAGAUUAAUAAAGCGUGCUGUGUUGGUUUUAUUUUCCCCUGGGCUGCACAGCAAAUAAGCAGUUUCAAUAAUGCAUUGGCAGUCAAAGAACCUGCAAUCAUUAGCAGACUGGUUUCAAUUGCAACCAGAAAUAUGUGUCCUUUCUCUCCAGUACUUUUCUCUCUUUCUUGGUUUAUAUGGUAGGUUUUUGUCUUCCCAGCAACACAAUUACUUAGUUCUUUUUGACAUAAACACAUGCUUGUUAAACAGCCACAGCUUAUUAACUUCAUAGCUGGGGUGGGGUGGUCAGUAAAGAAAUCUUCCUUGGAUUUCUCUUCCUCUUCCCCUCCCACUUCAGGGAAUACUACUUCUAUUAAAUUAGUGCACAGAUGGUUAAUAUCACUCACAGACAGACAAACCAGCAUGGCUGAUGCAUCACUCUGCUCCACUCUUAGCGUACCUCCCAAAUUCCUUAUGCAGCAAAAGGCAGGGUGAACAUUAGGGAGGACAAGGAAUCCAGGAAAGCCCUCUGCUUAUGUCUAAUGUCCUGCUCCCUCAGUUUUUCUUAUCUUCUUCUGGUAUCACAAGUUGCAACAGAACAUAGAGGAUGGACUUAACAGUAGAGUGAACAAAGUGGGUAAAGUUUUAUUAAGGUUUGCAGAGUUUAUAAGAUGAGCCCAAACUGAUUUGUCAAGUCAGUCAUGUUAAGAGUUCAUCUCUGGAACGUGUGCAUGAAAAGCAAAGCCUCUCUGCCUUGCCUUCCCCCUUCCCUUCCCUUUACAGAGUAUAGUCCACUUGUUUGAACAGCUGUCCAUUCCACAUGGUUUAAAGAUAAAGGAGAGCAAGGAAGUUAGCACCUGGGAUCAGACUGAACAGGCACAAGAGUAACCUAUUGCAGGGCUUGUCCAUGCUUCUUCUUGUCCCAUGCUUUCUACGCACAGGUCCAAGUGGGUUUUCAUUUGUCCUACUGCUUUCACUGUGAAAACCGACUAUUUAUCACUUGUUGUUGUUGUUGUUUAGUCGUUUAGUCAUGUCCGACUCUUCGUGACCCCAUGGACCAGAGCAUGCCAGGCACUCCUGUCUUCCACUGCCUCCCGCAGUUUAGUCAAACUCAUGCUGGUAGCUUUGAGAACACUAUCCAACAUCUCGUCCUCUGUCGUCCUCUUCUCCUUGUGCCCUCAAUCUUUCCCAACAUCAGGGUCUUUUCCAGGGAGUCUUCUCUUCUCAUGAGGUGGCCAAAGUAUUGGAGCCUCAGCUUUGGGAUCUGUCCUUCCAGUGAGCACUCAGGGCUGAUUUCCUUAAGAAUGGAUAGGUUUGAUCUUCUUGCAGUCCAUGGGACUCUCAAGAGUCUCCUCCAGCACCAUAAUUCAAAAGCAUCAAUUCUUUGGCGAUCAGCCUUUUUUAUGGUCCAGCUCUCACUUCCAUACAUCACUAAAUCAGAACAAAUGUCAAUCCGCAGGAAAAACGAUUGACGUUUGUUUCGAUACAGUGGGUUUUCCUGCGGGAAGUGGCAGGACAAAUGUUGGCGAGCACAUAGUCUUCAUCAUUAUGGUGUAAUGAAUUAUAUUUCUAAUAAUGAUACAGUAAUUCUUUCUAAAUUUGCACCUAUGCACUAUAAAUGUAAAUUUGCUUAUGCAAAUUUAGUGCAAAGUGAUUUCCUCUUUUUGUAGUGCAUUUUCUCUUUGGGGGCAAUGCAGAAGUGGCCACCCUACCCUCAGCACUGAGAAGUUGCAUCCUCUUCCCACACUUGGAGUUAGCAGAUGAAGGUUUAUUCAGGGCUAAGAGUACAGCCUAGCAGGGUGAUGCAUUUUGAACCUCAGUGUUCUCAUCUUAGGAGUGAAGCACUUCUAGUAUGGAGUUCACCUUCACCAACUAUGCCAUUCUCAUCUGCCAUGCAUCCUCUUUACUGGUUGUUUCUUGAAAUAUCUAUUCUUAAACCAUCUGUUCAAUCCACCUAGAUUUGUGCAUUUUAUUACGUGGCUGGGAACCCUAUUAGAACAAUUGAAGUCCCUCCUCCCCCGAUCAGCUAAAGUUUAAAAAAUAAAAAUAAAAAUCAUUGGAUCAUUUAAUUCGGACUCUCUCCUAACUCUUGGCUUCCUUCAGAAAUAGCUAGGGCUGUAACCCAAGAUUGCAAAUUGCAUAGAUAGGGCUGGAAUUUUGCCUUCCUCAGCACUAAUGAUGUGAAAUUGCUGGCUUUUCUGGAGUGGCCAUUCCAAAGCUGUGAUACUAUGUGAAGUCAAUGUGUAGACUUUUCUUAUGUGAAAAGAGUUCUAGAGCCUGUUUGGGUUUGUAUAAAGACUUUAGGCUAACAACCAUAUUGAAGAAGAGUGAAAACCUAGAGUUGUACAAAAUAGCUAACAAACCAACUUGCAUAGUCUCAGUGGACUGUUUGGUGUGUGUGGCAGAUAGAAUAGUAAAAAAAUUAUACAUUGUGAAUGUCUGAAAUGUCUAAGAAACAGAGAAUGAAUUAACUAGCACCAUGGAUAAUAACAUCUGGAAUUGAAGGAUUUUCUUAAUUGCUUUAAUCUGUAGGGUUAUGUUUUUACAAUUAUCCUUUCCUAUAAAGCAGUGGAUCAGAAUUAAUGGUAUUUGAGUACCAUCCAUCCAUACCAUUAACUUGGUUUUCCUAUAGUUCGCCCUUAAUGUGUUUGUUUUGACAAUAUAUGGAAAAUGUCCCACAAUAUUCUCCUCGGAUCUACUUUUUGCAGUAAAAUUUGCAGUAAAAUUUCUAUACGCUAAAACAGUUUUGUGUGUGACCAGCUUAAAGGUAUGAUAAAUAUGCAAUGAUGGAAACUCAACAGUGUAAAAAGGUAGAUUUGCAGAGGUUUGGUUUGAUGUUAUUACAAGUGCUAAUAAAGAAGCACAUGGUCUCACAUCCCUCUGCUUAUCAAUGGAUUUGGUUGAUUCAAUAAUACAUUAUAUUAGUAUUCUUUAAGAUUCAUUCCACCCAUGGCAGUACUGGGUUUUAUUGUAUUCUAUGUAUAAAAGCGUACUCAGGGUGUUUUUAUUGUACCAGCCUGUUGUGCAUUUUUAUUGUCAUUGUUAGCCCAAUUAAAUAUAUAAAAUUUCUAUAUAGGUUGAACAGGAUAGGAGGCAAGAUGCAACCUUCUUAACCCCUUUGGUAGAUAGCACAGGAUCUGUAAGAUAUCCUCUGUAAUACAUUAUGCCUUCAGCCAGGUAUUAUUAUACAAACUUUUAAUUAGAAAAAGUAGCAAUUUUGGCUAUAUUGGAUGAGGCUAAUUUCCUCCAAAGUCUUACACAGAAAAUAGAAUCAAAUGCUGCCUUCAAAUCCAUAUACCUCUGAUCUAUAGUAGAUCUACCCUGUCUAAACCCAGCUUCUCAUUUGACAAAAUGGCAUCUUCUGCUAUCCAGUUCAGUCAGUUUAUUGUGCAGGUGCUUUGCCAAUUACACACAACAAGCUAAUUGGGUAAAAGUUUGCUGAAGCAGCUUUAGUAAUAACAGUACUCUGGAUGUUACCCCUUUUUCUUUUUCAAGUUUUCAUUUCUAAAAUUAUUCCACUAGGGGGCAUUUCCUUGUGUUUGUGCUGGAUCUUUUCAUGCAGUGACAUUUGAGCUAGGAAAAUCUGGUGGAAACUGGAAAGGUUCAGUAGAAAGGUUGGGGAUUCCAUGGCCCAUUAAAACAUCUUCAGCCGUUGUGGCUGUGGUGCCAUGGAAGGAAUGCUUGAAGUAUCCAACAAUCUAAGACUAAGGAGUCAAGAAUAACACAGAUGCCUAACGGGAAAAGGCUCCCAGAAAGUGGAAAUUGCUCAGUCCCAUGUGUGGUCCCUUUUUUGCUUCUCUCUGCCACCCCCUCUCAAAAAAUCCUUGUCCUUCUGAAAUACAGUAUGAGCUUCAUUAAACAUAGCUGGGCUAUUUUGAUGUGCUGCAAAUACUCUCCUCUGCAUGUUUAGCAGCUUGUGGCAGGGGAGGCGCCAAGAAGAUAGGAGGUGCUCUUGGUAGACACCCAGUAUUACCCACCCCAUGAAUCUGGAGAGCAUGUUUUAAUCUGUAUUGCUCUCUUGCUGGUUCAUGUUUCUGGUGGAACUAUUGUAGAAUUAGUGUGGGCUAUCAGGCGUGCACAGCUUGACUCUUCGCCUUCUCGAGUUUUCCCCAUGGGGAGUAGGUCAUAGAAAACUCAGGACUGUUUCUCCCGGUACCCCAUUGCUGCUAUUCUGAGUUUCCAUCUGAUGUGGUUUUUAGAAGCUCCUGCUCUGUUGAGAGCCCCUGUACAGUCAAGUAGAGCACUCUGUGAGCAUUAAUACUUGCCACCCAUUGCAAAACCCUUUUUCAUUUGCUUGUGGGGAAGGUACAAUUUUAUUCAAGAAUGGAACAAUAUCUGGGAACAGCUGUAAAUCUGCAAGCUGUCAGGGGGGAAAAUGUAUAAUGUUGUAGGAAAGAAUGGAGGACAAAUUCCAAAAUUCAACUUGGAAGAGAUUAAAUUCUCUAGCAAGCUUUUGGCUCUGCUUAAUUUGGGCAUUCAUUUGUAUUUCUACUUUAGGGGCUAGAUUAUUGCCAGGUGGUUGAGAACUGGGGAAAGAAAUUGGUGCCAGAAAAGGGUGUUUUAAUUGAAAUCUUAAAUAGAAUUCUGGAAUUUUGAAAGCCAGUUUUGUGUGUGUGUGUGUGUGUGUGUGUUUUUUACCAGUUUAAUCUCAGCAUUUCAAAAGCUUUUCAAGGAACUCUUUCCUUUUUCAGAUAUGGAACAGGCAAUGACAAGUUGUGCUAGUGUGAAGUAGCAAAAGCAAAAAAAAAAAAAAGGCAUCCUAUGGUACCUUAUACUACAAGUUUGUGGUUGUUGUUAUUCCUUGGUCCCAACACCUAGUGUGCCCUUUCCAAAUAAUUUGGUUUCAGUUGGGAUUGGUUUUGGUUGAUUCAAUCCAAGUGUGUUGGUUUCCUAACUUACCUUCAGCAGUGUUGCCCAGUAUUCCAUUAUUUCUUUUUUGAAGAUUUUAAGAUGCUGAGACAUUCCUUCCUUCAUGGCACUAGGUAGUGUUGGAGAUGUUAAAUGGUGCUUUAUCAGUUUCCUCUCCUUCAUUGUUUUUAAAAAUUACAGGCACCAUAUUGUGUGGAGUCUCAUUUAGCUCAGGCAAUAGGUGCAUCCUUUUCUCAAGGUUUAAAACUGCUUGUAAGGUCAUAGUCUUUAUUUCUGCCUAUUCCUGGUAUCAUGCCCUGUUUGGGCUCUGCUAAAAUCUAAGAUGGAGUUUUCUUGGCAGGGAUACUGGAGUGGCUUGCCUGUUCCUGCUCCAGGUAGAUCACGUUUGGUCAAAACUCUCCACGAUGACCUGUCCAUCUUGGGUGGCCCUGCACGGCAUAGCUCAUAGCUUCUCUGAGUUAUUCAAGCCCCUUUGCCAUGGCAAGGCAGUGAUCCAUGAAGCUACCAGCAUGAGUCUGACCAAACUGCGGGAGGCAGUGGAAGACAGGAGUGCCUGGCAUGCUCUGGUCCAUAGGGUCACGAAGAGUCGGACACGACUAAACGACUAAACAACAACAACAAAAUCUAAGAUUCUGUUCGCCUGUUUUAGUUUUUGGGACAAGUUUCAUAGAUGGCCUGGGAUGUUCCUGCUUUAUCCCACCCUCUUUCAGGUGUGCAAACUUUGCCAUUUUUGCUUUUAUUAAUAAGGGUAUUUCUAAACUACCAAUUCAUUAAAAAUACCAUGUGGUGUACAAUAAAAUUAUUAAAAUAUAAUUAAUGUGUUUAGUGAAACACAUUUGGGGUAGGUGAUGAAAUAUCAGUUUGAUUUUAAUAGGAACAAUGUUCCUAAGUGCUGGUGCCACCAUGCUGAAAGCCUUAGACUGCAUAGAACCAAAAUUAAUAUGAGACAGACAGGAUGGCUUUGCAUGAUGAGUGCAGUGAUCUGGCUGGUGUAUAGGGCUUUAUAUACUAAUAGUCAGGGGCAGCGCAUCCUGUUUCACACCACUGGCAGAGAAGCAGUGCCAGCAUUAGCAUCGAUUUCAGAUGAGAGCUCAACAGAUUCGGGUGUGAUUAGUGCCGAUACCAGUACCACUUCUGUGCUGCCAGUGGAGGCAGCAGGGCACCUUUGGGGCUUUUGCUGCCUGAGGCAGCUGCCUCAGUCUGCCUAAUGGCAGAGCCAGCUCAGCUAAUAGUAAAUUUGAAUUUAGCUUGGUAAUGUAGUCGCAGCCAGUACAGAGCUUUCAGCACUGGUGUAAUAUGGUGAUACUGAGCUACUUCGUCCAGUGUUCAAAACUCCCAUUGUUCUAGGAGCAUUUUGCAACAGGGAAUUUCAUUAGUGCAAGCAGUUUCUGAGCUCUGGGCUCAGUACUGUGCCCAAGAUUUCAGAUUAAAACUACUGAGUGGAAGGAAAGGAGGACCUUUUCCUGCCUCCCCACUUCCAGCUAGUCUCUGAAGACUGGAGAAGAAACCUUCUUAAGAAUAUUAGGGGGGUGGGCAGGGGAAGGACUGGACCAUGAGACAAAUGAACAUAAUAUUUAGCUGCUGUUCAUUCAUUUUCAGCUUUGUAUUCUUGUUAUAAAAAAGCACACCUAGACAUUCCAUUGUUGUGCCCAUAACUUAGGUUUAAGGUGCCAUUUAGCUCCCAGCUUUCAUAUCUCGGUUUCUAACACUGACUCUGUCCCAAAACUUAAUGUGCUGGAGCACAAUUUUAUCAGGUGCAUACAUUAUGAAUUUGUUAGGAUUUCAAGGUGCUAUUCAGCACACUGUUGUAAAAACUAUACAUGAUCCAUGUGUUGCUAAAGUACAGUGGUACCUCUGGUUACGUACUUAAUUCGUUCCGGAGGUCCAUUCUUAACCUGAAACUGUUCUUAACCUGAAGCACCACUUUAGCUAAUGGGGCCUCCUGCUGCCGCCGUGCCGCUGCUGCCCGAUUUCUGUUCUCAUCCUGAAGCAAAGUUCUUAACCCGAGGUACUAUUUAUGGGUUAGCAGAGUCUGUAACCUGAAGCGUAUGUAACCUGAAGCGUAUGUAACCCGAGGUACCACUGUAUAUCCUUUUUCUCCAUGAAAGCCUCUACACAGGGCUGAGUUGGAAGGAAUUAUAUGAUGGGGGUGGGGGGAAGCAUCCUGCUUGUGUGUGCAAAUAUUCCUUCUUCACUUCCCUGUUUUUAGCAGAAAAUAAAGUCCUGCUUUUGUUUUUUCACUUAAUAAAAAUCUCCAUUAUGAGAGCAACUUUGAAUAGUCUAGCAUAUCUUUGUAAUUUUCACUGUAGAUUGAUUCAACAGCCCUUCUGAGUGCAAAAAUCCUUUUGGAAUGCAGAGACUCUGAGCAUCAGAAUGUCAACAUUUUGGGGACGCUCUCAUUUAUUCCCAUUGUUUUACGAUCCUCUCUCCAUUUUUGCCUAGUGUUUUGGGCAGAGUGAGAGAUUUAUCAAAUAGUGUAAAAUAUUGUAUUUACGCAAAUCUAAUAUGCCAUCGAAUCUUAGGCAAGCAGUUUGAAUAGGUAAGUGGAUGGCUUGGGAAUGUGUACUUACUGUUCUUUAAGAAAGAAAGUGAGUUUUCCCCAAGAACAUUUCUUGUAUUUCUGUAUAGAAGAGCAAUUUGAUCUUCUGGAGUGAGUGUCUCUUGAGCAGUGCAUGUGUUUUGUUUGGAUCAAGUUACCCCCUGUGCUUGGAACUGGAGUGUGUCUUGGCAGCAGGAAACCAUUGUGACAAAAUAAUUCUGAAUGCAAAGACAUCCAAAAUUCGAAACAAAGCCCAGCUGGUUUCAUUUCUUCUUAAAGUUGCAGCACUUUGUAUUCUUUUGUUGUGUUUGAAAAACUGAGAUAUACAGUAGUUAGAAUUGAUCUCAAAUUAGCUAAGACUUAAAUCAAAAUCUGGGGUGGUCUGGGUCAAAGAGUAGGCGCAGUUGCCUGAGCAUAUGAUAUAUUUUCUCUGAAACUUUGCUGUUUCUUCAUGCAAUCUCUGGGGUGCAUGUUUGUGGACCUAAGAGGAAUGCUAUUGACUUGGCCCAACAUGUCGUGGGUGAAAGCAUGAUAUAACCUUACUUUGUGUAAUGGGAAUUUCUAAUUUUGAUAUACUUGAUAUGGCUAUGGACACCUUCCAGUUCUUGGAACCAGAUAAACCCAUAGCUUUAUUUAUAGGAUACAGGGACUCACUUUCAGAAGAGAAUUAGGCUUGCUUCAGAAAUUCUCAUUCAAAUUUCUCCCCAGAUUUUGGGGUUUUGAUUACUUGGACUUGUCAGGAGGGCUCCCUGAAUCAAUCAAAUGAGUUUCUUCCAUUCCUGAAUGCUUCAAAACUGAGCAGAUAAACCCCAUUGGCUGUUCUCCCCAAUACAGCCAAUCCAAGCAGGGGCUUUUUGUUGGCACCAGUUAAUUGAUUCACACCUACUGGGAGCCCCACUCGCAAAGAAACAACUGGGGGCUCAAUUUAAGCUCCCAGUUCAUUCCUUUGUAGCCACAUCCAUAUCUGCCCCAUAGCUGACACCAUAUAUGGUGACAGAUGUAAUGUAGGUGGGUGUUGUUUGGAGGGAAGGGCUUCAUGAGCCAAAUUAGUACUUGUCCUGGGCUUCAUUCCCCACUGCUGCUAUAGGUGUUUAUUUUUAAAUUAAAGCAGAUAGAGAUUGUUCUUAAACAAGGUUGAAAUUAUGCCAGUACUUUAUGUUUAGAUAAUGUAUGAAGAGCACUAUGGAACACUUAAAUUUUCUAACUAUAAGUGUCCUCAAGUAUUGAACAAACUUCUAUUCAAAUCUGUGUGAGUGUAGAUCAUAUUUGCACUCCUUCCUUUGCUUGGAAACAUUCAGGGUCUUAAAGAAACACCCAGUUCAUAACACCAACACACAUUUCUACUCAUUGAAUUCCCUGUUCAGGAGCUGAAGUCUAACUAACAUUUGACAUUGUUCUGCUGCUCCAUGAACAAAAUUACCCCCCCCCCCAGCUCCUCUUUUCAGCAUCUCCAGAGUUAACUUCAAAAGACAUCAUCUGGAGAAACAAUUACACUUUUUGCUGGCUUGGUCUCAGAAUAUUUGAAAGCUGAGUUGGAGAACAAAUAAGCGCUGGCAGACUGUAGCAUAGUUAGGGAGAGGAUGCAGGCGAGUCUGGCAGCAAGAACCAAAAACUGCAGUUGGGUCAAAGGACCCAUUGUUGAUUCAUCAGUUCUCUGUUGAGCCUUUUGUAAAUAUCUCAAGCCCUGUGCCCACAGAUAGUCUUGUCCUGUACGUUAGAAAGUUCUGAAGGAGCCUAACAUGACCUUCUGGUUUAUCUACCAUGAAACAUUGGGGAGGGGGAUUUCCCCACCAGUGAUUAUUUUGGCUUCAGUCUCUCUCUACUAGAGAAGUACUUUUUUAAAAGUUACUAUCAGAUUGUGUUUUUUUUAAAUCUCAGUAAUCUCUGCUGCUUUCUGGGAAGCAGGUGUUCUUAAUUUUUUUAAAAAAUUGCUGCCACCUUCAUUGUUGCGUAGUGAUUGAAAUCAUAUUGGAGAUACUUACCCCUCAUAUGAGCAUUUUUUUUUACACAAUUUUGCCUAUUAUGCACUUUUUUGCAAGCAGUGUUCCAUAAUAGAAUGAAUUUUUGAACAUUAUUUCCACUAAUAUAUGCAUUUUGUGCUCACUUUCCCCACUAAUCUCCAUUUUUUGGCUGGAGAACUGCAUUGCAACAUUUCAGCUGCAAAGUAAUGAGGUAGAUCAAAGGUUAUGCCAUAUGACUGAAUUAACACGGUAAGACAUGCAGAUUUGAGCAGAACUUGAAAUUUACUCCAGAUUUUCUGUGCUGUUGCAAUGCUCUCAGAAGAGGAUUGGGUGGUAAACGUGGGCUUGAUUAUGAACUGUGCUGGAUGACGGCAGUGCUAUAGCUACCGUGUGUGUGUGUGUGUGUGUGUGUGUGUGUGUGUGUCUAGCCAGGUUUUUUAGCCCCAGGUGAAGCAUGCAGAGGCUCCCAGCCUGUGAGUGUGUACGCAAAUGUGUGUAGGGGGUGCGAAACUGAGUCUUUGACCCUGGUUAAAUAAAGCCUAGUUUCACCUCUGAUUAAGGGGUCACAUGGUCAAUUCAAUGUGGGCUCAGUACAGGUGACAUGUUCAGUCCAAGUGCUCACUGUGAUAGUUUGGCUCAGGUGAUCUUUCUAAAGCCCUCCAACAUGGAAAUUGUAUAUUGGAAACUAGAAUUUAGCAGUGUGCCUCAGUUAAUAGUGAAGAUGGCUGUUCUGAACCAGACAACAGAUGGGUAUUUUUGUCUGGAAGCCUUUAGUGAAUGCAAAGAAAAUGUUGAUGGUCUUUCUCUCCCACACUUCUCUUCCAUGCCAUUUGGCUACACUGUAGUUGGCCCAGAGAAAUGCAUCUUUCACCUCUCUAGCCCACCAAAUGUAAUGUGCUGACCUUGUUCCAUUGACUAAUUCUCUCCCCCACGCCCAGUGAAGUAAGCAAGUGGAGGCCACCCUUUAAUUGUCUUGGAGCCAUUUUGCAGCCAUACACUAAUAAUCUGGUUUCUCUUCGGUCCUAUUAAAACGGUAUUGUUAUACAUAUCCAAGAGUCUCGUGGCAACGGAGAACCUGGACUGCAGAGCUGUUUUCCCCAAACAUGCCAGUAACUAUUGAGAUGGGGAUUUGAGCAAAGCCUUGCAAUGAUUCCCCACUGCUUUUUGCCUCUGCUCCUUCGAAAGUGGACCCCUCCCUCCACAUGGCUCUUGAACUUGUUGGUGUUUACAGCUAUCUAGUUAAGGGGUGGGGAACCAAAGGGAUCAAAUGUGGUCCUCAGGCCUCUUUAUCUGGCCUUCAGAACUCUCCCAAGCCACAUACCCUACCAGUCCAGCUUUUGCAUCUCCUUGGUGUAGAAUUGUAGAGUUGGAAAGGACCCUGAGGAUCUAGUCCAACCCCCUGCAAUGCAGAAAUGGGCAGCUGUCCUGUUUAGGGAUCAAACCUGCAACCUUGGUGCUAUGAUCACCAUGCUCUAAUCAACCGAGCUAAUGUGUCCUUGGAACUCUGAUAUGUAGCCUACCCUACAAAGGUAAAACUCACAUGUAUUGUCUGGUGCCACCCACCAUUGACAUUUGGCCUCUGAAAGUGUACCUGGUUCUUGAACUGAAUUGAAUUCAUUUGGGGCUCACAGUUUGUUUCGGAAACCAACCAUAGAACUAAGAAUCUUAAGCUAUAGUAGGCUGUUUUAACACACAGGUCUAGCAUUUUCCUGAUUGUUUUCUGACUGGUUUAAGAACUUAGAAUGUGUACCUAGUGUUUUAGUUAGUCUUGAAGGCCAGCCAUCUCCCACAAAUCUGGAAUUACAGGUGUUUGGUUCCGCAACUGUCUUCAACGUUGGAACUUAAUCCUUUCCAAUUAUGCAACACUACCAGUUGCAAAGGAUGGAAUUCAACCUGUAGGUGAUUGUUUACCUGGCAAGCAGAAAUUAUUGUGCUGAAGGAACAAUCUCCUCUCUCCUGUCCCUGCACCCUGUUGUGGGUGCUCAGCUGACCAUCCCAGGAAGAUAAGAGGAGGGUGCAGGAGUCAUGUAGUGGGGGGGGGGGGUAAUUCCCAUUGUAGUAGUGGAACUCAUUGUGCCAGCUUCCAUGAAAAUGUAACCGCUUGUGAUAUACAUCUGUCUGAAUACAUGAAUGUGUGUGCACCGUUGAUAUCAGAUAAAACUGAUGGGAUUUCAAGCAUUCUAUAGUGUGCAUCUUGUGCUUGUCAUAUGGACUAAUUCUAUAGUGUGCAUCUUGUGCUUGUCAUAUGGACUAAUGAAGACAAAGAAACUUUGUCUAUGGUUUUAAAUGAGAUCCAUGUUCUAGUUUAGGACUGUGUUGUAUAAUCUUUACUCUGUGUAUUUGUAGAUGCUCCAUAAUGGUGUGUUUUGGUUGUGUGUUCUACCAGCUAUAUAAUCCAUGGGCUAGAAAAAUAGAAUGUACUUGGAAGGAGUUGCAGGAACUGUGGAUUCAGAUUUCUGAGUUGCUUUGGGAGCAGCCAUCUCCUACUCCUUCAGUCUCUUCUCUCUCUCUCUCUCCCCAGUGCAAUGUAUUUGGUUAAUUGGCAGUUUGCUCAAUGUGCUGGCUGUUCUGCAGGCUUCUAGUUUAUAGGAAACAUGUUCCAGAGGGUUGACUGUUGUUUCCGUUCCUCGAGGCGUGGCUUCAAAGCCAGGGAUGUUGUUUGAAUAGGACUGAGAAGAGGAGCCCGAAGGACAUCUGGGAGGGAAAGCAAAAAAAAGCAAAACCCAAAACCAAACCAGUGCCCGACCAGAGUAGGUUUAGUUUGUUCAGAUUGAAAAGUGUGUCAGUUGCUUCCAUCGCCUUGUUGGAGCUUACUGGCUAAGAAUAUUUGUAGGAUAGGAGCUGUAUAUGGAUGGGGGAUGUUCAAGGAACACCUGGAUGCUUCAGGAAGUGGCGUCGGCAGUUUGGUAGGAUUGUGUUCUACUUGCCUUCUUGUGAAACAGUAUUUCCAGUGUUGUUGGUAGAACUGUUUGAGAUGCAAAAUGGUAUUGAAUGAAUGCUGACAGCAUUGUGUAGCUUUUAUGAUGAGCUAUAUUGUAAAGCUGCACAUGAAUAAACUGUUGUAUUUUGCAUGUGGUUGCUAUGGCUUCUGCUAAAGCAGGCACCCCCAAACUUGGCCCUCCAGCUGUUUUGGGACUACAAUUCCUAUCAUCCCUGACCACUGGUCCUGUUAGCUAGGGGUGAUAGGAGUUGUAGCCCCCGAAAAGCUGGAGGGCUGAGUUUGGGGAUGCCUGUGUUAAAGAAACAAAUAUAUUGGAUUAUAGGAUAACAUUGCCUGAAUAUCAGCUGCACAGUAGAAGUUUUGUGGUGCUGCUUCCUGUGCUCUCUUGACUCAUUUAAUACUAAGCAAGCUGGCAUGUCCAACUGGUUUUUUUUUUCUAAUUUAGGAAGCUGUUUGGAAUGUUAGAAUGAGAUGCCUGUAUUAAGCCUCCCCUAUACAAGUUUUUGUAAGUUGAUAGCUUAUAUUGUACUUGCAGAAUUCUUAAUGAUUAAAUUCCAUUUGUAUUCAGUUUUCCACACAAAAAUUAUGCCCAAUGUGGUAUAGUUUGCUGGCUGCGUUUCAUAACUAGAUACUGAGAAGAAGAAUCAUUUAUCAAAUGCUUUACAGUACAAGGCUGUGAUUUCAAGGGUUUUCAACUUGAGUUCUAUGUAUUUUGUUAAACUGUGUACCUCCCAGCUAGCCCAUAAUGGUCUUUUAUAAGGAGCUGUGUUUAUAAGUAGUUGUUAUUUUGUGUGUUUUGCCCCUCUCAUCUUGGGGGGAAAACCAAACUAUGAAAGUACUCCUACAGUACUAGCUAACAAGGACUCUCCUUUAGUUCAGCCCUGGGAUGGCUGCUUUUUAUCGAAGUGUACUUAGAAGUUCAUUUGUACAUGUGUGAAGGUUUUCUGAUCCAUUUCUCUUUCCUUUCCUUUUUCAAUGCAGUUUCCAUCUGUGAACUCUUCUCAUAUAAUGGAGUGUGUGAACAGAUAAAUUCUUCUCUGCCUUUUAUUUUGAAAUGGUAGUAUGGGUAGUGAAGUGGGAGGGGAAUAGAAUUUCUGUCAGAAGUGGAUUACUAUCAUCAUCUUUAUUAGUAAUUUGAUGACUGGUCAGCAGUAAAAUUAUGUAGGUGGCUUACAAAUUACAAUCAAUAAUACCGUAUAUAAAAAUACAAAAUACAACUUAAACAAACAAAAUCAAUAAAACCAUAAUAAAACUUCCCUGGUGCAGAGACAAAUAAAACAAUUAGAAGCUCAGCUCAAUGACAUGCUCUUAGUGUUUUGGAAAAGUUCAGAAGUUAAAGUUGGAUUACAUUGUGGCUGAUUCCCCUAUGACAGGUAUGGGAAACCUGUGCUUCUCUCAUAAUUCCUGAUUACUGACCAUGCUGGCUCAAGCUAAUGGGAGCUGUGCUCUCCUGGUACCUUGAACUACCAGUUCCCUGCCUUGCAAUUAACAUUUGUGACUCUGUGUUUUGGGGCUUAUCCACACUUGUCUUUUGCUCUGCUCUUUCCAGGCAUAGGUCCAUGAUUAAAAGCUCUGUGUCUGAGCGGGUUUUUUUGGGGUGGGUGGGUGUGUUUUGUUUGCCAUGGAGCUUUACCUGCGAAAACCCUUUAGCACUUGGUCAAAGCAAACAUCAAACUGGGGGGGGGGGGGGGUUGGCAGAUUGUCAUUUGCUCCAAUUGAGCUUUAAAAAGUGGGGGGAACUCCAAAGCAAAAAACAAAAAAACACUCAGACAUGGAGCUUUUACGCACAGACAGUGCCUGGAAAGAGCAGAAAAAAGGUAAGUGUGGAUAAGCCCUAUGUUUCGUUGGUAGUAUGCUGGUAGUUCAGGACGAACAGUCUAAGAUACAGUGCAUGAGGUACAGUAUGUAGUUUUUGAAAAGCUGUGUCUGUAAGGAAUGGACCCUCUCUUCCUGAUCAGAACACUUAUUCCUUUCCUGGAAGCUUUUCCUAGAUAUGCCUUGCAUGUUUUUUUGUGCUGCUUUCAUAAAACAUGAGACCAAAAAGGUUGCCUUUAUUUUAUUUAAAAAUGUAUAUGAAGUUCUUUCUAGUGAAGCUGCUUAGUUCCAUGACGGAAAACCAGCCCCUGUGAUUCAUGCAGCUUUUUGAAUCCUCUGUCUGUAGCAAGGCGGAAGACUUCUAGUUGCUUGUUGCAGGAAGCUGUUCCAGGCAGCUCUCCCAUAAAACGAUGAGGCACUGUUGAUGCAGCCAUUCUUAAAAAAGUGACGCCAGAUUGAAGAACGCAUUCCCACUUGAGCCCGGUUGAUGGGAAAUGUUUCCAGGAGGAACUGAAAAAGCAUCUUUCAAAGUGGCAUUAUUGGUAGCGGCGCUGUGGGUUGCCUGUUACAAGCAAACUGGCAAGCGUACAAGGGUUUUCCUGCCAGUCACUUCCUAUGAAUGCCUCUGGUGUUAUGAGGCAUAUUGUACAAUACUUACAGCUCAUAGGCUAAUAGGCUGCCGACCGUUGCUUUGCAAAGGUUAACAUGCCUGGCUAAUGAUAGUUCUGUGUGAUCUGUCAGGAUUGAAGGAAUAUUUCCUUCAUGACUAAAAUACACAGACCUUCUUCCCCCAAUUUCUGCCUGAGUUUCUCUUAUUCUGUUCUGCUGUUUUACUUGUAUCUGGAAUGCAGUUUAUGUCAAGAGAAGAGACUCAAAUUCUGCUUCUAUUGAGAACGUUGGAAAACCUGGGAUAAAAGACAGUGAAUUCCUUCCAGGUUUGGGGUGGGAUUUCUUAACAUCUCUGAAGAAUUGGGCAUCUCUUGUGUCUUUGCUGGUCCAGGUUUGAAAAAUAAGAGGAAUUCUGAAGCAGCAGUGCCCUGUUCUGUUGACAUUUGAACUCUUGCAUUGUAGAAAAAAAUACCUCUUCAGUCUGCAGUAUUUCACCACUACCCUUACUCUAACUCAACUUGGUGAAGGGGGACCUUUGCUUAAUGGCAGAGAAGUCACACCUGUGUGAGAGACUAGUUGCAGUGAGAAAUGACGCAAUUAUUUUCUUUCAGGCAGAAUGUUUGUCACACCUCAGUGUGUGGAAUGACUUAUAACUUGUGUCAGAACCAGAAUAAAUACAAUCCACUGCAUGUUGGUAACUCUGUCAGUAUCUCUGGUAUCAUUAUUGUAACAAAACGUUAAUGUACAAUGUAAAAACUUUGUACAAAGCACUGCAGCAGUUUGCAUCAGUUAAGGGUGCUGACAUGUAUGUUUGCUAAGUAGUUGCUUAGAGAGGUUUGUACGUUAUUUGGGUCUCCCUCCUUCUGCAAAAAAGGCAAGGGGAACUCAGCAACCCUUUGUGACAAACAACUAGAUGCUUGCUAACAGCACACCUGUGAAACCUGUCCAACCUGUGCAGUGUGACUUCUAACUAGAAAGACUCCCAAUUCCUUGCAAUGUUCUACUAUGACCAGGAAACAAAAGCCAGAAUGAGGCCCAUACUGCUGAAAGGGGAGAAUCAAAGUGGAGCAGGCUUGAUUCCCAGUGUCCAGGAAUCCACAAAAGCACUUGCCACGGGCACUGUGGCAACUAACCCUCCCAACUCCAUGAGUGUCUCUGAUGGAAGGAAAAGAAUUACAUUUAGGCAGCCCAGAGUCCGAAUGCAGGCCUCUCUGUCUGGCCCUCUCUCCAGGCCAUGCUCCUUGUCAGCCAUGCUCUUCACCCUCUUUUGAGUGCUUCUGCUUGGGCGCGAUGCAUCCUUGUACCAUGAUGGUGCCCUUUGCUUGGCUAUAUGGAGAGAAGUGGGGAGAUGUGAAGAAAUAUUAUUCUUGCAUGGUGGGAAUGAGCACUGGUGAGAAUUGCAUAUGUUGCUCUACCCACUACCUGCAAGUGCCCUUCCACCACCACCAAAGGUUGCAUUCGACUUGGGCUGAUCUUGUGCUGUUCUUUGGUACAAAUUACGAGUAGAAUUCAGGAAGUGGACCAGUUGCUUUGGAGGAGUUGCUGCCGUUCAGACCCAGCGGUUUGUCUAAUUACAAGACAGCGUUGUGUGAUCUCAAACUUGUCCCCUCCCUUCAGGCUUGGCACCAUUACCUUUCUCUUCAGCUCAAGUAGCUGCUUUCUGAAACAUUGCCUGGAAGAGCUUUAAAAAGAGGAACGUUUGAAAUGCUGGACUGGGCUUCAGGAUCUGGACGGAAUGCCUGUCGCAGACGAGGGUUCCUUUUUAGCUUUUCCCAGAAUUAUACUCUUAACGGCAUCCAUCUGGCCCUGUCUGAUGUGGGAGAAAUCUACCACAACUGGCAUUGGUAAACAUUGCAUUGAAUCAAGGUCCAAAACAGUAAAUUCCUGAUUGCCCCUGGGAUUUGAUCCCCAGUUCCAUUGACUUCAGAGUUACUUCUUUUUUUUUAAGUGUUCUGUGUUGUCUUUUUUGCACUAUGGGGAGGAGUCGUAGCUGAAUGGUAGAGCCGUUGUGCUGUAUGCAGAAGGUCCCUGGUUCAAUCCCCCAACAUCUCCAGGUAGGGCUGGGAAAGGUUUCUGCCUGAGCACUGCCCAAUCAUUGUAGAGCACAGAUCCUCAACUGGUGGGUCAUGGCCAGAUCCAAGGUGGGUCGCAACAGGAGCACUACUGCCCUGCAAAUAUAUGGUAAAAGGUUAAGAAAUGGGUCCCCAAAGGCAUGUUUGGGUUAAAAGUGGGUGCUGGACCUGAGAAGGUUGAAGAUACCUGGUGCAGACAAUGCUGAGAUGGACCGAUGUAUAAGGCAGUCUCCUGUGUUCUUGUAUAGUGGCACAAAGCCAGCAAUUGCCAAAGUAGCUUUCAUAGUGUCCGGCUCCACUUUAGCACAUAGUAUGUAUAUUCAGAUGACUGAUUUGGCAAGAGAGGAAGAGCAUGAAAGGAAUAUGUAUUCCAGUAUGAAAUACCGGUGGAAACAAAGCUGUUCAGGGAAGUGGUUGUUCUUCUUUCAAUUUUGCUUCCUGUGGAAUGGGAGUAAAAGUCGUGUUCUCUAAAUGCCUCCAUAAACAGGACUUAUCUGUUGUUUCUAUGCAUUAGCUCACCAUUUAGGUUGGUUACUUCUUUUCAGUGCUUCUAGAGAAUGGAACAUGGAAAACUGUCUUGCGCCAGGUCAGACUGUCCAUCUAACACAGUAUUGUCUACUCUGACUCUUCAAAGUCUUGGGCAGGGGUCUUUCAGAUCCCCUGAUCGUUUUUGGAUGGAACCUGGAACCUUCUGCAUGCAAAGCAGUUGUGUUACCACUGAGCUGUUGCCCAGAUGUGGUUGAAUUCCAUAAAUAUUAAAUGUAUUACAGCAGGCAUCCCCAAACUCUGCCCUCCAUAUGUUUUGGGACUACAACUCCCAUCAUCCCUAGCUAACAGGACCAGUGGUCAGGGAUGAUGGGAAUUGUAGUCCCAAAACAGCUGGAAGGCCGAGUUUGGGGAUGCCUGUACAGUAUUACAGAGAUCUGAAACACGAAUGUUAUUUGCCUCAUCAAAUUUGGUGGUGACCCUAGCAUAUGGAAGUUUGGGAAGUCUUGCUGUGAUUGUAGAAAUCCUUAUCUGGUGCAAUGAAUUAAGACCCGUUUCUUUCUCACAGUGUUGUGUACAAGCCUGCAAUACAUUCAGGCUAGCACAUUUCUCUGGAAACAAGUCCCAUUUGAACUCGGUGAGACUUACUUUUGAGAGCACAUGCAUAGAAUUUCAGGGUUGAAAGUAGCUUUAUUUCUCUAAGCUGAAAAUUUCUAGUUCAUUGUGGAGAAAGACGGAAACGCUUUCCCUCCUCCGCAUGAUGAUUCAUGGGCUGUAUUGUCCUCGCCAAACUCUUGCAGCCGGUUAAAGUAUUUUCCAAAAGGGGGGAGGUGUGGCUUCUGCUGGUACUGGAAUGGUCUAUGGUUGCAAUGUCCUUGCAUAAAAUAAUGCUGCUAAGCCUAUAGGUAGGCUAUAAUAGGUAGCAACAGGGAAGGAAGGACAGACAAGGGUUUUAGAAAGUGGCUAUAAUUCAUUCAAGUUAAAGAUGCAGAAAUGCAGCCUUUCCAUGUAUAUAUUGAAAACUCAGGCUAAAUCUGAAAUACAACUGAAUGAAAAAUAAACAGAAUUGAAGCAGAAAAUAAAUUACACUUCCUGUGGGGACAGUUCCUACUGGAUAUUCUCAUGGGGCUAAGGUGUUGCCAGUAGGCAGAUAACCUCUGAGUUCCAUCAUCUGAUGCCAGGGAGGCAGUGGAAGUGGUUAAUUAGUGUCUGGCAUGAAUUCAGGAGCAGAUAGGAGUUUAUAAACUGAAACUUAAUUCAGACUAGAUGGAAGUACUGUUAGUCAAGAACACUGCUGAGGUGAUUCAACCUGUUCUGGAUAGAUUCUCACUAACCUGUUAGAAUUCUUUGAGAGUGUCAACAAUCUUAUUGAUAGAGGUGAUCCAGUCCACAUUCUGUCCUUAGACUGUCUAAAAGAUUUCAACACAGGAAGCAGAGAGCAUUGAGACUUCUCUCAAUGGAAGAUGUAGAAAGAAGAGUCCCCCAGGAUUGGUAUUGGGACCUGUGCUUUUUAACUUGUUUGUAAAGGAUUUAGAGUCAGAGGUGAGUGGUGAGGUAGCCAUCUUUGCCGACAAUGCCAAAUUGUUUCAGGGUAGUUAAAGCAAAAUGGGAUUACGAAGAGCUCUAAAAGGAUCUCUCCAACCAAAUAAGUGGAAAGUAAAAUGGUAAAUGCAAUUCAAUGUCCACAAAUAUGAUUCACAUUUGGACAAAAAACAAAACAAAAAAACCUCCAAAUUUCACAGAUACACUCCUGGAGUCUGAAUAGGAGUAACUUGGCUUUGGUCAUCCAUUCUUUGGAGCCUUUUAUUUGGUUGUACCACAGCGUUCUCAUUUAAAAUCUGUCAGGCUUCCUUUUUGCGUCUCUUUCACUGGAAAUUUUGAUAGCGACCUAAUUCUGCUGCCACUUUCUAUGGGAAAUCCCUUUUAUACUCCUGCUGCUGUUCUAGAUUUUUGCGAUUAAGUUUUGGCUGGAUUAUGUUCUUUGUUGCCUUUGGAAAGUUUUUUAGAUGUACUUUAAUUGAACAUACUGCAGUUUUAUGGUUAUACUGUACACCACUCUGGGUACUCAGUCCUGUUUUCAAAAAGCAUUGAACUUGACAGCCAGAGAGAAUUGAAGUUUGUUAUGAGGAGGAAACUGAUAGGUUUUGCAGAUCUUCUUGCCACUGGCUAAAAAGAUCACUUUCCUCUAUAAAUAAAUGAACAUGUGUGUGAUAUGUUAAUAAAGUUAACAUCUACUCUGCAAGCCUUUUUGUCUGUGGCCACACCAUUUUUCUCCUGAAUAUUUCCCCCAAAUCAUACCUGUAGCUAGCAACAUACAGCUUUGUUCCUUCUGUGUCAUUAUGCAGACUUUGCUGGCAAAACACAGUGAAUUCAUUAUAGGAGCUAUUAUUAGUAGCAGAUUUUAGCAAAUACUCUGAAACUGGGAGUGGGGUAAAAAUAUUAUGCAUAGCUUCUUGGUCUAUGUAUCUAUGUAUGUAAUACACAGAGAAUGUCUGGCAGAAAUCCCAGUGAUCAGUUGUGUUGUGCAUUCUGCACAGUUGAAGGGAAAUUACUGACUAGCGGUAUGAGGAAUUGCCUCCUAUUGAACAGAUCUGACAGCUUACAAUCUAUUACACAAGUUGUAAUGUAUGUGCUCACCCAAUCAAACCUCCCAAAAAUUCUGAACCAGUACUAAGUGUUCUUUAGGCAGUUAUGGAGGAGAGGUUUUCUGAACAAGGAACAUCCAUUAUGUUGUUUGAAGCUAUUGUGUUCUGGAAUUUGGUGCAUCUUCUUAAUUUCUCUAAAAUGGAAAACAUUACGUUCAUUCUUAAUGUAGAACUUUUCAAGUGCAAAUAAUGAAUGUCAGAUAUCCCAGAUAUUCAAGUGGGAUGGACAUGAGCUAAGAGAGCUUUCUCCUGGGUGAGACUAGGCAGAUGGGGUUUGUUUUCACAUUUUGGAAGUGACUGAUCACCGUGUUUUUGGAAGGAAUGUUUUUCCAGGCUAGAUUGGCCAAUGACCCUGAAUUCUUUUUGUAGCUAGGGGCAUGGUUCAUCUGUGUGAGUCUUAGUUCUGUUUUUCUAAACCUUUUCAGGCCAUUGUACACACCACUGCUCUUCACUUGAGUUAUGAUGUAAUCCUUCUGGAUAUGGGGGGAGGUCAGCUUUGCAUGCGCGCGUACACACACACACAUACAUACACACCAACCAACCACUAUUCAUGUUAGGAAGCCCUUUGCUCUCUCUCAUUUUUCUGUAUGAGGUUGGGUGGACCAGGUGGCUACCCCACUAGUUAUCCAACAACACAUAUCUGAUUCUACAAUGAGAGAUGAUUCAAAUAAUAAUAAUAAUAAUAAUAAUAAUAAUAAUAAUAAUAAUAAUUUAUUAUUUCUACCCUGUCCAUCUGGCUGGGUUUCCCCAGCCACUCUGGGUGGCUUAAAGUGUAUAUAAAAAUGGUGAAACAUCAGGCAUUAAAAACUUUCCUAAACAGGGCUGCCUUCAGAUGUCUUCUAAAAGUCAGAUAGUGUUUAUUUCCUUGACUACUGAGAUGGUGCUCUGCCUGGUUCCCUGUAACCUCACUUCUCGCCUGGACCUCAGUGUCUGGGCUGAACAACGGGGGUGGAGACGCUUCUUCAGGUAUACUGGACCGAGGCCAUUUAGGGCUUUAAAGGUCAGCACCAACACUUUGAAUUGUGCUCGGAAAUGUACUGGGAGCCAGUGUAGGUCUUUCAGGAUGGGUGAAUUAGUGUAAGCAGAAGAGGAAGCCAGUCAGCUUAUCUCUUCUAAUGUAUAUAGACAAACAAGCAGAAUGGAUAGGGCAUUCCGCUAGCGCUUGCUUAAGCAAAGUGAUUUUUACACAUUGAAUGCAUGUGAAUUUGGACUUUGUUCUGCAGAUUUGUUUUAAAAUCCAAUUAAUAAAGGAAAAAGUGGUGGCAGCAGGGGCAUGAAGUUAGCCUGGUGCUGUGGCCCUCAGACUUUAAUGCCUUUCGAUGAAAGGAGUAAGAUAGUCAUAUGAAGUACAGCAAAAAAUAUUAUUCUGCUCAGUCACAACCAAUGAUGCAGGAGCCAGAGUGAACCUCAUACUGUCUUGGCAGCAUGCAGAGAGAACUUUACAUAAUACUCUGCAGAUGUUAUUGCAGAAUAGUUGUAAUAACGGAUUGUGCUCAACUCCUGCACAAAGAAAGGAAUAAAUGCAGGGCAGGGGCAGCUCCAUGAAUACAUUGCUUCAUUUUUGAAAGUGAAGUCUCUUAAGAAAUGUAUACAGGAGAGGGUGUAUAUCCAUCUGGCCAAGAGAGGGGCUUUUGCUUUAUAGUACAACAAUCUUGAUUCCUUCUAUGUAGCUCUUGGCUAAGCAUUUCCCCCCUUCAGGUCUAGACAAUUUGCUUAAGAUGGAGUCUAAGGCAACUGCCUCAAUUUUUCUUCCUUGAGAGCCCUUUUUUAGCUGGAGGGAGUGCUCUUGUAGUCAGAUAUCUCGGAUUGUGGCAAAGGCACAGCCACCACUAGAUCAUAGGUGUCCAGUCUAUGGCAUGGAUGCCAAAGUGAUACACGUAACUGGAGUUUGGGGCACACUUAUCCAGGAGUUGAAGAGGGUCAGCUACUACCUUCCUGGCUAUGACAUAGUCUGUACUAUAUUUCUGUCUGCCGCUCCCAUGUGCAUUGCUGGUUGUGCCCUAUUUCGGUAGGAUAGAACCAAAAUAGUGCCAGUACAGAAGGAGCUGCUUAUAUAUUGUAGUGUAGCAACACACACACACACACAUACAUUCUUGAAUUUGACUUGUGGCAUAACUGCCAAAAAGGCUAACUAGCACUGCACAUGUUCCAAAAUGCAGCAUCUCAUCAUACAAAAAACCUGAAAAGGUUGUGUCAUCAGUGUCCCAGUACACACAAAUCCAUGCAACUUCAGCACAUUCUUAAGCUCCUUGAAAAUGGAAACCUUGUUUGUCCCGAAGUGUUUGUUAAAAAUGGUGGGUGGAAUUUCACAGCUUCAGUAAGGGUGCUCUUUGUUUAAAUAAUGCAGCAGCAGGCUCUGGAUCCAUAAAUACUCCAUGCACAUGUUUUGUAUUCCUUUUGUACCUGGAAGACCUAACCUGUAAGAAAAAUAAGUGCUGACCACAAUGCAUAUCUAGUUUGACUGGAUUCUCGUGCUUUGCUAUGUGCAUAAGAUCAGUUUGGGUCUCAUGGGACUUAUUUUUUCCUAAUGGUUUACAGGAUUUCAGCCAUAAAGUUCAAAUUAUAUUAUUAUCAACUACUGCCUUGAAUACUUUAUUUUUAACAUAAUUUGAAGGAAACUGGUGAUGUGUGUUAAUCAGUUUCAUGCUCCCAAUUUCCCAACAUCUUAUUGCAAGUGUUUUGACUUUCACCCCCAUUUCAUAAAGGAAGGUUGGCGUACUUCUUGUAUGUGGAUAUUUUAUUGGUUACCUCCCAAUCCAAACCAUAUUUGACCCAAUUUUUUCAGCAGGUUCAUAGCAUUAUGUGUUGUUAAAUCCGGCAUUCUCCUUUCCUUGUUAUUUCAUAUAUUUAAUAGUGUCUUUUUUGGUGCAUUUGAGUAAGAAACCUGACUUCAGCACGGUAUGUUUACAACCAUCCAUGCUGCAGUUGUCAUGCAAGCUAGACCUGCUGGAUUUCCUUCUUUCAGACCACAAUUAAAAGUGCAGGAGCCUCGUCCUCUUCACCUGGUCACUCCUGACAACUGAAUAGGAGUGAACAAGCAGAGUGCCAGGCAGGAUUGCAUAGCAUUUACUGCUCUGUGAAAGUAGCCUUGACAUCCCAGGGUGAUGAAAGUACUGAUAAUCAUUUCACGCCUUGAAGGUAACUUGCAUCUAUCUACAGAAUCACUUUGGAUCUAAGCAAUGACUUGAGUGAGGCUGUGUACACACUCCCAAUAUAUUCUGAAUCCGGUGCACUCCCACUGCUGGUUUGUGAAGCCACAUACACACGUCUUUAGUCACAAUCCACAUCUAUCCUGUAGUUCCUUGAGAAUUACUGCAUUUUGAUGCAUUUGCCCCCCAAACCAGUGUUGAUCUGAUUUGAAAAUCAGAACCAUAUGAAAACAUCCAUGCCCCCCUCUCUGCCCACUGGUGUGGACAGGCAGUGGAUGACUUGGAAGCACAAACAACUGUGUACAACAAAAUGCAAAUGCUAUUUUAAACAGAACAGGGGGGAAACAACCUCACUGCAUUUUAAGUUGGUAAUUAUACACAGCCAGACAUUGAGCUUAAUGGCUAGAUGUGAGUUGGCAAGGAAAACAAGUUAUCUCUGACUGAUCCUUGCAGAAUAACAAUAACACUUUUGAUAAAAAAAUUAAAGGAAGAGCUAAUGGAGCCAGUGCCAGCCCAAGGUCAUUCAUUCAUUCAUUCAUUCACAUGUGUGUAUGUGUUGAUAUACAGUGGUACCUUGGUUUACAACCAUAAUCGGUUCCGGAGGUCCGGUUGUAAACCAAAACAGGUUGUAACCCAAGGCAUGCUUUCGCCAAUGGGGCCUCCUCCCCCAAAAUUGGUUGUAAUAAUAAAAAAAUGGGUUGUAAUCCAAAAAAAGGGACACACACUUCUGGGUUUGACGUGGUUAUAAUCCAAAACGGUUGCAAAUCAAGGUACCACUGUACUACCCAAUCAACUCUGUCUCCUGGCGGCCUUGUGGACCUUCAAACUGCUUGGGCCAACACUUUUAAAACUUGACAAACCAUUUUAGCAUUAGUUCCUGCUUUCCAUCUAUUUGCAAGUUGUACCUGAAUUAAAUCACUUCACCCAGCAGGGCUAACCCUGAGUGGAGCACAAUGCAAUAUGAUUGGGUGGGUUUUUGUUUGUUUGUUUCUGUCAAUGUGGAAGUUGGUAUAGAUGCUAAAGCAGAUCUUCUUUGUUUUUGUUUUGUUUUUCCUAGACCCCCCUCCCCACUGGACCACCACCAAAUAUAGACUGUACAGGAAGGCAGGAUAUUGGCGAGAAAAACUGUUGACAAGGGGUUGUGAAAGGAUCAGGGAAGGGGGAUGAAAGAAACUGGCAAUUGGCAGUGGGAAGGGGGGAUAAGGUACAAGUUGAUUGUGAAAGGAGAAUGGGAGAAGAAAUUACAGGAGAUGGGUAACGAUACUUUGAGAAGUAUGUGAGGUUAGGAAAGAAAAAUAUGAAAGGCAAAGACUUCUCCACUUACAGCUUCUGGAUCAGCAAAUCCUGCCUAAAAUAGGAAGGCUGAGUCACCAUAUCUUCACAGCAAAUAUCUGAACUCACCGUAGCUUGAGGAAACCUGAGGUAUGGAACUCCUUGCCACAAUGCAAGCACUGUGGCAAAGUAUUUAGCAAUUUCCAAAAAUGGAUUAGAUAUCUGUAGGAAAUGACAGCACUUGCCUGCUGGUUAUGCUAAACUCUGCUUCCAUGUACCACCAUUUUGUGACUAGUGGGCCUCAGUAAUUCUCAGACUUCUUAAGUUGGCCCUGGGGGUAGAAAGUUCAAGAACCCCCUGCUAUACUUGGAUAUGGAAUGGCUUGGUUUGGCUCAACUGUUUUAAGCUAUAUGCAGAGUUGAAAAUAGUAUUUAGGUCUUUUCCAACUUUUCUGUUUUGUGAAAUAGUAGGGCACAAAACCAAAGUUCAGGGUGAAAUGAAAUGCUUCAAAGGUCAUGGUUUUUACUAGAGUGUUAACUUUAUAGUGCAGCUCUUUUCACUCAGGCUAACGUUUGCUUCUGAAGAAGAAUUCAUAGGACCGUUUCCAUCUAAUUAGGAUCAGAUGUGUAUCAGCUUCUGGUCUGUUUACUUCUGCGUCAUAAUUACAAUUGCAUGUUCAACUCUAACAUGCCUCCUAUCCUGCCAUGCCAUUAACUAUUCCUCAUUUUCAGCAGUAGGCCUUUUUGAAAUGAGUUGGUGGUGUUGGUUUUCUUUUUAAAUAAUAUUAUUAUUAUUUACGGCAGCUGGCUGCUGUGGGUAAACGUCAUGUCGGGAGAAUCUCCCUCUUGCUGUGUAAAAGUGUAACUAAAUUCCCUGACCAGGAAUACUGUGAAGCAAAGUUUUCCAAAUCUCUCUUGGAAAUGGAAAUCUCUGCCUCUUGAUGAAAUGAUGCUAGUAAUGACUCUGGUGUCAUCGGUGCUGCUCUGUUUUUAUUUUUGAUUCCCUUUUGGAACAUUUAGGGGAACAGGAGAGAGGUUCCUUCUCAUUUGACCAUCUUUUGUUAGAACUGGCUUGGAUUCUUUUAAGAGUAUUUAAAUUUGAUAUGUAUGCAUGCCUUCACUUUUGGAGUAGAGCACUUUCACAUGCAGAAUUAGAUUAUAGAGUAUGGGCUUUGAAUGUUACCUCCUAUUAUUUGCACAGUAAAAUAGAGGACCCUCCUGUGCUUGGUUGGGGCAAAUUUGGGAAGCCCAGUAUUGUGCCCUGUUGAAAACUGGUGAGGUCAUCACAGUUGAGAUUCAAAUGAAAUGCAAGUGGAAAAUGGGAAUUAAAGGUGCAUGUAAGAAGAUUAAUCUAGAUAACUAAAGCAGUGAGACAAACCAUCGAUUACAAGGCAUACUCACUAAUGCACUAUAUUUUAUGCCAUGCAGUAGGCUGUGGUCCACAUUUAUGCCUGAGGAAUGCUCAAUAUCAAAUAUCAGUUGGUGAAUCCAUGCCAGAGAAUUCUUAUGCUGAAAUAGCAGUUUUCCUCUGAGUAAAUGCAGGGUGCUUCUUUGCUUGCCACUUCCAACAGCUACAGCCUCUCGUCUUCCUCCACAAGCUUUCAAUUAAAUCCUAUAUAUGUUUGUCCUACUGUAUCCAAUGGGGACCCACUUCUUUGCCAGCAAACUACAAGUGGUGGAUAUAGUUUGUUUCCCUUACAAAAUGAUUUACUUUCCCCAUUCUCACUUUCCUUUUAGCAACACUGUCGCUGUAGCUAUAAGCAACUGUUUUUGCCUGUUUCCCCUAUCUAAGUUAACUCGUGUCAAGACUACGGGGUACAUCUUGAGUCUUGUUUUCACUACCAGGUCUGAGUCCUGGAAUAUGGGGGGAGUGAGCAUGCACAGAGUGCUCUUCAUUCUCCACUGUACAACUGUAGUCUCCUAUCUCCAUGCAUAUUUUAAAUUCAAAGCAGGGUACCUGGGUUGGUGUUUAGCCCUGGGAGUUUGGUAUAAAUGCUCUGGCCCAUGCUGCAAACACACACACACACACACACACACACACACACACACACACACCUGCUCCUGGUUUUCCCUCUCUACUUCCCUCAUUUUGGUUGCCCAGCUCCAAAAACCAAGAGCUAUUUCCCCCACCCUCUCUUUAAAGGCACCUUUCAGUGCUUCAAAAAUAUGAACAUUUUAUCUAGUUCAUAAACCAAGGGUAUGGGUAGAAAGCUCAGGUCUUGCUCCAACUUAUCCUCCCCGCCAUCUCUCACUCUUGCAAACUUCAGCUGACUCUUCUCAGCCUCUGUGCCUUGGGAGAGGCAAAGAGAAGUAGCCAAUAGUAAAAGCAUCUAAUUUGCACUGAACACCUGGGCUUUGCGAAGGACCAUUAACCACUUCAUUUAAAAGGUUAUGUUUUAAGCAAGUCUCUUUGCUUGCCUCAGUGAGAAUUUAUAUAUUUACAAGUUCAUUAAUUGUUGUGUUUAACAUCACGCAUAUGCUAAAGAAUAUCAAUAGGAAAGGAAUUAUCCAACUUUGCAGAGGGUUAGUUUCCAUCCAAAAGGGAGCUUAUUAUGAAGUAGAAUUCACACAGACAUUUUGUUUUUAUUUAAAAGUGAAAGCAAAGCGCACAGCCUUGGCUAAGUCUGCUUAAUAGCCUCUGUCCUUUGUCUGUGGUUAUGUAUUGGCUUAGAUCCUCUCUAGUUAUCCAUGAUCAGAAGGGCUAUUUUCAUUUACAGGGGGAACUGGAAUCCAGUGGGGAUCUGCCCCUCCCCCCUGCCCUGCCCCUCAUGCUGCUCCAAGGGUCCACCUAACCAUAAGCGCUGCAGGGAGAAGGGGAGAGAAGCAAAAACAUCCAUUGGAAGCAGCAUCCUGUUAGUGGAACUUUGCCCACAGACGCUUGCAGCAGCAGAACCUUAGUUAUGAUGUGACCCACAGUGUGUUUGGGGCAAUGUCUUUUGGCAGCACUGUGAGAAGAAACCAAUUCUAAUUGCAACUUUAGUAUUUGAAUUUCCAGUUUGACACUCCCACUUGAAAUUGAAUAGUCCAGGGGAGUUCCACGGCAUUUGGACACAAUUAUCUGGGGCUACAAAAGCUAUUCAAAGUGUGUGGAGUCAUUUUAAUAAAGGAAAUUUGUGCAACCUGAUUUUUACCAGGAAUACAGAACAUUUUUCUGCCUACAUUGGCAAUUAGACUUCUAUACAAAAAUUGCAGUUCUUGCAGUUCCUACUUCAUGGAAAAGGCGAGCAAAAAGUUUCCCUUCCCCCCCUUUCAAGACUCAUCUCCUCCUGCUGUAUACUUAUAAAAUGUUUGGCAUCGAGCCCCAACUCGGAACCCUUUAAUGCUGGAUAGCACAGCAAGGGAAGCCUUGGGCAGGGCAGGAGGAAGACAGAAAAUGACAUUUUAAUUUCUUCCCCACCACCACAUACACCUCUGUUAGUUCUGCUGUGCUCCCCAUCCUGCUAUGGAGGUUCUUAUUCCAGGGUGGUUGGAGUCUUGAACAGGAGUACAACUCUUAGAUGGCAUUCAGACAGCACUUUACUCUGUUUUCCUGGUGUUUCCUUCCCUGAUCAUUUACAUGCUCAUUCACACUUCUGGAAAUCUAGCAUAAGUUUAGCACUCAUUUCUGCGUUAAUUGCUUCCAGGGGAAAAAAAACCAAUUUUCCAAUUCCAUUAACCCAGGUAAAUGCAGGAGUUUUGUGCUGUAAUUUUCCUGUAGUUUGCAUGGAUCACGCCAUGUGACAAAAUUUGGGUGGAAUUCCAGCAUACAGUUCUUUUCCUCCAUUAUCAUGGGCGAAUGACAGGGGAACAGAAACAUGCAUGUCCGCUAUUGUAUCACACCACACGCAGCAGUGUGAAUGAAAUUUAGCAAGACAUAGUGUUAUAUUGAUCAAAAAGCCACAAUUCCAUAAUGAUACAGUAAAAGGAAUACAGUGUAAAAGGAACUUCAGAAACGGGUGCAUUAUAAUAUAGUGCUAGCAUUAUAACCAGGAUGACUAACACACUGGUUUUGAAGAAUUUGAAAUUGUUAGGGGACGGUGAUUCUGCAGUGAAUUAACUCUUAUUCUUUCCUUACCCUCACAGGUUGGUGGUUUGUAAGUACCUCGGAAGAGCAGGGCUGGGUCCCUGCCACUUACCUGGAAUCCCAAAGUGGAAUUAGAGAUGAUUCUGAAAUUAACAUGUCCAAAGGAGGGGAAGGUAAGAAACAACUGUAAUUGAUCUGGGUGAGGAAUUAUAAUUAAAACCCACCUUUACCCUAUAUACCCUAUAGGAAUAAGCAUAGCUAUCUCAAAGACCAGCACAAAGGCUAGUAGGUUACCUAUUGACAGUUGUUUAUGCCAUUUGAGGGGAAGAAUAAAUGCCUUCCUAGGCUACCUUGAUCUGGUAGGAAAAGAGGUUAUAGAUUUAUUUAUUUAUUUAUUUAUUCCCCCGCCCAUCUGUUUGGGUUUCUCCAGCCACUCUGGACGGCUUACAGCAUUUCAUAGAAGUAACACUUGUAUGGGUUGUGGCAUUAUUCUAAAGCAUAAUAAAAUAUUUUCUAAAAAUGCUGAUUCUUUUGUGUUUAUAAUGAUGCUGGGUUUCUAGAAAUUGUGGUCUAGACACGUGUGGUUUGUAUACAAUAGCGCACCCAUGUUCUUCCAUAAGAGAUUUAACACAGCUAUUUGAGUUGUUUUUUUCAGCUUAUCUUGAAUCUUUCAUAGACCACAGUGGGGGAGAGGAGUUUAUAUAAUCUAUGAAAUUGUUUUCAUAAUAUAUAUUUUUCCUGAUGUAUGCAAAUAGUAUAUUAUAUAGUUGAUAUUAUUCUGGUUUUGUCCCAGUUUGCAAGUCUUUUUGUCUAAGAUGCUAUCAGAAUCUGCGUACAGCAAAAGGUGUUGCCAUUAACUGCCCUAUUUUGCUUAGUGCUGACCAAGUCUAUCCUCUCCCAUCACAGUAUUUUGUUCCCCUUUUAGUGUUAACUUUUUGUCAUAUUCCAUUAUAUGUACAUCUUUAUCCAACUCAUAAAUAACUGCACAGAGGAUGCUGUCCCAAAACAGAGUUGUGCAUGACAUUAAGGCUCCCUUCAGCCUUAGUGCAGAGGAAUGGUAGAGUUUAGGUUGCAUCAGAGGAAAAGUUCAUAUCCACAAACAGGAGAUACAGUUGUAGCAUCUUUACUCAGGACAGACAUGGGGAACCCAUUGCCCUACUGAUGUUUUUGGAAAUCUUUUAUCAUUGGCUAUGCUGGCUGGGGCUGAUGGGAGCAAGCCAAUGGUGUAAUUGGUGUACAUCGGAUUGUAGAGGCCUCUUUAAAGGUUCCAUCCUGCAUGGUACAGAUUUGGACCUCCCCUCUGCUCGUACAGAGUCAUCUAAGGAACAGGCUCCAACUUUGGCAAAGGCUCUGAAUGUUCCUGUGCCACAAAGAUGUCAUAAAAAAAUGCUCCAAACACCCUGCAUUCUAAGCAAAGGUGCUGUGAUAUUAUUGAUGUCUAUUUCUUAAGACUUCCCAAAAUUCUGGAUACAUACAACCCAUUACUGUUAUUAUUUAGUAUGAUUUUAUGUCCACUAAACGAAGAACCAUGAGAAAGCCUGUUUGUGCCUGGGCCUCAGGUAGUUUCUUAUUUUAUCACUUCUUGUAAACUAAUCCGAAUGUAUUAUUACAUCUCAUCCUCGCUAACACAAGACUAGUCCUUAUUGUUACCAUGUUUUACGUUGAGUUUGGUUCCCACCCCACCCACCCACCCAUCACAUUUUAUUUUUCUUUCUUUCCUUUUUUAUGUUCUCAUCCAUUUUCCAAAAUAGUUUCUAAGAGACGCAAGGCACACCUGAGACGCCUGGACCGGCGAUGGACACUGGGAGGGAUGGUCAACAGGCAGCAGAGUCGAGGUGAAUAACUUCUGGGACAUGGUCCUUUGAAGGAUGUACAUGCUGGUGGCUGCUGCUGCUGCUUCUCUUGCCAUUCAACAUUGCUACAGAUUGCUGGCGGGUGUAUUGCGUUUUACUGGGUCUUGUCUUCUCUGCGGUAGAAACAAGCCUGCUUGCAGCAAAAUUAGAUGGCAUUUAGGUGUGCUACCUGCUGAGCAUGUUCAGAUGGGAGCCAAUAGCAAAAAUCAGCUCUGCAGACACUAUAUGCUUUCACAAGCAACUCUUCACGUCUUUUAAUCUGUGCACCACUUCUGAAGGUCCUUAAGGUGACCGAAAAAGGGAAGGCAGGAAAAGGCCAAUUUGAUCAGUUUUUGUAUUUGAUGUAAAUAUGGCUCUUUCAUUCUUGAUUAUUUUCUGUGGGUAGUUAUUGUGACCAUGGGGAGGGAAGGGAAUGUACCUAAAACCUAAAGUAAGUAGGCUGAUAGUGUGAGCCAAGAAAUUAAGUUCAUAGUUGAGAAUGGUUGUGCAAAGGAAUGUUUUAGAAAUCUGUUUAAAGAGGGUGUUGACUGUAGCCCCUAAUAGUGUCUUGAAGGUUGAGGAUUAGGUUGGUGGAUGAAGUUAAAUCAUGAAAUUAAAUUCUUCCUCCCCCCCGCCAAUGCCAUAUCCCACCCUCGCUCCUGCCCCCCACUGCAGAGCUCAGAGUUGGUAGCCAACCCUGAUCCAUUGACCGGUAUAUAGUAUAGUAGUAAUAAUAGUAAUAAUAUUUAUUAGUACCCUUCUCGUCUGACUGGGUUGCCGCAGCCACUCUGGGCAGCUUCCAACAGAAUGUAAAAAUACAAUGAAACAUCAAAUAUUAAAAGCUUCCCAUGAAGGGUGGGGGCAGAACCUGAGCACUACAAAUAAUGCUACAUGCUUCCUGUUGCAGACUACCAGAACAGCAGUAUACUUAUACCAAAUGACACAGGAGGCUGUCACGGCAUGUGUCAGUGGUUCUGCUGCAUAUAAAUACAACGGGACGAUAACACCAAGCUGGGCAUUUCAUGCAUGUGAAAGUAGUUGUGUACUCUUCAUAUGGCAUAGCACACAUGUAGGGGAACAUACUGUUUCCUACACAGAAGAGAGAUCCUUGUAAUGACUUUUGCCUUUCCUGAUUCUAAGCCACUUCUUACUGGAAACGUUUACAAAAACUGUAAACCUUCCUGGGAACAUCUGAUGCUCCUGAUUUACAGCCUGUUGGGAAGAACGCUGCCCUGUUCAUUUGCCAGAGCUGGGCUGCACAUAAAGAGAGGAGCGUGAGGCCUAGGGAUGUGGUGAAAUCUCCUUAAUUCUUUCUGAGAAUCGUGAAAUUUGUAGGCCACUCCUUGGGUCUUACACUAUCCCUUGGGAAGGUGGCCAUCUCAGAGACUGCACAUUUUUCAGGCUUGAAGUUACUGAUUUACUAUCGUUUGGAGCGCCAGUUGCCGUAAGAACUUCUCUGAACUGGUAGUAAACAAGGCUUCCCAAACCUGGUGUCUCCAGACAUUUUGGCCUAGCAAGCUGAUUGGAGUUGUAGUUCAAGGCACCAGGUUGUGAGAGACUGUUAGUGGGGAUUUGUCUUAUGUGAAAAUGCUCUAAAACUUAACAUUAUUAGAUUAUCUCAGUUCUCAGGCAUGGAGUGACUUUGUCCUGACAGAGGUUAUUUGAACAAGGGGGUUCAGAGGAGGCAAAGGGAGAUGGCGUGAAAGAGACUGCUGACUGAAGGGAAAGUAUUUUUAUGGAGAAUUCUUCCGUGGUUUGGAAGAUUUUGAGCUAUUGCAUGUUGCUUAGGAGCCUUAAUUAGAUAAUUCCCCAGACUGCAUGCCUCUGCUCCCAGUGUUUCAAAGUUGGAUCAGGUCACACAGUGAUGUCCCACAGCUGAUACACAGAGAGACACAAAUUAAACGUUUGGGAUAGCUUUCCCUGCCUCAGCCCUUAGGAACGUAAUAAGGCAUCCUAUGCUGAGCAGACCAUGUACCAUCUACCUCAGUGUAGUCUACACUGACUGGCAGCAGCUUUCCAGGAUUUCAGGCAGGGUCCUAUCCUAGCCUUACUAGGGAUUUCAGGGAUUGAACCUGGGAUCUUCUGCAUGCAAUGCUGAUGCCCUGUCACUGAGCUGUGGCCCUUCCUGUGUCACAGAAGGCGACUGAGUCACUGGAAAUUGUGUGACAGUUCUACUUGCAUCUCACCUCAGUCUCAAGAAACUGAAAGGUGUAUCUUGUACAGAUAUUAUAAUUAUAGCGGUACCUCGGGUUACAGACGCUUCAGGUUACAGACUCCGCUAACCCAGAAAUAGUACCUCGGGUUAAGAACUUUGCUUCAGGAUGAGAACAGAAAUUGUGCAGCAGUGGCGGCAGCAGACCCCACUAGCUAAAGUGGUACCUCAGGUUAAGAACAGUUUCAGGUUAAGAAUGAACCUCCAGAACGAAUUAAGUUCUUAAACCGAGGUACCACCGUAUUAGAAUUUAUAUACCGCCCUAUACCCGGAGGCCUCAGGGCAGUUCCCAAAACAAAAUAUAAAACCACAAAAUAUAUAAUCAAAAUAAGAGCAACCCAAUAACCCCUCCGCCCAAAAAAACCACAUUUUAAAAGGGCAUAGGAUGUCAAUCAAAUCAACCAAAGGCCUGGUUAAAAAGGAAUGUUUCUGCCUGGCACGUAAAGGUGUAUAAUGAAGGCGGCAGGCAAACUUCCCUGGGGAGAGCAUUCCACAGGUGGGGAGCCACCUCCGAGACCAGCUCUGACAGCUCAGCCAGGGAGACUGCUGGGCAGCAAGGUGGGCGGUAAACCUGCAGAAUCCCUAAUCUGUCCCAAUUGCCCAGUGCCAGGAACACACACACUAGAUUCCUGCCCCCCAACUGGACAGAGAGCCUGGAGAGAGAGAAUCUCUAUAGACCACAGCAACUCCCCCUCCCCAAUCCUCAAAUCUGGCCUGAUGCUGCACUGAGUACCCAGGUGGGCACAACUGGGUGAGAUUGAUUCCACCCUGUUCACCCCCACAAGUUUCAGUGAUACAUGCCAGAUCAGCCUCCUCAUCCAUAAUCAGAUCAUGGAUCAGAUCAGGGAAGAGGGGAGAGAGUCAUUUGCUUCCUUUCUAAGGCAAUUCCAAUCCACACUUCACAAGUAAGUACGCAAAGCGGGAACACAACUGUGCUCUCAUUUUUCAUAUGUGGAUAUCAAAUAAAAAUGCACACAAAAAUAUGUGUUAGAAGAAAUGUGUACAAAACUGCAUAUGAACGCUUGUGCAGUUUUUAAAAUUGAAAAAAAAAGAGAAAAGGAAAAAAACAGAAAACAUCCAUCCCUUGAGCUUGUAGAUAACUAUUUUUAUUUGCCAUUCAGUUCAGAUAUGUGGAAACACAAGGAGUUUCAACCAAGUUUUACUCAAGAGUAGAACCAUUGAAAUAAAUGAACAUGGCUAAGUUUUGCCAAUUAAUUUCAAUGGGUCUACUCUCAGUAAAACUUAGCUGAUUACCAUGCAAGCCGUUUUUCUCAAAGAGUUACCUUUGCUGGUAAAACAUCCGUCAAGAAAGGCUGUUUUUAAUUGCUUCUCUUGCAUUGAGAAAACCACCACCAAGACAUUUGUAUCAAGCAACCACAAAUUGAGAGAUCUUCCUCCAUGUUUCUGGAAGGCUCAAAAGUUGUUAAUCCUGUUCAAUGAGAAAUUGCUUGAUCCCUGCAUAAGAAGUUGUGUUGAAGCAGCUACCACAGGGACCAACUUGCAGAAGCCACAUGGCAGCUGUUUUGUGAGUGCACAACGUCUCAGACAUGCAGAUUUAAGAAGGAGAAAAAUUGAGCUUGGCUAACUUUGGCACAAUCCCUGGAACACCGUCUGGAGGGAGUAGUAAUCUUGUAGGUUUCAGUGGUAUUAUACAGCUGUAGUGUGUCAGAGUAAGUAAUCCCUAGGUGGCAUAGUUGUGCGUGUUUGUGUCUUCUAACAACCAGAGAUCUUUCUAACACAAAGGAUGGUUGGACUUUAACAUUAAUUGAAGUGAGGAAACUGACCUCGCUUGCAAUGGUUUGCGCACUGUCUUGAAAUAGCUUUAUUUUCCACAGCUUCUUCUAAAAAAGAUGAUUAAUCUAGAAAUAUAGUAUGCAAUGUUUAAAAACAGGUGUAAGAAAUAUCACAUGGGAGAGAAUAUUGAUUGUGAUAGUCCACUAACUUAUUUCAUUUGAAAGAAGUGAUCUCUUUUGCCUUCACACCAAAAUAUCAAACAAGAAAUGGCUCACAAAACUUAAGAGACCACAUAUUGUCCACUUUAGGUUUUUCUGAAAACUGAAUUGUAUACUAUCUUACUUGGACCCCUUUUAAACCCUCCUUGGUCAGCUGGAUACAACACUAGUCAUUCUUCUGAAUGAUAACAUUUCAUUGCUGUUUCCCAUAAAUGCCGACUUGCAUACAUUUGAUAUUGUAAUUUUUUCUACGGUUAGCCUCAGCUGAAGACUGUCGCAAAUUGCUUUUGGGGUUACAAGCGGACCCAUGCUCAAAGGAGUGCCAGCUUAAUUUAUAAACUGUGUGUGUGUGCAUUUGUGUGUGUGUGUGUGUUUGUGGUCUCCCUUUUUCCACCACUGUAAGGAAACCAAAUGAGUGUAAUUUGGGAAAUGCUAUAAUAUUUUGCUGCGAAAGCACUCUGCAAAGGGAAACUUUAAUGAUAGCUUCCUGUUGCAGCACAGAAGGCUUAAAAAUAGCACAGCAAAACAAAUCUAUAACCAGGGCUCUAAUAUCUGUAGGGGUUUAAUCUUUUUCUCCUUUGUUCUUCUUCUGCCUUACUUUUCUCAUCUUAAAUGAACAAAUAAAAUAUUUCAGAAAGACCCAUGUUCAACUUUGGAUGGCUUUACACCCCCCAAAAAACCCCAACAACAAAUAAUAGCAACCCUUUGGAAAGUAGAGUCUGUAAUGGGCAAAGCUUCAGCUGCUUGACGUUUGCAAAUUUGGCUUCAAAACUGAGCCUUAUUAGAAAUGUCUGAAUCUUUUGCAGAACCUGUAAAUGCAGCAGUCCCCCUUUGACAUUUGUCAGCUGGGUGUGUUCAUUACAUAGAAUUAAACAUCAUAACUUGAGCAUUUCCUGGGUGAAAGAGAUGCACGGAUUGUGUUUCAUACAUUCCAGGGACAGGAAGCACAAGGCAUUAAUACUUCUACUGCUUCUUCAUUGGUGGUGUUUCCAAAGUUUUCAUUCAUUUUAUGCAAUACUUACACUCUCAUUUGCCUCAGUAAAAGCAGAGGUGCUAUUUCUUGGAACUGUUGCAGCAGGAGCCUUUUAAAGAAAGAAGAAAGAAAGAAGCUUUAAUGUGCAAGAUGCACAAAGUAGAGCUUUGAUUGCGUAGUGAUGUCACCCCCUUUAUGACUCUUAAAUCAUAAAUAUGUGGGUUUAGAUGUUAGUUUAUUGUCUCAUUAUGAUAGUCACAGUGGGAUACUUUUUCAGCAUGUUUUAGCUAUGAGGGGGUGUAGCUGAGGUUUCUGAAGUCACUUGCUAGCCUGUGCUUAUUGCAUUAUCUAAAGUCAAGUGCAAAUCUCAUUGAAAUCCUUUGCCUAGCAGUUUAAUAUUUUCACCUCCAAAGCCUUAAAAUAAUAUGGCUGUUAACGAGUCCCCUUAGGUGGGCUCUGAGCAGUUGAAGACCUGUAGAAAGAUAAGGAAUUGUUGCAUGAUUCUGAAACUGAGUUAACAAACAGAAAGAUAUGGCUGCAUACUGUUUUCCCAGCAAUUCAAAGUUAGGCCCAUACCAUAGUAUGGUGGUAGCUGCUUGCACAUGGAUUUGGCAGGCACCAUUCCAUGGUGCAGCUGCCAUAACAGUGCAGGAAAUGAUAGGGCAAAGUACCUGCACAGAUCAGUUUCAUCCACAGCCACUGUACUACUAUAACAUAUAUGGGCUUAAAAUAUAGACCUUUUCUAAUGGCAUAUUUACACUUUCAACCAAUAAAACACUUUUAACUGUCACGGCUCCUCUAAAAUACAUGUGGGUGGGCACCUAGACACUCUCUGGGCCCCAGAGGGCCCCAUCCACUUUUGCUGCUGAUCAGCCAUUCACCUUUCCUGUAGUUUCAAGGUGAUCAAGGGGACAGGGUUCAAGAGAGGUGUGUGUUUGUGUUUAAGAGUGAGAUGGAGUAAAGGCAGUGCUGUUUUCCUAGAAAAAGGUGCUUGAACUUGCCACAAACACCUCCCUUGUUCUUAGAAUGGCAAUGGGACCCAUCUGAGUUCUGGCUGAAAAAAAGCCCUGAGUAAAGGCAAAGCUGGUUCUGCCCACCUCAGGGUCUGGUCCUUUCCUCUGCCACCUAUUGCCCUUGUGGUUAAAAAGCUUUCUCCCCACUGCACUGAAGAAUCUUAGGAAAUAUAGUUUAAUUGGGGUGUGACAAUGAUCUUAGGCAGUUUCUAUCCCCCUGCCGUUAGCACAAAAGAGGGCAUAAAUACACCAGUUCAGCUCUGUGGUUCAGCUAUCCCUUAAAAGUCUGAGUUCUUGGUGAUGACUGCGUCUCCCCACAAAGGAAUGCAAUUUCUCCUAUUGUGUGAUGUAGUUUGUUUGCUUUUUGUUUUUGAUGGCUCAGCAUGUCCUAAGUGUGAUAAAGAGUCCAAAAGCAGUACUGUAAUCCUAAUGAAACAAGGCUGUGGUUUUAUUGGAGUGUGUUGCAGUCGUGUCCCUUGCCAACAUCUCCAGAAAACAAAAAAUGAAGUAUGGCUCUCUCUGCAGAGGCUUUCAAGUUUUCUCAGUGCCAGUUGAGCCACAAGCUAAUGCUGAUAACAGCAUAUUCAGAUUGAAUGUCAUCAACAUCCGGAGCAGGGAGCAAAAAUGGCCCUGUUGAAUUGCUGUUAUCUCCCCUGCCUGCCUUCUUAAAUGUGUGUGUAAAACUUCAUAGCUGGCCAAUAAUCUUUUCAGAGCUCCUCAAGCUAUAUCCAGUCCUUAAGUUGAACUGAUGAUACCACACUAUAAUUCAGACCUACUGCUGUGCAAGUUAGGAAGGAAUUUCAACCAUUCAGCUGUAGGAUUGGAAAUCAAUUAUUUAUAUUUCAGUGUGUUUCCACACAGACUGCUGUUGAUGCAACUGAGUUCCAAUCCAGAUAGUUACCAUAAUGUGUGAACUGGCCUGGGAUCUAGGGAAUUCUGGCAAACAACCUUAUCUUACAUUAUAUUCUGGACACCAGCCUUCAAUUAACUGAUAAGGUGGGAUCAGUCUGCACCAGAUAGCAGGGAGCCUUUUUCUUUCUGUUUAAAAGUACUGCUCUUACCUUUUGCUGUUGUCUCCACUCCUUCUAUCUGUAUUGACUUCCUGGAGAUCUGAAACUUUGCCUACAUCUAGGAUCCUUUCUCCUCUCCCCUCUGUUUCUGCAAUUCCAAGUGUAUGGUUAGGCUGACAGCAUAAAUGGCUAUCUUUUCUGCCAAUAAAAUCCUUGCAUUUGCAUGAGAAGCAUUUUCACCACUAUCUUGGUUAAAGUGGUAUGUCUGUGAUGAGAAUCCUGGACUAAUAUACCGCAGUCAAUAUAUUGCUUUGGAUAAACCCCCUUGCUCCUGAACAUCAAAUAGCAGGAUAUGGGUAUUCAGACUCCCAUGUGGGGUUGGGUAGGGAGACUUCAACAGAAUGGCACAAGCAACUACCCAAUGACAACCCCAUCUCUUCCAUUCUGUGAACAAUUUAAACAUUUACUUACUUAUUUUGAAACAGAAUAUUUCCCUACUGUAAUCCUCAAGCACAAGAGAGUUCAUGCAUUGUGGAAAAUAGCAACAAGACUCCCUAUCACUUCCCCAAACACACAUAAAGAAAUAGCACAUCAUUUUGUGAUCAUUUCCCCUCUCUUUAGUCUCUGGAUUCUGUAUGCUGCUCACAUGAUAGCUGUCUGUGGGGCUGCCAUUCAGAUUAAAAAAACCCACCACCCUGCUAUGUCCCAGUCUGGAAAAUAAACAAAUGAAAGAUUAUGAAACUGGUACUGGACAGGAGAGUAGUGUGACUGUUACACCAACUGUAAAAUUAGAGGAGGAGUUGACUUUAGUGUGGAAAAGUCAUUGAUUGGUGAGUCUUUUACAUGAUCUGUUAUCCCAAGAGGUCUUCCAAAUUCACUGAAAUGUCAAUUUGAAACUUAGCUUAUGUAAUUAGCUAGCAUCUUAAUAUGCAGAUGAGAAUCUCUGGGUACUUUGGAGGCAUUUUCUUCUCCUGACUCUUGUUUUGGAAGGAGGUGGUUGUGGCUUGAGUUGGGGAGCUUGUGGCCCUGCAGAUGUUGUUGGACUACAACUCCCAUCAGUGAGUGCUAGCUGGGGCUGAUGAGAGUUGGGACUCUAAUCACAUCUGGAGUGCCCCCAACUGUGACCUAGUGUAGAGUUGGGUAAAGUUCAUAGCAAGUGCACAGUUAGCUAAAAUGCUUUGUGAUUCCAUGGCUUUGCAAAGACUUAAUAACCUGUGGUGGGUGGAUAAAAUGGGACUUCUAGCACUGAAUUAACGAUGUUGAUUUUUUAAGAAGAUACUUAGAAAGUGACACUUGCCUUUCUCUUGGGAGCACUGAGGUUUGGAGUGGAGUUAGGGGAGGUACAUAUGAUCUAAUCAUGAAAAAAACAAAUACUGGCAGCUUGGUGCUGCAAACUUGUAUUAUUUCUAGGAGUGUGAAGAUGAUAGGUCAGUCCAUUCCUUCGAGCUGGAGUAGUAUUGGUCCCACUCCAGCUUCAGCAUUCAGAUUCCAGUAAUGCAAUGUUUAACAUAACCAUGUGUGUGCUAAAUGGAGCCAGCUGGAGUUCCUCCAGUGAUGCUUUGCUACUCUGGCAGAGAGCUUGAUUUUUGUCAAUACCAUAUGUAGGAGAUGGGGGAGACCCCUCCUCAGGGACCCUGUCUCAUUUGUUGGCAUUGACGGCGCAGGGCGGUGGCGAGGAGCUGAUACAGGCAUGCUUAGCUAAUAGGUACAGGGCCUCACAAGCAAGACUCCACCUCUGCAAUGCUGCCACAUUUUAAUUGCUGCGAAAUCAUUUUGAAUAGCAAUCAGGAAAGAGCAACAGCUGGGGCCAGUUUUGAUCUUAACUGAUGUUGCCCUCUCUUUCUUUGCUAGAAGAGAAAUAUGUCACAAUCCAGUCAUACACCAGCCAGGGGAAGGAUGAAAUCGGGUUUGACAAAGGAGUCACUGUGGAGGUCAUUCAGAAGAACCUGGAAGGAUGGUGGUACAUAAGGUAAAGGUUUAAUUAAAUCAUUCUGGUGUUGGCAGGCCUUUUGCUUACUAGCCUUGUGAACACGGCAUCUCAUAAGUUGCUUGUAUCUAAGAAAGGACCUCAGCAUAUUGAAAACAAAAAUGCUGGUCAAGUUGUACAAAGCUACUUAAAAUUAUAUUGAAUAUGUAGUUAAAAUAAUGAAGUACAAUAUAUAGAAACGGGUGCGGGGAGGAAAAAGGCUUCUGGGGGAUAUGUGUGUCCUUCAAGUUGGAAAAAAAAUCCAAAUCUUCUCUCGUGGGUGGUUGUUCUCUUCAUUAAUGAUUGAGGUGAGCAGCUAGGGUCUCCCAGUUUGCAAUCCUGUGGACAUUUUCCUUUGAGUAAGACCUACUGAGCACUGUGGGACAAGUUGCAUGGGAUUAAUGUCAGUAGGUGUGAUGUUUGAUAACUUUGGAAAGUUGUUACCGUUGUGUGUGUGCGUCACUGCAACACAAGUUACAUGACAGCAACAGCUCAAAUACUUGUUAAUUUGUGUUGGUCAAUGAAUGACCUUGUUUUGCUUUUGUGUUUGUUUAUUUGCAAAAAUAGCUGAUAGACUAUUUUAGAAGAAAUGUUUUAGGGGAGUCAUGAGGAAGCAGAGGUGUGUUAGGUCUCUGUGGUGCUACACUUUGGCCUGUAAAGCAGGUAUCUCUUUAACCGCUGGGGGCAGGGGGGCAGGGAGCAGUCUAAUUUUCUCUUCUGGUGCCCUUAAACGGCUAAUUUCAAGCAUAAACUGGAUUUUCUUUUUUUAAAAAAAACAAAACCUGGCGCAGUUCCAGAAACAUUAAAUGCCACGUAAGCAGUAUGUAUUUGCAGUGCUCAGCAUAAUAGACUCCUGUUGCUUGGUGAUAGGAGAGGGAUGAAAGAUGCAAUGUGUAUAAAGCCAUUCAAGUUUAACUGCUGCAGUCAGAUAAAUAUUGGAAGCAAAUCCUACUGAAUUUAAUGGGGCUCCCUUUCAUGUAAGAGGGCAAAGGAUUGUCGUAAUUGAAAGAAUGGUUGGACAAAGGUACAGGUUUCCUAAAGAAGGUGUGGAAUUCUGCUCCUUGUGUGGCUUUAUAAACAAGUGUCAAAGGGAGGGUACAAACCUGUGGAUCCUGACACAUUAUAAGGAGUUCUUCUGGGUAACUCUGGUGAUCCCACCCCACCCUGGGAUACUAUGAACCUACCCCUUAUUGCUCACUUCCUUUUGCAUGUGGAACAUAUAUUUUUCAUAGGUUGUCAUUUGCUUUGUAGUCUGGCCAUCUUUAAGGCACUGGAGCUAUAAAUAAUGGAACCACACAGAGUUCUAUGUGUUCUAUAAACAUGUUCGCUGUUGCAUCUUCCUGAUUAACUCUCCCAUCAAUAACAAAUGAAAGCUGAUAGAAGGGGAGAAGAUUUCCAACGUGAUGAGCAGGGAAUAGCUGGCCCAUUGUCAGCUCUGCAUUCUUCCCUUUUUAAAUCAUCCAUGGGACUUUAAUCCAAAGCCAAGGGUUCAGGAGCAGAGUGCACAGUUCUUUGCAGAAGGAGGAACAAUAUCACAAACUCCCCCUGAUGUUAUUGCUGAACUCCCUUUUUGUUUUUAAAAUAUUUUUUCUGGUCACUGCCAGCCUUCCUUUUAUCUUUAGGUCUGCAGGGGCCUAGAAUCUCUUGCAGUCUUCAGUAUUUUCAUUGAAGAGGGAGACCAAAGCCUCUAAUUUUUAGCAGUGUUUACAUUUUGUGCAAAUGGGGAAGGCAUAAAUGAAAGCAGGCUAGAGCCCCUGCCCCUGGCUCAGCUUCCCUGCCUCCUGGUGUUGACUGUUUGGGAUUAUUUUGUAGUUGGAUGAAGGCACCUUGCAUGCCAGAGACUCUUCUCAUUCUGCACAUGCAGAGAAAAGCUGUCUUUGCUGAUGCAUGUUCACGGAGAUUCAGUCUAGGCUGAAGCCAAACUAGAAGGCCUUUAAAAAGCCUAGGAAGUAUUCAUCCUUAUGUAGCAGAGGAAGCUUGGGGAGCUUCUGGUCCCACGGCAAGACUAUCUCCGUUGUGCAUGUUUAGAUGGGAUCCACUACAAUGCUAUGGUUAACAGACCUGAUUUUCCUAGACAGUGGAUAGCUGACCAGAAGCUGCAGACUUCAUUGCCAAUAUAUCUACCUAAGGCAUGGCAGCCUUCCACAGAAGAGUGUGGUUUUGGCCCACAAUAACAAGAGUCCUUGCAUAUGAAACAGGGAUUUCCUAAUUUGCUUUCUCUUCCUCCUCUCUUAUGAAUCAAGUUGAAGGCAAGAAUGAAUGAAAGACAAGAUAUAGUGCUUAGGCUGGUUCUGAACUGUGAUUAAGAAUGUCAUGCUUGUAACAGCAGCAUCAGAACAGCAGAUGCAGUCCACUUGAAAAAUGCCCCCAUCUAAAUCCAUAGGAUGUAGGUGCAUGUUGGUGCACAUAAUUGGGCCCUCUGACUCUCAGGGGGCCCUAAUAAUGAAGGUGAUGGGGAAAUGCACUGAAAAGUGUAGGGUGACCGAAUGAUUAAUGGAAAGAUUUAUAAACAACGCUGCAAGCAAAUCAGAAUAAAUGCUCAACAAACCAAAGUGGGACUAUUACAGUUAACAGAACUUUUGCCACACACAAAAAUGCUUGCAAGAAUGCAUAAUCGUAAUGACGUAUGUGUCACAAGAAUAAGAUAAGCACUAAUAAUUAGGUAAUAAGUUCCACGUUAAAGUCUUUAAUGUUCACCUCCUUAAAUAAUAGUUUCCAAAAUACAUGAUUCUGUACUGAUUCUUACUUCCCCCUCCCCUGCUUUUCCCUUCCUGGUUUCCUUCCCUCUGGAGUAAUUCCAGUAUUCUGGAGCUGGAAAGCAGAUGUUAACAGGGAAGAAAACGCUCAGACAAAUGGAGGCCUCUCUCUCCCCCCCCCUUUUCUCCCGCCCCCCAGUGUUGUUAUAGUUUGGAUGCUAACUUUUCAUUCAGCAUUUAAAAAACUUUUCGGGAAUUGCAGUGUAGCCGCUUCUAUAUAUUACCACUUUCUUGUUGCAUUCCACUCUCCAGUGCAUCUGAAUGUUGUCCUCCCUCCCCUGCUCCAUUUUCCUUUACAGUAUUAUGACUGUUGAGAAGUGGUUACUGUUCUAACCCUAAACUCUUAAUUGAACUGUUGUAUUCCACAGCUAUGGGAAACUGUGCAAGCAAAUAGCCUGUCAGAUAAUGUGCUUAAUGCAACUCAUGGGGGAUGAGAAUGCAACUCAUGGGGGACGCCAACUCAUGGGGGACGAGAAACAGGGGGCGUCUGCUUCUCCUGCUGCUGCUGUGCAAGGGAAAGAGGUCUGAAGCACAUACACACCCACCCAGCUAGUGGUGGCAGGAGGAGGAGGAGUGGCCUGCCAUUGAAGCUGCGCUGCCGCUGUAUUUAACUCUGCCCCUGGCUUCUCCUGAUGUGCCCCCCCCCAAUUGCCCUUGAAAGCUGGCACCUCUGGCUUAAUGAAAUGACUGCACCCUAUUUAAAAGUGGGGGUUAUAACUAUUACUGUUACAGGGAGAAAGAGCAAGAAACUGCUUCGGUGGAUGAACCUUGAUACUUGCUACAAGAUUUUGUUUGGCUUUCAUUUUUGCUGCAAUUUUUUGAUCACGUAGAAUGGAACAAGGGCCAGUCUUAGGGUUGUGCCAUGCAAGGGAACUAGUACAUCUAUGAAAUCUGAACGUAAGAGUAUAAGCACAUAAGAAUAACCCUCCUGGAUCAGGCCAGUGGCCCUUAUAGUCCAGCAUGCUGUUCUCACAGUGGCCAACUAGGUGCCCAUGGGAAGCCCGCAAGCAGGACCUAAGCGCAGUAGCAUUCUUCCCUCCUGCAGUUUGCAGCAACUGGCGUUCAGAAGCAUACUGCAUCCAACUGUGCAGACACAGUAUAGACAUUAUGGCUCGCAGCACUGAUAAACUUAUACCCUAUGAAUUUGCUGCUACCCAAUUUUGACAAAGCCGGUGACCUUUUUAUCUUGCCCAGAACUCCUGUGCCUACUUGCAUAGGCAUAUGAGAGUUAAUCGUGGAGCUUGUCCUUAGUUGCAGCUAACUCCAAGCACGUGUCUCUUUUUUGUGCUGAGCUAGGCUUCUACGUUGUGAUUACACAUAUGUAAAGCUCCUAGGAGCAGGAUUGUUUGGGGGUAACUGGAUCUUUUGUGCCUGGCCCCCAAUCAUCUGCCCCUAUUGCUCCUUAAGUGCAAUGCUGUUUUAAACUAAGGUUACCAGACAUCCCCGUUUCCCGGGGACAGUCUCCGGAUUUACAAAUCAGUCCCCAUACAAAAUCCUUUGAAGUUGAAAAGUGUCCCCGGAUUCAUUGGAAAAAAUCUGGUAACCUUAUUUUAAACUGUUUGGCAUCAAGGCCAGUACUCUGAUUUGCUUAUCUUUCUGCAAAUCUGAUGUGGGAAGAUGCCCACAGAGCUUCAGAAUUAAAUCUGAGCUUCUGCAUUGGCUCUAUAUGACUGUGAUCCAGUGAGGCUCAGGGGAAGAACCUCAGCCAUGGGGUGUGCCUACCUUGAUGACAAGGGGGGGAGUGGUCAAAGAAUCUUGUAUUAAUAGUCACUGCAAUAAAGAAAGGCUUUGUUUUUCUCUCCUGCUGUGCUCUUUCAGACUCCCAAAAGGAGGGGAGAGAAUUAAGAGUGCACUCAUUUGACUAACCAGUCACAUUGCUGUCCUGCUCUCAGAGUUGUUGAGCAAGUAAAAGUAUGAGGCAUUUGAAGAAAAGAAUCUCAUGUUAAGCCUUGUUUCUUCCUGUAGGCAGUUUCUCACUUCCACAAGUUCUAUUUUCUCUCAGCCCCUAGUCCUGAAAGCUUUGCUCACCGGCAGUGAAGUGAUCCCAUUGCUCACUGCUGCCAUUGGAGGGCUGUGAGAGGACUGCCCAGGACAGUUGUAGAGUGUGGUGGAAGUGGCUUUCCCAUGCUGCUCCCAUGCUCAGUUAUCCAGAAUGGAAGUGGCGAAACCUGGACUGCAUGCCAGUAACAGCCUCAAGACUUUUUCUCCCAUGUUUUUUGAGAAAGACAUCUUUUGGAUGUCUUCUGUGUUUGAGAGACCUGGAAUUGUGAGUACUCUUUAACUAAAGCUGCUAGAGAAGCAAAAGGGGAAGGAAGAAUACUGCAGAGAAGUAGGUUAUAUUUCUCCCACUAAGCCCAUGGCAUUUGUAACUCCAUCUGGUUUUAAGUCCUUGUGAGCCCUGAUUCAAAGUAAACUUUAUUAUUGGGUUAGCUCUCCCAAUGCGGGGGGUGCUUCCAGAAGGGCAUCAGUGUUCCCCUUGCAUGCUCCCCCCUUUAAAUGUCCACAUGAAAUUGUUGGCAUAAAAGUGCCAACCCACCCCCCAUUUUUCCAUUUCCAGGUAAUAUCCCCAAGUCUAAAAAUCCCUUCUCUAACUACCCAUUUAGUGAUAUCUCAAUGACCUCUUUGCAAAUUAAGGACUGCCUGGAAGCAUCCAGGAUCCAGGGACUAUUGGGUUUUGUAUUUCCAAAGUAGGAUUCUUGGAGCACACUUACCAGUUGCUAUGCAGCUAGGGCUGAUGGGAUUUGGAGUUUAACUGUAGCUAGAGGACCACAGGCUUAUAAUCUCUGCUUCAUUUCAGUAUUGCAGCACUGACCGGCAACUGUGUGGUUAUAGUCAAUUUCCAUUAGUAGGGUUUUUUUGCAUGCAUUUUAAGGUGUGCAUGGGGAUUCUAAUCCUAUUCCUGUACAUCAUCCUGCAACACCAUGUCAGAUUUUGAGGCACAGAAAACUGAAUAUAUUUGCGUUUUCUAUUUCUAGGUAUUUAGGCAAAGAGGGCUGGGCCCCAGCCUCGUACCUGAAAAAAGCAAAAGAUGACCUUUCAUCAAGGAAAAAGAACUUGACGGGGCCAGUGGAAAUUAUAGGAAACAUCAUGGAGAUCAGCAACCUGUUGAAUAAGAAAUCCUCUAGUGACAAGGAAACCCAGUCAGAAAUUGAAACAGCAGAAUCCCACAUCACCAAGAAGGAAAUAAGCUUGCCCAUCUUAUGCAAUGAUUCUAAUGGCAAUGCCAUGAUGACUCAAGACAAACAAAUUUCAAAAUUGGCACAGGGUUCUCCAGCCAUAGCACGGAUUGCACCACAAAGAGCUCAAAUAAGUAAGGCCAUAGUAGACUCCUAGCUGCUUAUUUACUUCUGGGGCAGGUUGGAAGGGUCAACAAUGUCUGAUGGAUUAAGGAAAAUACUAGUUGAGAGCAGCUUCCUCAGCCCGGUUCUUCAGAUGUUUAGGGGACUACAUCUCCCAUCAGCCCCAGCCAGCAUGGCCCAGUGAUCAAGGGUGAUGGGUGGUGCUUUUACCUUGGGCCCUCAAAGGUUGUUGGACUCCCAUCAUCCACAGUCAUCUUGCCAAAUGGUCAGGAAUGAUGGGAAAUGUCAUCCAACAACAUAUGGGGACCCCAGCUCAUUCUUAAAUCCAGAAAAUGGGUGAAUUUAAAGUUAUAUGAUUAUACCAAUUAAGCCAUUAAAAACUAUGAUUGAAACGAGAGGUUUGUGAAAAUGGAGUUGGCACAAGAAAUAUACAAAGGAGGAGGGAGGAUAGAUAGACAGCUUGCAUAUGACAGCAAGUCUUGCAGGGCAGAGUGGAAUAUUAAUAUGGAGUGCGGGCUACACCUGGCUUGGCCCCUUGGCUGAUGUUUGUCUGCAAAAAGUCUGACAACCACCAGUCUGUGAUUGAUUGCUAUGAUCCUGAAUGUGACAUGAUUCCUGCAUAGACUCGUCUUUUGGGAAGACAUCUGACGCCCCCUUCUGGUGAACAACUCCUAAAAGUCUAGAUUUCUAUAUUAGCACAAGGGUUUUUCAGUUGUUCACAUCUAGAGUGAUUGAACAGACAUAAAGAGGGGGCAUGGAAUCAUGGCAGCAAGCUCUGCUUCAGUACAGUCAGUUGAAGGUCAGAACAGAGCCCACAGAAGUAUAAUCCUGUCAGGGUUCCAAAAGCCAUGUAGAGAGUCAUCUGUAUUUACAGCUCUGUUUUCAUAGGCUCCAUACAGUUCUUACUUGAAGGUGUGCAGAAUGGAGACAGGGACCAUAUGGUGAUCUUGUCCCCCUCUCUGCAUGCAAAGAUCACAUGAAAGGAGCUCCAUUGUUGUGAAUAGCCAUGCCAUCUUUCUGGGCAUCAUAAAAAACAAGACAAAAUUCCCAUACUAUGUUGGCUUAACUCCAAAAACCCACUGGUUUUAUUUUGACUUAUUUGCACCUUGCCCCCACCAUCAGUUCCAUCCAACAUAAUUUGGCAAGAUUAAAAUAAUCAUCUGUUUUAAUUAUUCUUCUCCAAUGUCUCAGAUAAAGCAGAUCAGUUCUGGCUUCAGCACAUAGUAACCCUUUUGGGGUGGGGGCAGGUGAAGACCUUAUCAUUUGUCUAGACCUCUUAGAGCUUGUAGACAAGCCUUUGCCAACCUGGUGCCCUCCAGUUGUUUUGGACCCCAACUCCCAUCAGCCCCAGCCAGCACAAGUUGUAAUCUAAAACAUCUGGAGCUUGUGGGAGUCUUGGAGAGUUGUCAGUCCUGUUUUUAUGCUGACUUUGCUGCUCUGUUGGUUUUCAUAAAUAUGUUAUUUGUAUUUUGUUUAAAAACAUAAGGUGCCCAGGAAGGCUUUGCGCCUUAAAAAUUGUUAUAAAAUUAUUGUAAGAAAUAAAUUAUUUUAUUUUUCUUGGACACAUUAAUUUUUAUUUUAAUUGCUGGCAGAACAUUGAAGCUUGGGUGUGCAUGUGCCUGUUCUGUUUAAAUAUGGAAUAUUUCUUCUCUCACUAGGUUCUCCAAAUCUAAGAACCAGACCUCCCCCAAGAAGAGAAUCUAGUUUGGUGAGUGCCAAUUUCUUUUAUACUUCCAAUGGCACUUGCAAAUAUUUAACUUUGCACAAAUGCAACACCUCUUAAUCUGUUGCACUCAGGUCCCAGUGGAACAGGAAGGAAGAAAGUGGGAAAUGUCACUCUUUUGUUUUCCCACUUGUGCACAUACUACUUUUAUAUUGUCUUUGGCCACAUCCACACCAUACAUUUAAAGCACUAUGAUACCAUUUUAAAUGGCCAUUGCUUCUCCCAAAAUAUCACGGGAAGUGUAGUUUAAUAAGGGUACUGAGAGUUAUUAGGAGGCCCCUAUUCCCUUCACAGAGCUACAGUUUCCAGUUUCCUGGGAAGAAUGAUAGAUUGUUAAACCACUCUCAGAAUUGUAGCUCUUUGAGGGGAUCUCCAAAAACUCUUAGCACCCUUAAAAAUUUCAGUUCCCAAGAUUCUUGGGGGGGAAGAAGUGGCUUCUAAAAAGUGAUAUCUGAGUACCUUAAAUAUAUGUUGUGGAUGUAGCCUUGUCAAAACAACUUGUCAAAAGUUGUUUGGAGCUAUUAGUGAUCCAUGAACUACAGCUGUAUUACAGAACUGAGUUUUAUUCCAUCCCCCCACAUACUCCUGUCUCUUCAUUUUGAGUUGUACCAUACAUAGCUUAUAAUGUGAAUAUGUACGUGCAAGCUUCCACUUCUUUAAUGUACUAGACCAAGUUUGUCCUUAAAAUACCUAUUUUCCUGCCACACCCACCUCUAUCAAAUGCAGGCCUGGAUUUGCUCAUUCCAGUGGCAUGCCAUUUUGUAACGCAUUUAAUCUAGACAAAUAUAAACUGUCCAAUGAAGAAAGGCUCUUCAUCCUGUUUCUCUCAUCUGCCCUUUUUUCCCUUCACAAAAAAGGUGGGAGAAGAAAUAUACACUGUCAAAAUGGUUUAAGCAAUAGUUAAAAGGUUGGGUUGAAUAGAGAUUCUUUCAUUGUGUGUAUUUGAAUGUUUUCUCUGCGUUCUACCUCCCUCAGGUCUUAUAAUCUUGCUUGAGUGAUUAUAACUAUUACUGAGGUGAACCCUCAGUGUUGUCCUUAAUGUAAAAAAAACCAACCCAAAACCUAGCUACCUCUGCUGUAGGAUUUCUACUAUGAAGCAAUUUCCACUUAAUAUUUUUAAGUUGUUCAAGGCUUGUGAGUUUUACGCUCCUGUGCAUCCAUCCACAUUAUCCAGUCAUUUAAAAACAGGGAAGGGAGAUGGCAGCACAGCGGGUCUUCCUGCUUCAAGGGUUUUCGUCUUCUUCCCAUUCCGUAGGAAGUGGAAAUCUCACUAAUGUAUUUGACUUGAGGAAGUUUAAACUGACUGAGAGUUGCGUCACUGGACUGGUAACACCCAUUCCCCUUGAUUGGCCACCAGGUUUAAGGGAUAGCUGGACUACAGUUCCCAUUAUCCUUGGCGAUUGGCCAUGUCAGUGGUUCUGAUGGAAAUUGUAGUCCAGCAAUAUCUGGAGGGCCACAUCCUAGCUACCCCCUGAUGAUAAAAGCUUAUGAGCUUUUAAUAUCUGGGCUGACAUUUAUUCAUCUCACUUCCUUGCUUAAACUGCAAGCAGCUUUCUUAAAAUAAAAUAAAACCUUAAUUUUUCCUAUUUCCCUCUGCACCCUAUUGCCACUUUUAACUACUCUCCUUAUCCCUUUUUCUCACUGCAGGGCUUCCAGCUGCCUAAACCUCCUGAGCCACCAUCAGUGGAAGUUGAAUACUACACCAUUGCAGAGUUCCAGUCUUGUAUCUCUGAUGGGAUCAGCUUUCAUGGGGGACAAAAGGCGGAGGUAAGCCUAGAAAGGGAAACAAGCUAAUGAGUGAUGCGUAGCUGCUAACCUUAGGCAGAAAUGAGACAGUACCAUAGAUAAAAAAUAAUGUGCUAUAGUUUUGUCCUUUUCCUCCCAAACUAAUCUCUAUGUUAAUCCCUCUCUAGGUUAUUGACAAGAAUUCUGGUGGCUGGUGGUAUGUGCAGAUUGGUGAAAAGGAAGGCUGGGCUCCAGCAUCAUACAUUGACAAAAGGAAGAAGCCAAAUUUAAACAGGCGAACAAGUACUUUGACCAGACCCAAAGUUCCUCCCCCAGCACCUCCCAAUAAAUCAAAAGACUCUGAAGAAGGAACAGUUGCUGGAACCAUAUCUUCAGGAGAUGCCCAGGACAAGCAAAAGUAUGAGGAGCCAGAGUAUGAUGUGCCUGCCUUUGGUGCUGACUCUGAGUCUGAGCUGAGCCAAGGGGAAGAUGGCAGCUUGGAGAGAGGCAUGUUCCAUCUACUCAAGCCUUCCCCUGUGUCAUCCCUCCAAAGGGCAAAAUUCCGAGUUGGAGAGUCAUCUGAAGAUGUAGCACAUGAAGAGGAGACCAUCUAUGAAAAUGAAGGCUUCAGGCCAUACAUAGAAGAUGCUCUGUCAAGCAAAGAAUCUAGUGGGGACUCUGAUUCUCAAAGAAGUUCAUCACUGUCUCUGAUCCAAAGAAAUUCUCCGUGUUCUGUUUCUCCCAAGUCUUCCCUCCUGAAGCCCAAAAGCGACAAGAGCAUUCAGCCAAACCUUGGGAAGCCGCACUACCCCCGGAAUGAGGAGACAAAGCCAAGGUCCGCUUCAGACGUUGGUUUAAGUAGCAUGCCCAAAACUGGCCUAAAGAGGGAUACUGGGGAGGCAGUGUCUAGCAGGGCAAAACCAAUGGUGAGACCAAAACCUUUCCUGAACAAAGCAGACUCCCAAAGCCAAGAAAGGAUGGACAUCAGCACUUUACGUCACCAGCUGAGACCAACUGGACAGCUGAGAGGCGGGCUUAAAGGUUCAAGAAGUGAAGAGUCUGAAAGUCCACCUCGGACAGCUUCUGGAAACCCAGAAGAGUCAUUCAGAAGAAGCUCUGCAGAUCUCAUUCCCACUCAUUCCCAUGCCAUAUUCUACUCCAGCCAGCCAAACAAGGCAGAGAAUGAAAACAACUCCUCAAAAUGUAUCUAUGUAACUACUGAUUCUUACCAGAAAGUUCAAGAUUCUGAGAUCAGCUUCCCAGCGGGGAUAACAGUGGAAGUUCUGGAAAAGCAAACAAGUGGGUGGUGGUAUUUGAGAUAUGGAGACACAGAAGGCUGGGCUCCUUCUCACUAUCUGGUACUGUCUGAUAACCAACAACGGGAAACCAGUUCGAAUGAGGCUAACAUCUCAGUGGCCAAGAACAGAAGGAAUGAAAACAAAUCCAACAGCUUGGAGAAGAUAGAGAAGAAGGUCCAAGCACUCAACACCAUCAACCAGAGCAAGAGAGCAACACCUCCCAUUCCCAGUAAACCACCUGGUGGCUUUUCUAAAACAUCUGGGUCUGUCAAAUUGCGGAAUGGGGUUAGGCAACUAGCAGUGAGGCCACAGUCAGUGUUUGUCUCCCCACCACCCAAGGAUAAUAACUUGCCUUGUUCCCUGCGUAGGAAUGAGUCUCUUACUGCCACAGACCACCUGAGGGCAGUACGCCGCAACUCUUCUUUCAAUGCUGCCCAACCUCAGACUAGUGAUUCUAAGAUAAAGCACACUGAUCGGCUGGGUUCUGAGGGGUCUGAGACAAGUUCCUACGUACCUUCUGAGCGCAAUGGAAUCCCAGUGUCCACAGUCAGGCCCAAGCCCAUUGAAAAAUCCCAGUUCAUUCACAAUAACCUUAAGGAUAUCUACAUCUCCAUUGCAGAUUAUGAGGGGGACGAAGAAACUGCUGGAUUUCAGGAAGGUGUCUGCAUGGAGGUCCUGGAAAGGAACCCAAAUGGUUGGUGGUACUGUCAGAUCAUGGAUGGAGGAAAACCUUUUAAAGGCUGGGUGCCCUCGAAUUAUUUGGAGAAAAAGAAUUAG